GUAACAGCACCGCAGCAGUCCGCACAUCGCCGCGACCGUCGCGCAGCACCGUACCGCACCGUUCCGGCCGCGCAAUCGCCGCAGCCAGUGUCCGCCGAAACCGUUUGUAUCGUGCCGUCGUCGCCCAGUUCACAGAAACAAAAUUAUCGCGUCGAAUUCGCCGUACCGCGGGUAAAAUAUAAUUAAUAAUUAAUUGCACGAUUCGUACGCAAGAGUUUUACUCGUUAUCGUGGUUUUUUUUUCACCCGUCUGCCGUCGGUUUUUUUUUUUCAUUUUCCGCGACUAGAAUCGUGCCGUAUACCGCGAACGCGCUCGCUGGUUACCGUAAACUGUUGUUGUUUAAAUCGUUCGCGCAUAAAUACCCGACAAGGGGAAAAAUACCGAGCGCGAUCAUCCGCAACGAUACAUUUUCGGAUUUCGAAUUUUUCCCGUAUUCCGUUCACCGUCCACCCCGCGGGCCCGGUCGAAUCUGUUCAAAAUUGGCCGAGUCAAGCAGAAUCCCGUUCGUGUGGCCGCCGGCGAAACGGCUGCGAACGAUUUGGUAAGCAUAAAAAAAUUGUAUGUAUAUUAUUACCUAUUAUGUAUUGUUUUCUGGAUUUGUUUUUAACAACCAAUAAGUGGUUUUAUUUUUAUUCCCUCCCACCCACCCAUUAUUUUUUCGUCGACAAAAUCGUAUUAUUGGUAUGAUAUUAAUAUUAUAACGAUCGUAUUCGUUUUGUAAAAAUAAUAGUUAAUAAUAAUAAACAAUCAAUCUCCGAACGAAUAUAUUAUUUCGAUUUGAAUACAUACACCACAUAAUAAUAAUGUUCUCCUUUAUAACUCCUACUAACGCUGUUUUAGUACCCUAGAGGGCGCCAAACGCGAUGUAUUUUGAAAAAUUGUACACUCGUUUCGUGUAUGUGUUUUUCUUUUUAAGUAUAGGUACCUAAAUAAUAUUAUUAUAGCAUAGGUUUAGGUAUGCAUUCGAAUAGGUACUUUGUUUAAUGAGAAUACUCUCAUUAUACCUAUAUAAUAUUACUGGGUAUUACAAUUUAUAAUAUUGAAUGGAUCGACAUUUUAUUAUGGUACGACGUAGGUAUCAUUCAUAGAUAAUCAACUUCACGUUUAUAGUAUAUAAUGGGAGCAUAAUAAUAAACAUAUAUUUUAAUUUAUCUCAGUUAUCAGAGAAAUUUAAAAUUCUAUAUAUAUAUAUAUAUAUAUAAGCGUUAUAUAUUACUACAUGUAGGUCAAGUAGCUUAUAAAAAAAAAAUAUAACAUUUCAAUAUUACAGGUAUGUAUACACUUGUAUUACCUAUAUUAUAUUCCUAUAAGUCGUAUUACCUACGUAUAUAAUGUAUGUUGUAUGUAUACAAUGUGUACAAUAAACAAAAUUUAAAAUCAAUUUUUUUUUUUUGAAAACUUUAUUAUAGUAUAUAAGUACGAUAUAUUUAGAUAAAUCUUUAUAAAGGGUUGUAAAUUACGUACAUACUUACAUUGUUAUUGUGGCGAUGGUGUUACGAGAAUAAAACUAAGUUUAUAAUAAUAUAUGCGUAAAAAACGUGUUGUACAAUUUUAUACUAUUUCGUAUUAAAAAUAUAUACGUAACUGUUAUAAACAAGACUUCAAAUGUAAUUUUUAUCAUAUGCUUAUAAUGUAGUUAUAGGUAAGUGUUACGAGUCUGAAAUAUUGAUUUUUUUUUUUAUUCUUAUUAAUUUAGCCUCAUUUCUUCAUAAUUAUGUUCUAUAAUAAUAUAAUAUAUUAAUUGUUGAUGCGAGUCAAGAAAACUAUUAUGAUUCAAAGUAGGUUAUAAUAAAUUGUACAGUACCGAUACAUUUAUUAUUAUUUCUUUUACAUUUCGACUAAUUUGUAUGCAAUUUUCAAUACAAUUAUUACGACGAGAAUAUGUAGUAGUGAAAAUAUGUUAGUAUGAAAAAUAGGCAAACAAUGCCCAAUAAAAUUCUACAAUCGAGCUCCCUGGGUUAAAGUAAGGUAAAAAAAAAAAAAUAAUUUUAAAUUUUAUCAAUCAAAUUCAUUUUUUAACUAAAAAAACCACGUGCACCCUGCAGAGCGCAAAAGCGCGUGUUCAAAUAAAUAUACUUACGGGAUAAUUUCAACGUGGAAAUCUUGACGCACGAUUGCUCGAUGUGUACACUCCUUUAAAAAAAAGAAAUUGUUUAAGCCCGUGAAAUAUUUUAUUAUUAUUUGGAUAUUACUCUGUAACUUAUUAAUAAAAAGUAAGGAACGUGUUGGUUUUACUAUAAUGAUGUAUUUUAUUUUUUAUUUUUUGUGUUUGUUAACAAUUUGUUUUAUUAGAAAUCUUCCUAGGUACAAAAAAAAAAAAAACUAUAGGAUUUUCCUUGUAGCAUUUUUGAUCUAGUUGGUGAGGUCAUUGAUGUUUUCUUGAUAAAUUAGUUAUAUAAGCCCAUCACAUAAUGGGUUUUAUUUGGUUGCCAUCGACAAAGCGUUACAGACGGAACGUGGUUUUCAUAUACAAAAUUUGAAAACUGGCAAUUUUCUUAUGCGAUUUUUGUUGAUAUAUCUAGGUUAACUUGAAUACAAUGAGAUUAAUUAUACUCUGCUUAGAAUCAUUUUUCGUUAGCAAUGGUUUAUCAUAUUGUAUGUACACUGUACACUAUUUAUUAAUGUAUUUCUAUUGUACAGUUAUAAAUUAAAUUACUCUAAAUACAUAAUAAUCCUCACUUACAACUUUCCUCCUAAAAAAGUGGCACACCUAUCAGCAAUAUCGCCGUUUUUACAUUUUUACAGUACAUAAUUAUAUGCUUACUUGCAUUAUUAAUUUACUAAAAUAUUUUUCUAUCACUCGAUAGUAAUAAUAAUAACACGCGUUUUAUUUAAUACAUUUUAAUACAUCGUAUUGGAAUACUGUUGUUACCUUUUACUGUGUGUCCGUGUAUUCAAACAGAUAUAGUUCUGGAUAUUCAAUAUGUAAGUAUACUAUUAAAGCGCCCAAGACUAUAUAAAGUAAAAGCAUCUGAUACAAGUAAACUGGGAUUUCGGACCGGUAAUAACAUGUUUUUUCAGUGUUGUCCGGCAAUUUGCUCUCCAAUUCUUUAUAAUUUGUAAUAAAACAUAAAAUAAUAACCAUUGUAAUAUUUCCGUCGUAAUAAUAAUUUUUAGGGUAUAUUAUUAUGGUUAUAGGUAUUUACUUGUUUUAUCAUAGUAAUGAUUCAUUUUUGUGGGUGCCGAACGUGCAGCUAGAAUCGCGAAUUUUUCGAAGCUAUCCAAUUUUGUUUUAAUCAUCUUUAUACGAUUCGAAAUAUUCAUGUUAUCUAAACAAUACCGAAUCGACGUUGAAAAGAUAUCGUGCAUUCAGAUUUUAAAUACACGAGUAUAUAACAAUUUUGAUUAUAUUAUUAUUACUUGACCAAUGAACAUCAUUGGCUAUACUGUUCGUUAUGACGACAAUGAAUAGUACGAUCUUCAUCAUAGAUGGUUUCAUAUCGUUAUAAUAUUAUAGGCAUAUAAUACUAUAAUAUUGAUUUUGUUGUUUUACUUCGGACGAAUUUCGCUGUAAACAAAUAAUUAUAUGCAUUUAAUAUCAUCUGAUGUUCGUAUAUCACGACCUUGCAUUGUCGCUUAGCACCCAGUAAUGUAGAUUUAACGACUUUGAAAGCAUUUACCUACCGCAAUCGCAGACAAAUCUGAAUGUCGUAUAAUAUAAAAACCAUAGAUUUAGAUUUUACAUUUAUAUGUAAACUGAACAUAAUAUCGUUUGAAAAUAAAUUUAUAAUAAAAUAGUUCGACAAUUUGUAUCGUACCACAUAUCAACCCAGUAUCCACGUGUAAAAUUUAGGUAUGCAUAACUAUUUGAAUGAAUGCAUUACAAUUUAUUUUAUCCUAAUUCAACCACGGAAUUGUGUAGUUCAGCCGAAUUAAAUAAUAUAAUAUUUUAAUCAUGCUUACAACAUUUAUUCUUAAUUGUUUUUUUCUGAAUAACUGUUAAUUAUAGAAGCCUAAAAAUUCACAAAAGUUACAUUAGGUAACUAUUUAAACAAUUAUAAUAACUAUUAUAUUAAUGUCUAUAAGUAUAUACUGUAAAUUAAAAUAAUUAUUUUUCUUAAGAUUAUAUAUUAUAAUUCUUUAAACGAUUACGUAUAAAUUAUAAUUUCAAUAAUUAUUUAUCAAUUAUAUCUUAUAACUCAUAAGUUUAAUGUAUUAGUAGUUAAUCAGGCUUUUAGUUUUUCGUAUUUAUGAGCUAAAAUUUAAUAUGUAGGUACCUACUAAUUCUAUAAUUAUUAUUAUAGUUGAUUACAAUAAAAUAAUACUUUCAGUAACUAACCUGCAUUUUACAUAUAUAUAUAUAUAUAGAUUUAACUAAUUAUUUAACACGUAUUAUGUAAUUAUACCUACAAAAAAUAUAAUAUUAAUUUUAACCCAAUAAUAAGUAUUUCAUAGAAAUUUACACGUCGUUAAAAUAUCAACCGAAUAAACAUUUUUAAAUCUUUCUGUUUUGUGUAUAAUAUUCUAAAAUACAAAUUACAAUAUAUUAUUAUAGGAUGAAAUAAAUACCUACUGGUUUUUUUUUUUAAAUUAAAAGUAAAACAAAAGAAGAUAAGAUGAUAAAUAUUAAUAUUUUAAGUGUAUUAAUGUAUCAUAAUAUAGACAUUAUAUCUAUUUGUUAUGUCACAUGCAAUAAUUAUCAGAAAAAUCAUGUACAUAAAUAAAUAACUGUACCUAGGUAUGUGUUAUUUUUUAUGAGUUAUGUGUUACAAUAGCUAAAUAAGAAUAUAUGUAUACGGUUUAAAAUUGUAAUUUUUUUUUUUAAAUACAUUUUUGUAUUUUAUAAUAAUCAUUUUUUUUUUUUUAAAAUUUCGAUCGCUCUUUAUUGAGGUAGUAAAUAUAGAAGGUACCAUGUAUGUACUAUAUAUAUAUAUUAUAAUAUGUACCUAUAUUAUGUACUGUAUACAAUAUAGUACCGUUAGGUAUACCUAUUAUGAAUUUAAAAGGUAUAUAGGUACACAUACGUAAAAUACACACCUAUAUUUCCGUUUACGAUAUAAAAUUUAUAUAUAAUACGUUCAAACGCUCUGUCUGCGGUGGUUGUUGACUGUACAAUGCGACGCUAAAAAGCGUCCUUGGACCUGACCAAUAGGCUCAUGUGUUGUAAUAUAUCAAAGAUAUUUAUAUACUUGCGUCUGUAUAGGGUUGAAUAAGGGGUUAAAUCCUUUCGGCACAAUACAAACAUUUGUUUUGUCAGGGUUAGAGAAUUUAGUCACUGCCGCCGUCGUCGUAUUCAAAGGAACCGAUCAGAUAUUUUUACAAGGGUAGAGUUUUUUGAAGAGGACAUAAAAAAAAAAAGAAAGUGACGAUAGUUAUACAAAUAACGCAUAAUAUAUAUACCGCAGUGAGAUGGGUAUUUUUGUGCAUUUAUAAAGUCAAAAUCACAAUAUAUGAUGUUUUUAUUUACCUACCGAUAUACAAUACCUUCAUAAAAUCAUUAUUAUACCUGGUCGUGUUAUAUAAAAUAUAUUAUAUUACAGCUUGUACCUCUAUAUGCCUACCUGUAAUAUAUUAUAAAUACAUUUGUACCCAGCUAGUAUGUAAUGACGUGUUCAUUUAUAACAAUUCUUUUUAGAUAUUUUUAUUAUAAUUUAGUUAUAAUCACCAUUGUAAAUAUAAAUAUAUUAAAAUGCAAUAUACUUACAAUAAAACAACAAUGAAAUUAAGAAAAUCUGAAAAUCUAGGUAUAUUUAAAUAAAAAAAUUUAAUAAUUAUUUUGAUUAUAACAUAACAUAUAAUAUAUUACCGGGAAAGUUUCCAAUAUUUAGAAUUUGUUGACAAUUCCAAAUACAGUUAGGCAAGGAUACCACUAGAACUUGUUAUUGUUGCCGUAGUUCAUUAGAGAAUGUUAUCUAAACGUUAUAAACCCUUAUCCAUAGGAACAGAAAUAAAACCGAAUUAAAAAAAAAAAUUAUUUUAGGUAAAAUAUAUUGUAAACAAGACCAUUAUUUAGAGUAAACGAUUCUAAAGCGACUGAAAUAAUAUCGAAACAAAAACAAUUGUACUCAAAAUCUUUAUAGAUAAUCAUAGGAUAGUGAUAAAAAGAAAACCACUCGUAUACUGUAUUAUUCUUUUUAAUAAAAGUGAUAUUUUGUCGGAUGUUAUAACAUAAUCCUAUCUUCGUUAUUAUAAUUCUGUUAUCAAUGGGAAAUUAUAACGUUAGUAACUAUAUGGGUACUAAUAGUAUAAGCAGUAGUAAUUUGUUUAACUGUAUUAGAAAUUUUCUUAAUUUCCUAAUUUAUUGUCAACAUUUUCGAUUAUAUAAGUAUUUUCACCGUGAGAAAAUCUAUAAUCAUCGUUUACUAGCCAAACCUAUUGCUUCGUUAUAACUCGUGAAGUGAAAUUUGGUACUGUCUAUUUAUUUAUUUUAGAAUGCAAUAAUAAUAGGUUAUUUAUACUUAAUACUUAUAUAGUAUAUGUAGACUUGAAGUCAAAUUGUAAUACAAUAUACGCUCCAAAUAUGAAGUCAAUAUAAUAUAUAUAUAUAUUAAGUGCAUUUAAUAUUCCGACAACUUACCGUGCGUAACUACACGAAUAUUAUUAUUAUCAUUAUUUGUAUUGGUAGGUGGGUGCCUAUAUAUUUAAAUACACGUAUAUAUAGGUACCUCCGAAAUUAUAGAAUGGUAACCGAAAUAUAGGUACCUAAUACGAUAUAAUAUUAUAAAUUAUUAACCUUGUCUUGUACAAUUGACCACUUAGAAUUAAGUAGACUGUCAAUUUGAAUAUACCUUCUCUUCCUCCUUCCCCGUGGCCGACGCAUAAAUGAUAAUUGAAGUGUUUUGACAUUAUAUAAAUAUACAUUAACAUGUGUAUGCGUUUCCGUUCCGUCUUCUCUAUAAUACGAAAAAGCUAUGUUUUUUUUUCGGUUUUAUAUUAUCAUCAUUAUAUUGUUCGAAGGAUGUUGUGUUUUGUGUAAAUGAUACGUAUGUGACUUAUUCAUUAUAUUAUUGUCCUCCGUUGUGUAAUAGUGUGCGUGCGUAUAUUGGACUAUAAAAGACCCGGACAAUCGUCAUUAUGACGGAACUGUAUCUGCGUGUGUGUGUGUGUGUAUGUGUAUGUGUACAAAUGCAGUUACAUAAUAUACGUAUACCUGUAUAUGAAUAAUAUUUAGGUACCUAUAUACGUUUUCAAUUCUUUCUGGGAGGCAAAAAUAAAAUAUAAUAACAGACCAUCACCACCCGACUUCUUCAAAUAAGAGUGCCGAUUCCAUUAUGUUUUUUUUUUUUUUGACUUGUUAAUCAAGCUAUAACAUAAUAAUAAUAUAAUGUUGUAAUUAUAUAUGAUAAUGCGACGAUGACGACAACGACGUAUAAAUAUCCAUUUCCGUGGCAUCGUCAGAUUUUUAACGAACAAAAUUAUUUUAGUUGGUACCUGUAUAAUAAUAUACACCAUCGUAUACUAGGAUUUAUUCUAAUGAUUUAUAUAGUUAUAGUACUUAAAUAAAACACUAUUAAUAAUAGCUAUUGAAAAGUAUAGUAUAGAUGUAUCUUAUACAUAACCUAUAAUAGGUUUAAAAAAAAAUAAAUAUAUUUCAAUUGAAAAUGUUAUCUGGAAUGUUUAGAUUCUACAAAUUGAGUGUAUCGAAGAAGUUAUUAGAUUUAGUCUUUUUAGGAUGUGUAUUUUUAUCAGAAAACAUUUUUUCGAUUAGUAAAAAAAUGCUCUGAUUUCUUCACGCCGUACCUUAAAACGUGCGGAUUUCCCACCAGUUAGGAUUUUAAUUAAACUGAUUUUUUCUUUCUUAAAAUUUCGGAUAGUUUUUCUUAAAAAUUACAAAAAAAAAAAACUGACGACAAAGAACAUAGCAGGUACAUCAAGUUUAUAUUUGUUGAUUUCUGAGAAACAGUUUAUCGAGUUCCAUUUAGAAUCGGUUUUUUUUAUUGCAAUAUACCACCUAAAGCAGUGGCCACCCAAGGUGUGGAGCAUCUCGAUUGUUUUUUAAAUUUAUUUAUUUAUUUUUAUUUAUAUAUGUUAUUAUUUUAAAUUUUGAGUGUAUUCACAUAAAAAUAUAUAUAUAUUUUAUAUUCAUAAAUACACUAAUAAUGAUUAGUGGAAAUCUGCACCUUUUAAGGUACGGCAUAAAGAAAUCAGAGCAGUUUUUUACUAAUCGAAAAAAUGUUUUCUGAUAAAACAUAUCUUAAAAAGACUUAAUCUAAUAACUUUUUCGAUACACUCAAUCUGCAGAAUUUAAACAUUUCAGAUAUAAUUUUCAGUUAUUAUUAUUAUAUUUGGUUUAAUAUAUUUUAACUAUAUACCUAUUAUAAGUUUCCGUAUCGAUGUCUAUUUCUUAUUUAACAUAUAAUUUUAGAAAUUAAAUGAAAUGUAACCAUUUAUCAAACGAAUCUAUUCAUAAGAUGAAAACUAUGAACGAGAUCAAAUUUGAUUUUCAUAGGUUUUUUUUUCGUAUCAAUAACCAUUUAAAUACUUUAAAUAUUAACUCUUACAUUACCUAUUUAUUAUAAUAAUUAUAAUAUAUUUUAUUUGGUUACUAAAAACAUAAAUUAUUAAUCAUUUAUAAACAUUAAUUUUAUAUUACAAAUGUAAUAUAAUACAAACGAGUGGCGAACCUUGAAUUUAAUUAUAUGACAUUGAGCUGUCCGCAUAAUAACAAAUAAAAUAAAAAAUGUAUAGUUUAAUUUUCAAACUUAAAUGAAAUUAUUAGGUUGUGUUUGAUAGAAAUUAGAAUAAUAUUGUGUUCUGUUGUUUUUUGUCGUAUAUAUGCCAACUAUACCUGUGUUAAAAAAUAUAUAUUAAUGUCAAUCAAACGCAAUGAGCUGUAAUUGUGUUGAGAUAAUAACGCAAAUAAAUGAAGUAUAUUAUAUUAUUAUAAUUGAUUGGUUAUCGUGAUGUUAUUAUUUAAACCGUUUAUAAACAGUACCUAAAUAGUAUGUGACAUUUCGUUAUGAAAAUUAUAUUAUUACUACGCUAGAUUUCGUUAUAUUUUCUGUUUGAUCACCAACGGCAUAUUUUCAACUGUUCAAAACAUAUGAUAGUAUAAUAUAGUAAUAAUAACAAUAAUAAUAAUAUCUGGGCCUGACAAAAUUAUGAUUCGUAUUAUUUACACACUAUAGACACAUAAAUCUUAUACUACAGCAUGCGGUGUGUUUCUUAAGAAUAUUUCUUUACCCUAUUCCUUUUUUCCCUUUCUUCUUUACAUUUUUUCAUCCCUUAUGUAUAGAACGUGCUUAAAUGGUGACCAGAUGUAUACAACAUGCUUCCUAACUUAUAUGUAUAUAUAUACACACCUACCUACCUACCCCACGCACAAUGUGGUUAGAUUGUCGAUGCAUAUAUAAGAAAUAAUAUUUACUAUACCUAAACAUGCUUUAGCAAAUUAUUAAUAUUUUUACAAUUUUGUGUUCAUAAAAAUAUAAUUUCAUACUUACUACGACUGCAAUUCAUGGAAAAACUCAUUAGUAAGUUUUUACUUAUUAUAAUUAUUUAUAAAUUUAGUAAAUUUUUUACCUAUACAAUUUCGAAAAUGACUUUUUCGUGAUUGAUAAUUUAUAAAUCUUAAUAUUAUAACUAUAAAUUAUUUUCUAUAAACGUAGUUUACAAAUCAUUUAUCAAUAUAGUAAUACGUAUAACGAUUGAUUAAUUAACUAUAUACAUAAUAAGAUGACUGAGCUCUUUAUUUACCUUAUUAGUCACUUUUGUACUCGACUCAGAUUGAUUAAUACAUUGCAAUAAUUUAUCGAGUACUAUAUAUGUACUACAUACGUACUAAAUAGGUAAAGUUUUGGCUUUCGCCGUGGUAUUAUUUUCGGUAACAAAUGAGUUUGAUAUCUUAACGAAUACAUUCUAAAUAUUAUCCUUUUAUUUGAAUAUUUAGGUAAAAAAAAAAUCGUGCAAUGCUUGAUUUUCUAGUUUAUUUGGUACCACAUAUUUAACAGUAACUACUUUCGUUAUAAAUUUAUGAUUAGUUAAAAUGUGAAUUUAUCGCUUUUCUAUAAAUUUUUACUUCACAUUAAAAAUAUACUUAAUCUUAAUUGAGCAACAUUUUAAUGAAUAAUAUGAUCUUCACGUAAAUUCCAAAAUAUAGACUGUGAUGCCUUUAAGGGACGGGAGGCUAAUUUUUUCAAAUUUUAAGAUCCCCUUCUCCCAAAAAAAAAGUUAAACAAAAGUCAUACUAUUUUUUAGAUUUUGAGCGAAUUUAUUCUCUUAAAAUAAGGAAAUUAUUCGUUUUUCUAUGGCGUGUGUGUUUUUUCCUGUUUGUAAAUAUCUUUUACCUAAUAUCUUACUCUGGUUUUCAAAUGUAUUAUUUUUUCUGAAAACAAAUUAGUUGUGUGUUGCUGAAAUAAUUUUCUGAUUUUCCUUAUUAUUUUCCUAAUAAUUUGGAAAAGCCGAAAAACGGGAGUAUUUAUAAUUUAAUUAUUUUUAAACUUUUCAAAUCCGAGAAGUGGUUUAAAUUAAAAUCUUAAACAUUUUUUUUUUUUGAAAAAUAAAAUGAGUGGUAUGUGUUUAUUUAAACUUUUCAAAUUUAUAGUAAAGUAUUAUAAAUAAUUUUAAUUUUGGUUUCAGUAAACUCAUUUACAAACUUAUAAGUAUAAAACGGAUGCUGUAAAGUCUUAGUCUAAACUCGUAUUUCGGCUGUAUAGUGUAUAUAUAACGUGGUUAUUGUGAGGUUCGAAGGGUCUCUAAUUAUACAGGAGUAGACGGAAGAGAUUCUUAAAUAAGGGAUGUCUGUUUAUUAUAAGACAGGAGCCAACUGUUUCCGUCCGAGAAGACCGUAAACGUCUUCUGCAAACAGUUAAUUCUUUGUGCGAAUUGAUUUCAUUUCGAUACAAAUAAAUGAUUAUAAAAUAGAACGCAAACGGAGUCAUAAAUAAAAAAAAAAAAACAAAAAAUAUCUAAUUAUUAAUGAGCCGUUAAACUUGGCAUCAGUCCAUCUAUUAGGACUUUACGAUUUUUGUGCUGUUCGUAUUAUAUAUUAUUAUUAGACGUUUAAUAACAUUUAUAACGAAUGCAUCUUAGCGAUAAAAACUCGGGUAAUAUAAAAAAGGAGAGUACGAAUGAAUCUGAAUUUGAACCAAACGUUCAAGAAGGUCCAAAUUCGAAAUCGUUUUUUUUUUUUUAAGACAUUUCCAUCAAACCUAUAUAAGCCCUAAAACAAAAAUGAUAGUAAAAAUGAAAUUUAGUAUUACUUGAAUAUAUAUAUAUAUAUAUAUUUAUAGGAAUGAUAAGUGAGGAAAAACAAAGUUUUACAUUAUUUUUUCUGUUCGCAUAUAUUUUAUUUAUGGGCAAUAAAAUUAACUAAUCUGUAAAAUGCAAUAUAAUUUUUUAGAGGUUUUAUUCUGAUCUUACUUCUGAUUUAUAGAAAAAAAUAAAAUAUUUUUUUUUAAACAAAAUUUACAACCAUACGUAAAAAUUAUAUACAAAUUAAAUUAUAAUAUUAUUUUAUUUAACAAUUUUAAUUAUAUUCAAAAGUAAAAUAUUUUUAUCGUUUGUUGUACCUUUAAGGGUGUAACGUUUUACUAGUGUAAUCGAUUUUUUUGUUCUUUAAAAUUAAAUAAUUUUUUUGAGUAACUAACCGUACAUAGUAUAAAAAUAAUUAAAAUAAUUUUAGUAAAAUACUAUUAGUGUUGUAAUUAAUCGCAGUGGGUAUCUACAACCUAUUUACCAAAGGUGGAUCAAUUAAUUAAAAUAGUAGAUUCGAUCAAAUCAAGUCAAAUAAACAAAAAUGCCUUAUCUAAUCUUAAAUAUACAUUUUUUAAAUUUAUAUAUUUCUAUAUAAUUAUACUGAUAGAAUUCAAUAUUUCUAAAGAAGUAAUGUUUUUAAUUACACUUUUUUCAAUGUUCAAUAUUGAUAAAUUUGUGAAAUGUAUUUGAUAUUAAGGUCUUUUUUCCUUAACCAUUAUUUUUAAUGGUACAUUUACGAAAAACAACAUUUAACAAAUUUAAAUCAUUCAGAAAAUUGACAACUACAACCAUUUUCCGGAUAGCUAUUAGAUAGUUAAUUUACUAGUAAUGUGUAAAAGUUAAUUUUUUAACUAACUGCACAUCAUUGCUAUUUACUGACAUUUGAUUAGUAUAAAAUAGCGGUGGAUCCAAAGGGGACUCAUUCUUGCGAUGAAUGUAUUGAUUGUAUUAUAAUGUAUUUACAUUUUUAAUUUUUUUUUUGUUUGUGAACGGAUUUUCUAUCAGAAAUCUUACUCCAAUCAAAAAAUAAUUUAGCAAUGGUUUAUCGGUUCUUAAUCUUAUUUGUCUCACUAUCUCAACUACCCAUCUAGAACAGUAGCUGCACCCACUCCAGUAUUGCUUUUUUUUUUUUGCUUAAUAGUAAUUUUUUUUUAUGAGGUCCCUCCAAAAUCCACCACUGGUAUAACAAUCAUCUUAUUCUCGACUAUUAUAUAAUACCUACAUAUUACCGAAGCAUGAAGUAUAGCGAUGAUUUCUGUCAGAUAUAUUUAAUUAAAAUUCUCUAAACAACUCGAGUGCAUUAUUCUAUAUACCAGCAUACCUAUGUUUAUGUACAUGUAUAGUAUUUUGUAUAAAACAAAUAUUGCCAUGUUAUACUUUUUUAUAAUCUAUUAGGUACACAUAUAGAGAUUUAUAUUUUAAGAUUUAUAAAAUAUAAAUGACAAAUUUCUUGUCAAAUCUCAUAUCUAAUAAUAUACAUAAUAAUUCUUCCAAUGCAUUUUAAAAACAUACUUUGUAUGGUACUUAAAUUGUAAAUUUUUAAUAUAAAUUAAACAAUGAUACCAAUAAUAUUUAUAAUUCCCACGUUGGCUGGAAAUAUAUGGUGGUUAUGUAGAUACUUAUGUACUUAUUAUAAGUAUAAUAUUAUUAUAGAAAUAAUACCAUACCUAAUAUUUAUUGUCAAAUUUAAAGAUUAAAAUAUAUAAUGUUAUAUGUAUAUGUAUGACAUACAGUUACCUAAUUACGGGAGGGGGGGGGAGUCCAGGGGUAACUCCCCAGAGCCAUAAGUAAUAAGCAUAAAAAUUAUAUAUAUAUAUAUAUAUAUAUAUCAUAAAUAAUAAAGGAAUGCCUAGGGUAUGACAUAAAAUGGUUAGUUAUUGAAUAGUAAGAAACUAAGGUAAUGUUUUUUUUUUCUAUGACACAAAUAUAUUGUGUUUCAGUCUUUUGGAAUUCAAAUUUUAACUUAGUAAUUUGAAAUAAACGAUAACGAUAAACUUGGAGGAACAAUAAAUUUAAAUUAUUAUUAUUGAUCUGAACACGAAUAUAAAACAUGCGGUAGUUGAACAAAUAGCUACCUCACUGAUAAAUAAUACUAUCGAUAAAAAUGUAAAUCAAUUCGAUUAUAGUACAGGAACGAUUAAUCCGAUAAUUUUUACAAAUGACUUGUAGAAUACUAUAGAAAUAAGAAAUAACUAAAACCCGUAUCAUAAUUACUGGCUACUGUCUAAUGGCUAAUGGUAACGUUAUUAAUUUUUAAUAAUUUUUGCGGUCCGUAUAAUACGAAAAUAAUAAUAAUAAUAAUAAUAAUAAUAAUAAUAAAAUAAUUUAAUGUUGUUUUUUUUUUUUAUCACUCGAUAUCAAAAUUCGAAAGGUAUAUUAGAUUCCGGUUGAUUUGUUUUAUAGGUAAACGAUAUCGGCUUAUUUUAUGUGCGUGUAUACAAAACAAAUAGAAGCUGCAGUGUUUUUUUUUAUACAUAUUUCAGUAUAUACGGAUGUCUGUUAUGAACCAACAGAUGGGUUACGUAUACAACGUAACGUGUAUAGUAUACAGGGAGAACGUUUACCGAGAAUAUUAUGUUUAUGGAUGAUUUUAUGCGUUCCGAUUGAUACGAGCCGAUUAAUAAAACCGGUGCCGGAGGUUUUUUUUAUGACGCGUUUGUCCCGAUGUUUUCUUUUUCUUUUAUAUUUAUCGCGUAUACGUGUAAAACGCUCAACAGAUGCGUGAAAAGAAACGUGUUAAACAAAAUAGAACACAUAAGCACAUAUAACCAUAAUAAUAUUAUAAACGGUAUAUAAUAUUAUUAUUGAAUACAUCACUUGGAAGUAGAAGCGUUUCAGAAAACAAGUUACCAUUUAUUGGUGAUUUCGUUUGUGGUUUUGUUUUCUUAUUCGAGGAAGGAAUACACUGCAGUCCAAAAAAAUUGUAUUCGUUGUUUAAUUAAUAAAUGUAAAAUACGGUGAUUGAACACGAGUGAUAAACUGCAGUGUAUAUGCAAUGUGCAAUACCUAAUCUAAUAAAAUAUUAGUAUUUGUGUGUUAUUAAUAUCCGUUAUCUGUUAAACUUGUAGUUUCUUCGAAAAACGUUUUAUUUACAUUUUUAUGUGCAUUUUUUUAAUCCAUCAUUUCAUUGUUUUGAUUUCUUGCAUUAUGUGCCAUUAUAUUUUAUUAUUAUUGUUUUUUUUUGGAUUUUUGUCUAUAAUAAUAUUAUAUGAUUGUCAGGCACUUAGUUGUUGUGAUUCCAUGAUGCUCUCGAUUUUCAAUCAAAAUAACCAUAUAUAACGAACAUGACUUUUUAAUGUUUGCGAAGUAAUGACAAAAUCUUUUAUUCACUUAAAAUACAAUAUAGUUUAAAUUGGGAAAUAUUUAGAUCAAAUUUUGGCGAAAUAACUCCACACGGUUUUUUGAGCACGCCUGCGUACGCAUGCCAAGUAUAUUUAAAACAAUCGUUAACCGUCAAAAGCGUUUAAUAACGUCCAGUUUAACGGGCGUCUAUACAAUAAUAGAAGGGCUUAUUACGUGGAAAACGGUCGUUCGAGAAACGUUUACGAGCGAUUUUAUAGGUUCCGAUUAAUGCGAGCCGCCGAUUAAUGAACUAGAGUUUUAUAUUUUUAUUUUUCCUUUACCCUCCGUUUUUUAUUUAUCGUAUAUUUAUACGAGUGCGCGACGCAAUAGGCGGACAUUAUAUUUUAUUCCCAACAGAAAUAGACAAACAAAUUGUUAAACACAAUACUAUUUUGCGUCUAAAAAGGAAAGGCGAACGACUUACAGCGCCAUCCCAUAAAACUAUUGAUGUUUCAUUUAUUUACAUUUUUUUUUUCUUAUUUUUUUAAUGUGCACGUAAAACACUGAAAACUUGUUCAAAUAAAUAGACGACGAACAAUGGUGUGUAUAUAGUAAUCAAAUUAUAGUGCGCUCUGAAUACUAUAGGUCGGAAUGUUAUACGCAUCAAAAUCGUGUGUUUAUCACGGGCUGUAGGUAUUUAAACCGUGAAAAUUGUCACUGGUAAAUAUUUUCAACGUUAGUCUUAUGACUUAAUUGUUUGUAAUUUUGGUGUGCAUUUAUUUUUCUAAUUUUCUCCGAAAAUAGACACUAUUGUACUGUGUUGUGUCUGUUUAUAUUCAUUUAAUAUUUUUAUUUUUCUCAGUACUUUUGGACUCUUUUAACGCUGGACUAAAUGAGCUCGAAUACAGCGGGAAUAGUGUUAAAGGAGGAUUGAAGCGACAAAAGUCGGGUUGAAUUUCUAUAUAAAUAUUAUGAUUCACCCUACAGUCUGCCCAAGUGAAACACUCGGGACAAUACUAGCACAUUAGAUAUAUUAUAAUACCGCCGCUUAUAUACAACACCACGCAUCUCAAAAUUUGAUGGUUUGGUGUUAUUAUCAAUAUUAAUAAAACAAAUAGCAUGGUUAGGUACUCUGUAAACCACUAAAACGGUAAUACGACUUGUAUCAAACAUAGGUAACGUAUUUCAGCAAAUAAAACAUAACAAUAGUUGUAUUAUGAAGAAAAAAUACAUUUAAAAAAAAUUAUUAGUGCAAAAUAGUAAAUAUUACCAGUAUUUAACUUGGUGAGAUUACAUCAUUUAAAUAAUGUUUUUUUUGGUUUUUCGUCCUGUAAAACUAAAAUAUUGAAUACUAUUGCAAUAUAAUCGACGAUACAUAAUUUUAGAAUAUUAGGUAUGUUUACAAUGUUGUAAUUAAACUGACGGCUAUAACAUAAUAUACGAUAUACAUUAUAAUUAUCUGGUAAAAAGAAUAUUUACCUACCUAUUUAUAUAAAUAAAUACUGCGUGGGUGUGCUGUAUAAUAUGCCGGCGUUUGACAGUAGCCAUUAUAGUACCCGGACUUAUAUCGGACCCUUAUUAUACAAUAAUAUUAGAACACAUGACAGCUAUUUACCGUGAAAUUUAUAAAUACGUAUAAUUUCGUAUAAACCGGUUUUUUCUUCAAAUUGACUCGAGUCAGUGGUAGAUUUUUACAUUUUUUCAUAAAAAAAAAAAAACCAUUUAGGUGCGUGAGCGCAAUGUUUCAUUAGACAUUGUUUGUAUUUAGUAUUAAUAUUAUUAUUAUAUUUUUUCAACUCGUCACGAACGACGACUCACGGCGGCCAAAAAAUUAUUGUGAUCACUGUAUAAUGUACAUAAAGUCAGUAGUAUAAUGUACACGUCACCUGCUGCUGUAUCGUUUGCGCAUAUCAAGAUGCACCCACAAAGUACAUGGUACAUUGGUACAUACAGCUACAUAGCUUAUACCUUAUAGCAUCAGCAGUUAUCAUACAUUUCGGCAUUUUGGCCAUAAAAAAAAUAAAUACUACGAUAAAUUUCACGUAAUAGUAAUACGCACAUUCUAUUUGUUUUUGUUUUUAUUUUUAUCAUAACGAUUGGCAUUAAAAUUGCAUGAAAAUUCAUUGGAACGUGCCAAGUGUAAACUACACGGUUUAAAUCAAAUACGCGCAGGCAGAUAAGACACUAUUAUACUAUUAUGCUGACGUGUAAUUUAGCACUUUGUAAUGAUAGUUGUAUAAUUGUCAUAAAGAUACAAGUUCGGAAUAUUUUAUUAUAUUUUAAAGGCAUUUUAAUUAUUAAUUUGAUGUAUUUUUUUUUUCCGGGAAACUUUUUUUCGAUUAGUAAAACACUUAAAAUUGUUUCUAUCGUACCUCAAAAGAUGUGUACAUAAUAAAUCCCAGACAGUUUUUUAUAAAAAUUUAAAAAAAAAACCGAAAACAAAUUAUCGUCAGAUUUAUAUUAAUUUAAUGUUAUUUUGAUUUCCGGGUUACCGGAAAAUUAUAAGGAAAAAAAACAUCUAUAAUAUUACCAGUUUACCAAGAUCUUCUCCAAAUCGGUUUUUUGAUUUAAAUAAUUUAUCGUUGCUUACAGUAUAUAUAAACUAAACUAUCUAUAUAUCUAUACCUUCUCAACUUGCCACUUAUGACUGCAAUAGUGCGAAUAGUUUAUGCGGCUUAUUCAAUUUAUUGUUGGUCGCUUUGUAAAUAUACAGAGGUGGCUAAAAGUCGCGCAACGCCUACCGUCUUGUAUAACAUCUGUUCUUACACCAUAAUCGGUCCUUACUUUCACGACGGCAUGGUAAACGGUCCCAAAUACAUCGAAAUGCUUGAAGAAGUCAAGAUCGAACUCGACAACAACGAUAUCUUCCGUGGUAAGCGAAUUAUCUGGCAAAUUUUUUGCGCGAUUUUUGGCCACCUCUGUAUAGUUUAAAGUUUAAAGUUUUAGUUAAUAUUAUAAAUUUGAUUGUAACUAUUAUGUGUGUGUAUUGGAGUCGAUGCACGUAUGUAAAAAUGAAAGAUCUUAUUGCGUGACGUCCAAAUCGGAUUCUUAAUCGAAUAGGGACGUUACAGGACAAGUAUAUUAUUAUGGAAAUCAAAAUAAGAAUAAAAUAUUCUACAGUCGUCUCUGAACUAUGGACAACCCUGGACAGACAUAAUGAAUAGGUACCUUAUGGCUCAUAUAAUAUAUAGGCUAUACAAUGGGCGUAGGCAGUAACACAAGUCAAUUUGUAUAUUGUGUUAGUUCCAUAAUUAACAUGCGUCCUAAUCUGUGUUGGGAGUAUUGAAACGUAUGUCCAGUGUUUUUUUUUGUUGUUGUUGGAUUUAUACUUUUGGUUGACUUGCGCGUUAUUUUACUUCUGUCGUCCGGGUUUGUUUUAGUAUAGUUUAACUGUUAAAUUUAUAUAUAUAUAUAAACCAUACUUAUUAUAAUGCAUUAUAGAUAUUAUACACAGGUCUCGUAGUUAAUGAGUUAUAUGUUCUUUGGAAGUAAUUAAAUUAUAACGAAUUACAAUUUUGAAUAUUUUAAAAACACAACAAAGGUAGUUUUAUUCGAAAUUUUAUGAUCGCAUCGCGGCAGUAUCCGUAUAUAAUACCUAAUAUAUGUAUGUAUAAUAUUCGGAUUUACUGCAGUUGUGGGCGGCCAAUUACUACACUAAGUCGUUAUUUACAUUCGUCAUCGUAAUCGAUUUAAAGCGGUACAUGUAUUGAACCCGUGCAAUUUAAAAAGGCGUAUCAACGAUGUGUACACGUAUAAACAAUAAAAGUAAAAUUUAAAAAAAAAAAAAAGCGGUGUUAAACGCACACUCGCGUGAUAAAUUGUCCUGCUUUUUUUUUUGUUGUGAAUGAAAUGGUUUUUCUUUGACAAAUUUAUUUUAACUAAUAUUACCUAAUAAUAUAUUAUACACCGUUUCUACUUUUAAAAUAUCUCCAGAAUUUCAUGUUUCAGCACCCUUAUAAUAUUAUGUAGUUAAUAUCGGUUUGUACGGUUAGACGCAAUAAUAUACAAAUAUUUUCAGACACGCGACUAUUGUUGAGCCAAACAUGCGAUUAUUGUGUCGGAAAAUCGUGAAUUAUUUAUCGACACACUCAAAUAUAGUAUUAUUGUUUGUAGUUUACACGUUUUCAUUUGUCCGGCAAUAAUAUAGUAGGUAUGUCAUUAUCUAGGAAACAAGUUUUUUUUUAUAUUCCUUUGAUUCACUAGAAUAUAGGUAACGUUAAUACGUGCAUACUUUAAUUUUUUGCUCAAAUUUAAAAUACGUUUAUUAAAAAUAAUUUUAUCUAUUUGUUAUCCGAAUGUGCACGCAAGGAAGGUAAUGUAUGUGUGUGUGUGUUAUUUUUAUUUAUUUUUUUAUGGUACUUGUAUUCUAUUAAAUAUCAUUCAAAUACUUGUAAUAUUAUCGAAUACCUAUGAGAACUCAUAAUAUAUUACCCGAUUAAAAUGUUAAUACUGGCCAUAUAAACGAGUACUGUAGUUCCCCUUGGCAAUGAUGGAAAUGAUCUUUGAAUUCAAUCUUUACACAAAAUUACGUACGAUUUUAUUGGACGUUAGGUAUUUAAUAAAACAAAUUUUUUAUUUUUUCAAUUUCCUUAAAGAAUUUUUUGAUCUAUUUAAUUUGGUAAAACAACAAAAAAAAAAAAAAAAUACUACAGCUGUUCCAAAAGCUAACUUGGGAUGGUCUUAAUCAUAUAGUUUCGUUUGUGUCGAUUGCUUUUUGAAUUUUUGAUUCAAUCGAAGAUGUUACAUUAUUAUAACUAGAAUAUUAUUAUCUUGAUUUUUCUAUUCGAAACAUACAUACUACAUAUUUUACGAUAGCUAAAAUAUACGCAAUAAUAUCAUAGUAAACAUAUAGGCGUAUAAUAUAAGUAUAUAGUCGUUAAGAAGAGCAGAUGUUGGCGGUUUAUCAAACUGACCGCUGCACGGUGCAGAGGAGAAUUCACUCCCUCGCACACUCCGGACAAACUAUAAUAUAGUCGAGAGUGUGUUUACAUCGUCCUGCAGUGUAACGAUUGGUCCGACAUCGUACAAUGGACAUGUGCAUAUAAUACAAUAUUAUAUAGGCUAUAAAUUUGCACGGUAAUUUGCUCGGGACAACAAAGUGCAACGGCUAAGUUACGGUGUGUCAAACCCUACAAUAGCAAUAACACACGAGACUAUAAUAUUAUAUACAUAUAUGGAUAUAUAAUAUAUGCAUGUAUAUUAUAAUAUUAUUAUAUAGACACGGCUGCAGAAGGCUACAGGAUACGAAAUUGCAAGUGCGAAACAGAAAAAAUUAUUAUUUCUUAAUAUUUUAAUUGGGGUAUAACCGUAUAGGUUACCGUUGUAUUUAGGUGGGCAAUUGGGGCUAGGUGGGAUAUCUAAUACCUAUAUAGGUGUGGAAAAGGGCGGUAAUUUAGUUUAUGUGCCAAAAACAAGUAACUCCGUUUGUACAAAUUUAUUUUUCAGCUAGGAGAAGUUUUGAUAUGUUCGUUAUAACUUAUAACUUCUAAUAAAAUGGUUGUUUUGAAAUCACAGUUUAACUACCUCAAUAUUAUUAUAUAAUACACAUAAUUAAUUUACAAUAUUUAUUGUGCACAUACAACUUAUACUAUAAUAUUAUAAGUUGGUUAACGAUUUUUCCGUGUUUUUAAACAAUACAAUUUAUAUUUUAGAUAUUAUACUAUAAUUUAAUAAUAAUUGUGAUUUUUUUUUCUCGAUAUCAAUGUGAAAUGAUUUUCCUAAUUCGGAUUAACUUGUAUCUAUAGUGUACUAGGAGGUACACUAUAGAAUACAGAUUACAUAUUAUCAUAAACUAGUCUUUUUCUCGAGAGAUUUUAAGUGAAUUUUAUUUCUGUUUUUAUUUCUUCCAAUAUCAUUAUCAAGUCACUUUACUUUAUUUUAAAAUCGUUUACUCCUAAUUUUUAAACCUUAAAUAGUUAUAUAAUUUUGAUCAUAAAAUAAGAACCUCCCUCUUUUUGAACACAGAUAUAAAUAGAGAGUAAUUAUUUUACCUUUUUGAUGCAUUUAACAUUAAUAUCGGAUUUACCGUUUAUGAGUUAUAAUAGUUUAAAAUUUGGACCGAAGGAGUAGGGAAUUUUAUUAACUUUUAUAUUCAUUUUAGACGAUAAAUUUCCUACUUUUCUGGUCUAAACUUUAAAUUGUUAUAAUAUUCUUAGAUAAAUGUCUUCUAUUUGAAUCCGUGUUAAAAGAGGGAUUUGCUAUUAGAAAACCCGAAGUGAAUACUCAUUUAGGGUAUAAGGAAUUGGAGUGAAGAAUUGGAAAUAGUGGUAAAAUAAAGCUUAAACGACUCCAUAAUGGGAUUGAAAAGUACAGAAAUCAAAUUAAAUUUACUUAAAAUCAUCCGAGAAAAUCACUAGCUGGCUCGUGUUAAGUGGAUCACUCUGUAUUAUACAUAUGGGAAAUAAUUACUGAACCAUAUAUAGAUAUAGAGAUCUAUGUAUAAUGUUACGUUUUGAUUGUUAAAAAUUAUUAUUAAUACAAAAUAAUUAUACGAACGUUUGUGUUACGAAAUCAUUAUCACAAUAGAAAUAAUUGAAGAGUAGGCACUAGGCACCUAUAUAUAUAUAUAUAUACCGCAGACUUAUUGUGCCUCCCCCCAAGGGCGAUUUGUAAUGUUUGUAAACAUGCGUGUAGAGCAGCUAAUAAUAAUGUAGACACGGACACAAACGGUAAACGCGAUGCUGCGAUGAUGAACGCUCUGCUACCGCUAUAAUAUUAUGAUGGACAAACUGCAUCGAUACAUACUGUACAUUUAUGAUGUUCGAUCUAGAUCAUAAUAUUAUUUAUCAACAUUGCAGUCAAAACGUCAUCGAGGUUCGAUCGGAGGUUAGUCGGGUUUAAAAAUAUUUUCUAUAUUAUUAUUCGAGCACCAUUAGUCCAAUUUUAAUUUUGACAACAUCUUUGAUUUCUUUUAUUUCUUGUCUAUGUUUUGUAGGAAAUAUUUGUUCGAUUUUUAUGUAUAGCUUAUUAAUUUAAAGUGCAUGCUGAAUUUAACUUUUUUUUACGUCAUAAAAUACACAACAAAAAAAAUAUAUUAAAAAUAUUUCCCCUACAAAACAGAAAAAAAAGUACGUAUAAAAAGUCAAAUUAUUUAUCAAAAAAUUAAUCUAACUACUGGGAAUAUGUUUAUUUAUUCCAGAUUAUAGGUCUAAUUGUAUGAAAAAUAAAUCUCUAAAAAGUACCUUAAUUAUUUUUAUUAUUUAGUUAUCUGGUCUUUAAUAUCAUUCCGUUGCACAACCUCAAUCUAUCAUCAAACAUUAUAUCUCUAACUAGCCGAAUUACCCGGUAUUUUGUGGGCUCAAUCAUUUCAAAGCAGAAAUCAAUAAAUGAAAUUUAUUUCAAUGUGUCUCGUUUCCUCAUUUCUACCCUUAUAUCUAUCACAGUUUAUCGUUGUUGGCCGAAAAUUUAUCUUUCUUGUCAUCGUAUUUUUCCCUGUAUUGAGUUUUGUUCCAGUUAUACUGUCUGGAGUAGUGGUGGGUUUUGACUUUUUAGAAAGAAUGAAAAGUUUUUAAUUCAUGCUUUUAUACACCUCUCUACAGUCACCAAAGUAAUAUUGUACAUAAAAAAAAAAAAAAAAAAAUUAAAUUUAUCAUUAUUAUCACAAGUAACGGUUUAUUCUCAUUUUUUAUCGGGCACUCGAAUCGCACAGGUAUUCCGAAAAAUGUAUUAAAUUACAUAACACACCGAGUUAAAUGAUUGUCAGAAACAUAAAUUAUUGGUAUUGUUAUAGAUAUUUAGAUUGUAUAUUUUUAAUUGCAUUUAUUAUUUUAUUAGUCACAAUAAUUACGUUAUCAAUUGACGAUAUUCAUAGUUGAGUUGGUUUCACAUAAUACAUAAGAUGACUUUUUUAAUUAUGAAAAUUUCAUAUUAUCUAUAUACUAACAUAAUUGUUAUUAUAUUUAUUGUAUAUUUUUAUUUCAAUUUUAAUGUGAUAAAUACUUUAAAACGAAAAUCGCUUUAAAAAUAUUUUAAAGUUUAUAAUUUUUUUUCAAUGUAUAGUCAAAAUAGAUUAUAAUAUUCGAAUGAUAUAAAAAUAUUUAAAAUUGUUUGUAAUUAACUUAUGGUAGUAUAUAGUUACCAUAUAGUAUAGAAAUAGUAAUAUUAAAAUAAAAUUGCUUAUACAAUUUAGAAAUAUAUUUUAAUAUAAUAAAUGAAUACAUACUUAAUGUAAAAUAAUAUUAAGCAAAAUACAAAAAUCAUUUAUAUCGUAGAUUACCUAUAGCAAAAAUAUAUAUAUUUACAUUUUCCUUGUGUACAAGGUAUUAAAAUUAAAUUGUCCCCCUUUUCAUUUGUACCGUUUAUAUAGUUACGUACAGAUAAUAGCUUAAUAGUUACAUUAUUAUUACAUUUUUAUAUACCUCAACAAAUUCUUAUCACGAAUAAUUGUCUAUAAAAUCACGUUUAGUUGAAUGCCAUCGAUUAGAUUAGUUAAUAAUAUUUAUUAAAUUAAAUUAUUAAAAAUAUAUUUACGAACAUCUAUUAUUAUUAUUAUUAUAAUAAAGCCAAUAUACUCUUCUGUAAUAUUGUAGUUACACGGAUGUGUUAAAUUAUUUUUUUUAUUAUAAAAUAUAAAAUUCUGAUUUUUAACGGUUAUAAAUUAUUCGUUCGAAGGUCUUUAAUAUAUAUAUAUUUAUGUAUAUGUAUAAUUUAAUAACAAGCGUGAAACGUCCGUCACAUAACGGCCAAAUACCAGACGAAUAGCAUUAAAAUAAUAUUGGGUAUUUUGAUACAUAGUAGCGUAGCAGGGUCGAAUUAAGUGCAACGCACAACUCUAUAGGCAUUUGUUUUUGAAUUGUCAUCGAAAUGGUUUAUCUAUAAAUUCAUAACCAAUACACUCGGAAGUUUAGCUGUAAAAUUGUCUAAUAUAUGUGAUUUGAAUUGUAUAAUAUACAUUUUUUUUAAUUUAAACCAUUUUAAUUUGCUUAAUUUUGAAUUUUGUGUAAUCGGAAUAGAUUAUAAUAUCAAUAUUUUGGAUGAAUUUAUUAUCGUAUAGGUAUUUAAUUCAAACAGUUUUUUUUUUAUAACCGAAUAUAUUAUAAACUAUUUGUUUUAUAAAAACUAUCGAGUAGUCCGAUAGUGAUUAUUCGGCUGUGUCCUUCAGUAGUACCUGACUAUGCCUAAUAAUUAAUACAAUUACAUAGUUUAUGUAUAAUGUAUAAUGCAGAUUUGUCGAGUCAUUUUUAUAUUACUAAUUAUAUUGUAAUUUGGUUAUUAUUAAUAUUUACAAAUUAUGAAAAUAUAUUAAUUUAUCCUAUAUUAGCAAUAUAAAGCCAUACCAGAUUCCAGAUGUUCUCAACAUAAUGAGUUAAUAACUUAUGAUUGAUUAUAAUAAUACAAAUAUUAAUUAUACCUACAGUCUACACCUAUACAAUUUACGUAAAAUAUAAUAAAGUAUAGAUACAUAUAUUCAUAUAAUUAACGAAAUAUAGGCAUAGGUAAUCCGUAUACAAAUCAUCUCAGAGUCGCGUGUGUAUAAAAAGAUAUUGAAUGAUAUCGUAUAAUAUCAUAAAUAUCUAUUAGGUACAUUAACAUAUAUCAUAUAAAAAGCCAGAACAUCGAUGAUUUUUUUAUGUUUUUAACACCUACCAUUUUUCUUCUCUUUUAUACGUAUAAUUAGUUCUUAAUGACAUUCAAAAGUGUUUUGCGUGGUGAAAUUAUAAAAAAAAAGUGUUAUCAUACGUAUGUAAUUAAUCUGAGAUUAGAAUAAUAUAGGUAGGUACCUACGUAGUUCACGUCUCUGUUCUUGAUUAAAUACCUAUAAUAAUAUGACGCCCACGAGGCCGAUAUUUUGAAUUUAACAACCCACGUUUAUCACUUUUUAAUCAUAUAACAAAAACGUCUACACAAUAAUUAGGCCAUGUUUAACGAAGGAAUAAUAUAUUAUGAUAAUUUUCCAUUGUAAAAAAAAUAUUCAUACAAACGUGUAAGUGUUAGGUUAGGUACCUACCUAUAUGAAAGACCUAAUCAGUUUAACUGCGGGUUAUAAAAAUAUAUUCAAUGUAUAUUAGUAAUCCUAAAAUAAUUUAAAAUAAAAAAUAUAUUAUAAGUAUUAUUAUUGCGUGUAAUAUUAUAUAAUAUAAUUUUUCGGUUAAAUUUCAAGAUUCAUGAAUAUAAAAAAUAAGAAAUGUAUUUAUCUAUAUUAUGCUCUGAUACCGCGGUUUACAUUAAACACGUGUAUUAUUAUUUGUUUUUUGAUAUCGUCAAUUACUUUAUUAACCAUAUAAUAAUACUAUAUAUAAAUAUAUAUAUAUAUAUAAUAUACAAUAUAUAUGCACCAAAGAAAUAUUUAAUACAACAACGAAAUAUAUAUAUAUAUAUAUAUAUAUAUAUAUAUAUAUUUAAUUAUAGUUUAAUACCAUUUAAAAUAUUAUAGCUAUUUAAUAUUUAAAAACUUUUACCAACGUUUUUACUCUACAAAUAGAGUUUCUAUAAAAGCUAAAUGAUAAGUAAAACAAAAAAUUUUAUCAAAUAGUUACGAAAGUAAAAUAAAAUAAAAUUGUCUUCGCUACACAGAAAAACAGAAUCAUGGAUACGUUGUUGAGCUUAGAAUAUAAAUUAUUAUUACUCAAUUAGUAUAACAUAUAUAAUGAUUUAGUGUAAUUUUAUUAUCUGAGUUUUGCGAUGCAAAACAAUUUUUAUCUUUUAGAGAACGUGUAUAACUAAGCACUCAUAAUAUUAAUUUAAUUAAAUAACUACAGAGUAGACAAAUAACUCAAACUGUACUUGUUUAAAUACUCUUUACUAUUUUAAUUGGUAGUAGAUACAUACACAAUAUAAACCUGUUUUGUGUUCUAUAAUUUCAUCCGAUAUUUUAAUAUUUCGUUUUUUCGUAUUCUUCUUUUAACAGCUUUGGUACUUGUAAUUUUUCUUGAGCGCGUAUUUCGUUCUCUUCGGUAAAAGAGCCGGAUUUGAUAAAUGGACCAUCUACUGGAUAUAUAUAUAUAUAUAUACUUGCACGAUGUUUACUCAAUAUUAUACGCGGUGAAAUAGUAAUAACAGUCGAAAUUGAUGGGCAUCGCCGCAGCAGUAUCGGAAUGCGAACAUUUUCGUGAAUAUAAGGUUAGGGAGGCCGAAGGAACUGUGAAAAAAUGGAUGGGGGAAGAGAAGGAGGAGGAGGAGGCAAAAAAACAAAAUAACACACGUCAUUCGAAUGUUCACUAAUCUUGUUUCCCAUUUAGGUCGCGGAUAGUGUAUAUAAGUAUGUAUAUGUAUAUAGUUGUAACGUGUAAGGGUUGGCUUCGGGGGCGGCGGAAAAGCGUGCAGCUACGGGAUGACGGUUAGUAGUCGUGCGAUAAUAUUAAUGAUGUAGUCGGAAUUUAUUUAACAACCGGCGGCGACCGAAAAUAAAAACAGUUUUAAACUGUAGCGAACGCGCGCGCGAGAAUCUAUCACUGUAAUUAAUGAACUUAUGAUGACACCUACCAUUAGUGCGCGUGCCUCAAACCGAAUAAUCAGUAGGUAAUAAUAUAUAAUAUUAUACGGCAUGGCCGUCUUCUUUGCCGGAAUGGAGUAAAGUAGCGAAAACACCGAGCUUAUACCAGUGGCUGCAGUUAUAUUGCAACAAUAAGUUACUAUACGGGCGUGUUACCGGAAAUGUUGGAAAUUUUUCGAGAACGACGAUAAUUCCCCGAUACUGUUAGAGAAUGAUAGCGUUGCCCAACGCCUGUUGUUGAACUUUUUAUCAUUCCCGUAGUAUAUUAGGCAACGUUAAUCGAAUCUCUAACUUAAAUUUGUGUGUAACAAAUACAUUCAUUCUUCAUGUCCGCAUCAAAAACCAAAAUAAAUCCACGCUAAGCAAAAUAAAUGGAUCCGGUAAUGUUCUGUUAUGUGAAAAUAUAAUUAUAUAUAUGAGUAUAUGUAUAUGAUAUAUCUAUAACGGUUUAAGAUAUAUAUGUUAUUCAACGCAGUCAAAAACAUGACCUCGUGAACUGAUAAUCUAAUUAAAUUAACUACCAGUGCUCCAAGCGGGAAAAGAGACAACACGGUCGCGGUGUUGCUAAAAAUGGGAAUAAUUCACUAUUUUAAUUUUAUAUCAGCAUAGAUAUUGAAUUUGAAGUGCUAUGUUAUUUCAUAAAUUGUUUUUGGGUGUUAGUUUACAAGUCUCUACGGAAUAUUAGUUGUUAUAGGUCGUUAGGCAACCAAUAUACGUUUCUUAAAUCGUAACACCUACUCAUUGUUAGAUGACCCAAAGUAUAAUCCUAAAGCCAUAAUUACCUGUUAUCGUUGGGAAGUGAAAACAAGAGCACAAAGCAAUUAUACAAUUUCCUUGUCCUAUUAGGAAUUAUCAACAUUUUCGGUGACCAAAUACAUAAUGUUAUGUGUAUCGACUAUAUUAUAUUAUUAUAUUAUUGUCGACGUAGUAUAUGGCAAAAUUCUGUUUAAAUGCGGUUGUUUUUAGCUAGAAUAUCUGCCUAUUAUAAUAGUAGUAAGUUAUACAAUAUGUAAACGUUAGUGUUAGACGAUUCCUACUUGAACCGAAGUCCUUUGAGAAAUAUUAUCCGUUACAGUAGUACUGCAGAGACACCCUUGACAUUUAAAUAUAAAUAUAUUUACAAGACUUUCGUCAUUUCUUCUAACACGUUCUUAUCAUUAAUAAAAAUAACGUCUAACGACCGUGCAUAAUACCUGUCACACAUAUCACUAUCACUAGGUACCCGGGCAGCGAAGUAAUAAUAAGAAUCACGUGUCUUUACAUCAAACAAUAACGUUUACCGUAUUUCCGGUCGACUUCGCGUCGUCGUUGGUAUUAUUAUAAUAUAGGUAGUAACCAACGAAUUUAUUGCGCUUACAAAUGCGUAUAUUCUUUAAAUGUGCGCACACGUCCCUGUGCCAUUUGACACUUAUACUCGGAGCUGUAUAAUGGGCAGAUUUUCUUUUUUUAUACAUUUAAUUAAAACGCGUUUAAAGCUAUAUCAUAAUAAUUUCCAUUUGCAUGCUGUUUUCGUGAUUAAUCGAGUUUUAAGUUUGAAAGUAAGUAUUUACAUUACGGUAUUUACGUUUUUUACACGUAUACAAAACCUAUAGUAUAAAAGGUUUCUUGUAUAAACCUAGUAAGGCAACAGCGUGCGAUUAUAUAUAUGUUUGCGUUAUAUUUUUAUAUACAAAAAAAAAAAAAAAAGAAGAAACUAAUUAAACCGACCUGCGGGUAUUUUUUUCUUUUACAGUUCGUAUCAGUAUAAAAAUUAAAAUCAGUUUUGGGUAUAUUUAUUUAAUUGAAAUCUCGUUCAAAUUUUUUGAAAAACAAAAACUACAUUGUAUGUAUCAAAAAUUGAAAAACUGGAAAUAAUAUAAAAUAAACUAAUAUAUAUAUAAUUUAUGUAAAAUAAGUCAAAACAAUUUAUCGACUUACAAAGUUUUGUCAUGAAGUCAACGUGAAUAUUUGCAUUUUUGAACUAUAUUUGAUCCUUCUAUUACGAAAACUACUUAUGAUAUCAUAACGGACUAUUAAAAUGUAUCUAUAUUAAUUAAUGGCGAAUUGCAUCAGCCGUUUCAUUAAUUAUAACAUUAUAAACAAUUUUCUAAAACGACAAAAAACAAAUCAAAUAGGUGUUAUUGGUUUAAUUAUAAUUAAAUGAUUGCGUCAAAUAAUUAUUAUAAACAUGUAUGCAAUACGCUUCUAUUGUUAUAAAUUUAAAUUUUAUAGUUUAAUUUUCAAUUGAAAAAAUCGAAGACCUUGAGUUACAACCAGCUGAUUAACUUUUAAAAUUGUUUAUGAACAAUAAAAACGUUUUCAGAUUUGUCUGAAUGUUGCACUCGAAUAUAAUAUGUGGAGAAUUAUUAUUUUUUUAAUUUUGUCGCUUAGAAGUGAAUUUUUUUUUAAAAAAUGUGGUGUUAUUUGGCUGUUUGGCCAAGGUCUUCAAUUUAUAAUCGUAUAGUAUAGUAAAUUAAAUAAUAUAAAUUUACGCCUGUAAGUAUAUAGUAUUUGAAUGUGUGCGUUUUACAGUAUAUAAUAUAACAUCAAAAAAAAAUAUACUAUAAGUAAUAACCUGUUAUAUCAUUGCAUUGUACUAAAAAAUAUUCGUGACCAAUUUCCAUCCUAUCAAUUAACUUAUCUAUUGUAUUUCUAAAAAACAAAAAACGCAGUUUUAUUUCAACCAUUAAAUUAUAGGUUAAUUAUUAUUUUUAUUUUCGCUAACGAAUUGAACAAGACUGCAGUCUGGUUAUAUCAUAUUAUCAAUAUGGUUAAUUAAUCUGUUAGUAUUUUAAAACUAAAUUUCUACGUAAUACGCGCUUUAUACCUCGCGGUGGUAUACCUAUGUAUGUCAAAAUCGGGGUAUAAGGCCAAAAUGACUUAUGGCCGAGUGCCAAUUAGACUAAUGUAGUUUUAAUGAAACACGUGCUUAAAAUUUGUAUACACAUGUCUCUCUAUUGAGAGACGAAAUGUGUAUUUUUUUUAUUAAUUUGAUUAGAGAUAAUUAGUAUAUUAUUACCCACGUUUUUAAAGUUUUCCGUCUAGGGUUAAUAUUAUAACAUAUUCCAGUAAGUAGGUAUAGGUGCAAAAUAUCGAUAAAAUAAUUAUGAUUGUAUUACGAAUGUUACGAAAAAAAAAAAAAAUAAUAAAUUCGGUCAUAUUUUCCUCCAUAGGUAAGUGCAGUUGCAGAGUUAGAAUGAUGUCGGAUUUAAUAUGACUUAUCUUAUCGUUAUUUUUUUUUAGGGUUUUUAACAAUAUUUUAGGUAAAAUUGUUAAGAAUCUAGGAAAAAUGUUCAAAUAAAGAAGUACAGGGCAAAACAUCCACAUUCUUUAAGAUAAGUUGUAAACAUUCGGAACCUUUUUAUAUACCGAAAAUAUGUUUUUCAAGAAAAAAAACCACGUCUUACCAAUAGCCAUAAUGAGAAUAUCAAAAUGUAUAGGGUGAGGUUAGAUAAAUAAUUUUUCAGUUAAAUGUCAUAUCAUAUAAAAUCCUAAACAUCCUAUUAUUAUUUUUAAUGUGACCAUUUUACCACGAACAAUGCCGUUCGUGCAUAUGUCAGUUGAAUACAAUUUAAAAGAAACGUGCAGGUUCCGAGAAGUCAUUGGUAUAAACUAUUACUAUAAUAAUUGUGUAUGAAUAUUGUGGGUAUUGAAUUUGUUAUUUUCGUAUUUAAUAUAAUUGAUUUAGGGGAGGGGGAUAAAAAGACGAACGAUUAUUUAAUUUGUUCCAAAUAUACCUACCUGAAACGUAUACUUAAAUAUGGGUACCUAAUGACAAGGUUAAUUAUAACAGUUUCCCAUAAUGUAAGGUUUUUCAAAAUUUUAACAGCGCUAUAUCGUUUAAUGAUCAUACAUCACAUAACUAUUAUAAUACAUAUUUAUAUUUGUUUAUCAGAAAUUAAUUUUUUUUUUUGUCAUUUAUUGUCUGUUUUAAACAUAGCUAAGUACCGAAUUGCCAACAAUCGACUGUAUGAAAAUGGCAAUGGACGCCGCGGACAGCGCGAGACUUGGUUUAAACUUGAAUUUGAGCGUGCAGCCACAAUCGUACCAUUGGGUACAGUCGCCGAAAGGUAGUGAUGACGAGGACGACGACGACCGUAGAAGAGUGGACGACGAUUGUUCGCCCGAAGAAGAACCGGAUAUCCUGGAAAUGCAGGUACAAUAUUUCAUUAUUGUUUAACAUAUUAUAAAUCACUUCAAUUAUGUCAUAGUUCCAUAUGAUUUCACAUAUAAAUGUAAAAAAUACUGAUAAUGUUGUCGGGUGUGCUACCGUUUAGAAGAGAAGUUGAAAAAGGAGAUAAUAGUAUAUAAUUUAUUAUAUUAUAAUAGUAUAAUAGUAUAAUAUAUAUUUGUAUGCAAUGUAAACCAUUGGUAACGAAAAAUGGUUCUGAGCAUAUAAUAUUUUGCGAUUUUUUUAAAAUUUGUUUUUCUUCUGUGUGUUACCAAUAUAUUUCUACCAGAAAUCAGUGAUUUUCAUAAUAAUUUGUAAAAAUCGGAAACAAAUGUAUAGGAAAAACGAACAUAUAUUUACGGCGCAGUUGCGUUAACGAUUUCAUUAUUUUACAACUUUUACUUUUCUUAAUCCGAAAUUCAAAAGUGGCUUCUUUUUCGAAAGAAAAUUUUAGAUUUAAAAUGUUUCAAAAACGUUCUUAUUAAGUUUUUGAUUAGAUAAAUAUUUCUGGUGAAAAAGUAGAAUACUGACACGAUGAGAAAUAGUGAACCCAAUACAUUUCUCGUUUCGUUCAGAACUUAAUAGUAAAUCGCCAAUUUUGAACCUUGGUGCAUUCAGUAUACAUACAACAUUACGUAUAAAUACAUUUCGCAACUCCCGCGUGAAUUACAGGAGUAUACAAUUUGUUUUUCUCGUCCAAUUACGAAUUUCAUAUUAAUAUUUAAAUGUUUGGGUUUCAGCGAGAAGAGCGCGAAACUCUCAAUCAGUUGGCACGUCGUUUGGCGAGCGGAUCGCACGGAUUAAUGGGUGGUCACGCAGCAUCUAUGAUACAACACUUGGUUUACCGACAUCCUAACGGUAUGUCCGCGUCCGAUCAUGUCAUUAUGCCGAUGUCAUCUAGACGACCGAACGAUUUGGAGUCCCCGCCCGGGUCCAGUAGAUCAGGCGACACCCCUCUUGGCCACGAAUAUCCGUCGGAAAACGAUUCGUCGAUGUUGGCCAGAAAAGGCGAAGCUCAAUCGUGGACUUUCGAAGAACAAUUCAGACAGGUAAGCGAAUGUGUAACAUCCCUUAAUAAAAAUAACUAUACCACUAUUGUUAUUAGAGUGUUAAUAUAAUUUAAAUAUUUUCUAACUUGUUUAUUAUAUAGGUAUAGGUACGUAUAUUUUAGAUUCUGAGUGGAGCGAAGAAGCUUAUAGUUUAGCCAAAAGUUUUAAAAAAAUUUUUUUUUUUUAUCUGUGCGCAACUUUUCUACCAAAAUACUUGCUUGGAUUUCUACGUGUAGCACCUUUUCUGAAAGGAAAUCGGCGUGGGGAGGUACUUUAAGAAGGUCAUUUUUCAAUUUUCUUAAGAGUUUUAUCAUCAAAUUUGAAAAUAUAUAUUUAAUAUUAUAAUAUUUAAUUAAUUAUAAUAUUUGAAAAAUAUAAGAAUUAUAGGUAUUAGUUAAAAUAUAUUACUGCCUUCUUUUUUUCUGUGCACAAUUUUUCAACCAGCAAUUUUGCUCCAAUUUAUAUUGCUAGCAAUGUUUCUAAAAGGAACUAGGGAGGUACUUUAGAGAUGUCGUUUUUCGAUUUUUUUCAAGAGUUUUCCCAAAAAAUGUAAAAAUUUGGUAUAAAAUAUGGGAAAACCGGGAAAAACGUAGGAAAAUUGGGAAAAUCAGUACAACAUUAAAAAAAUAUUAUUAAAGAAAGUAUAUAAAGCCUAUUUAAUUAUUUUAUUAUAAAAUAAUAUUUAUAUUGUUGACAAAGCAUUACUAUCAACUGAACUCCGCUCAGUAUCGUUUUUUCGUAAGCAAUGGUUUAUCGUUGAUUACAAAUAUACAUUAAAUUCCCAUCUAUAUCCUACCUUCUCGACUUCCCACCUACACCAGUGCUGCACCCGUCCUCAUUAUCUUAGCUUUUUUUUUUUAAAAGCUGAAUUAUUAUUUUAAUUUUAAUCAACUAAAUUCGUAUUAUAAACCAGGAUGUUUGUCCGGGUUACGCUCUAUAGACUAGCAAUAGCCAGUUAGCCAACGAUGCCUUGUUUUCAGUUACAUACAUAUCUUAAUUUUUAACUUUUUUUUUUAAAUAGUAUGUAUAUGAAAUGUGCAACGAAUAACAGUUAUAACUAUAUAGUAUUAAAAUCGAAACGUUGAGAUGCUUAAUAUAUAGCGUAAACCAUAGAGGAGAUACUAUAUAUAUAUAUAUUGGCUAUUUAGAAAAAUUAUUGAAAGGAAGCGUUUUUAUUAUUUUAAAGGCCCCCGUGGUUAUUUUUCGUUAACUCAUCGAGCCUUACUAUUGUAAUGAAAAAUGUUAUCCCUUGUGAUGAUAUAUUUCGACAAAAGUACAAUUAUUUUAAUCGAGUCUCCGUUUCCUAUAUAUUACGUGACAAAAAUUAUUAGACCCAAGGAUUUGGGUUCGUGUCAUCACUCGCUCGGCAUGUAGCCUUCAGUAGGUACCCAUCAGACCGAGCGUGUUAUGAAUUCGCGAUAGUUUCGGUACUCUUGUAUAUUAGGUUCUGACGAAAACCCGCGAUUUUAUAGGAUUACGAAAUGAUAAAUGACGAUAUACACGCGCGUAUACAUCUGGCGCAUAGUAUUAGGACACGGUAAAAAAUAUGACGCGUCACCAUUAUUAGGUAUGUAUACGAAAAUAUUUAUAUACUUUUAUUCGUCGAAUACACUUUCUAGUUUCUGUAUACCCAGAGGUGUGCAUAGCUCGCGCGACGACGGUUUCACACGGACCAUUAUAAUAUCGCGUAGUUGAUAAAGCCUUUUUUUUUUCCUUUUGAUUUUCGCGGGGGAGGAUAAAUGACAAUAUUGUGUGCGUAUACACUUAGGCACUCGCUACUUAGUACGUACGACGACGAAAACGCGAUAAUACUGUCCCGUCGGACGGUGUGCGCGAGCGUCAUCCUUGUUUCUCAUGGAGGUCGACGACACACGCGGCGGCGGUCGUAUUAUUAUGCGUUUACAUUAUUACGCCGCGCACAAAAGACCACAAUCAGUAUGUGAUAUUAAGCGAUGCGUGUAGCGUGUAUGGAACGCGUAAUGAAACAAAAACUAGUUCGGGUGGAUGGAGGGAGGAGGGAAAUUAAACGACGAGCCAGAAAAGAAUACGAAAGAAAGACGGGGGGAGGGGGAAGAAAGGAAAACGGACGAAAGAAAAACGUACGUAUACACGCGCGCGCACCUGUUGAAUCGGUCACAAGAGACGGCGAAAUUAUUAAUAAGAGUGGCGACGGCGACCCGCGGACAAUGCGCCCGCGGGCCAACAACUACCGGGUGAGAAUAUUUGUGUGCCGCGUGAGAGACGGAUUUCGAUCGCGUCGUGUCGACCGAUUCGUCAUCAUCACGGCGACGACGACGGUAGGUGUCGCACACCUGCCGCCGCCUUUGCCGGCCGGUCCACGUCUCCGUCCGUAUUAUGCGCCGAGUCGUUAUAAUUUUAUACAAUAAAAAAUAAUACAAUACGAUAAUAUGCUGUGUACGUAGGUACGUAUGUAAAUAUACUGUAUGUAUAGCCGUCGUCGUUCUCACCGUGCGGCAUAUGAUGCGACGCGACGGCGGCGGCGGCGGCGGCCCGAGAUGACCUCUGUGCGACGCGUGCGGAUUCGUCGCGACCGCGAACCCGGGCGAGCCGCUCGGCUUUAGUGAGUGAACCGGGCGAGUCGGGGAGAGGGGGGAGUGUCAGUUUGAAAAUUGCAAUUCCUCCGAAAACCAAUCUACGACUCGGUAGUCCACAUAAUCAAUAGCCCUUAUAUGUAUUAUAUAGACGAGAAUCCCCCUAUUUCGUUAUCACUACUUUUUGAUAACGCCGAUAUAAAUAAUAAACACCGCAGAUACGAUAUUGACUGUUGCACAUUGGAAAUAAAUACAUUUUAUUUUGUUUACGAUAAUAGGAACACGUCGAUAUCCUUAGGGAAAAAAAAUCUGAGUGAUAUCGGUGUCAAAAUAAUAAAAACUAACUUAAAACUUUUUUGAUUCAAAUAAAAAGUAACUUGUUAAGUCAUGAGCUACAAUAAGAAAACUGUAGGUAAUUUACAAGUUAUAAGGUUACUGAUUUGUGUUACUUUGUAACUAGUCACUACCCAGGUUUGCGUGACUACGGGCCGGGGUUAUGCGGGGUGGUAUAGACACUGUAAUAAUUACAGUAUAAAUAAAACGAAAAAAAAAGUCGCAUUAAAAGACCGGCGACGAAACGAAAUUAUAAAAAGAAAGAACAAAAAAAAAAAAAUCCGUGCGUGUUAAUUUGACGCGAGUUUUAAAUAUAAACUAUAGGUAACUAUAUAGGUAUGUACACGGUGUUUGAUAAUUAUUAUUACACGCGGAGUUCAUGAACUACACGGUAUUAUAUUAUACAACCUGUCUGCACGAGCUGUGUAUAGGGUGACAAAACAGGAGGGCGUUAAACAUAUAGAUACAAUGUCAUCAUGUGUAGGUAUAUUCGAACGAAUUUAACUUUUCGUAAGUAUAUAGAUAGAUCUCCCGUGACGGUCGUGGAACUAUACAAAGUGAUCGACAUACUAUACAACACUCAUUAUAUCGGAAAGUAUUUUUCGUAACCUUAUUCGGAAUUUGUUUUCGAGAACAUUUAAGAAACAAGCAGUUAUACAAUUGUAAAUUAUCGUAAUUUUUUUGAUCGCCCUUAUUUUAGUUAGUGAAACCACUAUUCACUUUUAAUUUUUGAAUAGCGACCGUGAGAGAAAAUUCCAUAAAUAUAUACGGAGUUUUGGUUCACAUCAAUUUUGGUGUUAAAAUUUUGAAUUUCUGUCGAUCCGUAGGGGAGACAUUCCACUUUUAGGUUUGAGUGGGUGGUAGUAUCAUUUAUGUGGCGGUUCGGUGGGCUGCGUGAAAGUAGCUAGUGGAUUCACACCACCUAAAAAAGUAUGACCGAGAAUAAUAAAAGUGUAGGUAACGUUUUAGAAUCGCUUAUUUCUUAAACAAACUCCGAAAAUGAAUAACAUCCGAGAUAAUGAAUGUCUAGCGUUUAUCACUCUGUAAAAUAAUUUCUAUUCCUAAGAGAGAAAAAAGGGCCAGGACAUAAUCUAUUAAAACCUUUAUGUAUAAUAUAGGAUAAUUUUUAAUUUUCUAUAUAUUCGGCCAAUUGUCACUAGCAAGAAAAUGACAUUUCAUAAUCUUAUUAAUGUGAAAGGUAAAGUGAUGACGAUUUUUCAAAUUCUUUUUUACAUUUCUAUGACCAAUUUGAUCGAAUUUUUCGUGCAAUACCUUCAAAGACAUAGGAUAACCACUCGGCAGGACUUCACCUGUAACAUUUUUUAUUAAACAAUUUUCCAUAGUUUAUCCCUUAGAUCCUUUUUCUGUUGUUUUCCUCAGAAAACACUUUCGAUUAGUAAAAAUGUUCCAAUUUGCUUACAUCGUUCCUAUAUCUUAAAAUAUAUGAAUUUUUCGGUAGGUAGUAUUUUAUUGGAAAGAUAUUUUUCGAAAUUUCCAACAGUUUUUCUAAAAAAUAAAAAAAUAAACAUCGAACGAUCGGUUUUAUUUUUACUGAUUUUUGAUUUACAAGGGCGAAAUUAACACGACCAACCCAGAGUCGUUUUUAUUUUAUUUUAACAAUUGAGUUCAUAAUUUUGUAUGAAUUUAUUAAUAUGUUUUGUUUUUUUCUUUUACUCAGUAUAUUAUAGGUAUAUUUAAUAAACUGCCACUAUCUUCCAUAUUAUGUUUUUUUUUUGUGCGAGCAAGUUUGUUUGUAAUUAUUACAGACAUAAUACUUAUGUAAUUUGUUUAUUAUUAUUAAUUUUUUUUUUUAUUAUUAUUAUUAAAAAUAAGAUUGAUCGGAUCAAAUCGUUGGCUCCGCUUGAUUCAUUGCUAACAUUUAUUAAUCCGUUGGGACGUGCGCGUAUGUAUAGGUAAUAAUUUUGAAACGAACGUUCGGGUAUACACGUGUACGGGUACCCGGUACCUACUUGUAAAACGAUUUUUUAGUAACUAACCGUAUAAUAAUAAUGUAUUACCAUAGUGGUCGGCCGGUAAUGUAUUCUAUUAAGAUACCUUUUAUAGCCAAUAAGGAUUAUACACGCGUUCUUGGUCUUUUGUUCCAAAUAAAAUAUUAUGUUAUUUUCGUGUAUAUUAUUAAAUAAUAUAUAUAUUGACUGAUCGACCAUCUCGGUAUACGCCCACCGCAGUCGAGUAGUCGCGUACAUACAAUAUAUAAAAUAUUGUUCCGGAUUGAUCAGAAAUAAAGAAUAAAGACUCUCUAUAUAUAUAUAUAUAUAUGAUACAAAAAGUAUAGAUAGAUAGAUAGAUAGAAAAAAAAAAUUACACGCCCUACGCGAUGUUAAUUACGGUUUAGAUGUGCUGAUUGAUAGGUCAUCCGUACAUGGGAAUCUCUCGUCAUUAUAUUAUUAUUAUUAUUAUUUUUUUUUUUUUCACCUCCCUCUCUUUUUCUUUUGGUCUCCCCUUCUUGUCCAUCCCCUCCUUUGCCGCUUUGUACGCCUCGAAAAAAAAAACCGAUCACAUUUAUUUGCUUUUCCCAAUUAUUAUAGACAAUGAAUAAUCGCGUCCGAUUUAACUGCCGACCAGAAACGGUUUUUUUGAUUCGGCCGGCCGAAUAAAUGGCAGACAAUCGCUCACAGGGCAAUAGAACAACGCGCCGUUCGACACCUUCACAUACUUCGUCAUCCAUCCGUCCGUUGUACCCGCUCGUAUACCUACCUUCAGCGUUUAGUAAUUGCAUCGAUAAUAAUAAAUAUAAUAGUUAUAAUAGUAAUCACAUCUAAUGUUUUAUAUUUUCGAAAAUCGUGACUGUCGUUUUUCGACUUGGUUUUUUUUGGGGGGUACAUUGAAACAACUGCAGUGGGUAUUUUAAUAAUAUGCAAGUUCAGAAUAAUCGACGUGACACAUUUAUCAACAUUCACCGUUGAUUGGUUUUUUAAAAAAUAUUUUAUUUUAUUUUAUAAUUUCACUAGUUUUUUAUGAUUUAAUAACUUAAUGUUUUAAUAAUUCAACUUACGCAAUAUAAAAAUGUAGUAUUUUUUAUCAAUUGUCUACUAUGCACUUUUAUUUAAGUAUACAUACAUAUGGGUUUUAUGUCAUAGUACAAAUAUUAAUUUAUUAGAUAUUAUUUGCAAAUAGUGAAAUUAUUUUUUGUUUUUUUUUUUGAUAUUAGUGCUAACCAAGCCAUAAUAACCUUUUCUACGCUUCUGCCGGGCCUCUAUAUUUAUCCCAAUCUAUUGAAUUUCCUUCUUUCACAGACAUUUAGCUGAUUAGAUAUCAAACCUAUAGACCAAUAGACUAAUAUCGAAAAUAAAAAUAUUUAUGCUAUUUAAAAUGUGGCCAAUCCGACUUAAAGCUUGAAAGUCUUAAAAUAAUUCAAAACACUACAUUCGGCUUAACACAAGGUCCAAAAUUUAUCCCAUACGUUUUUGAAAAGGAAUUUUUUUUUAUUUAUAUAAAAAAAAAAAAAAAAAAAAAUAAACUCUUCUGAAAACUUGCCCGUAUACAUUAAGUUAAAUAUUUUUUCAAACUUCUCAAUCAUGAAUAAUUAUUAUGUAUAAAUAAUAAUAAUAGUAUAGACCUGCAGGUGAUCCAUUAAAAUAAUGACUAUAGAUAUAGUGUUAAAAUAAAACUGUGUAACGAUAUAUUCGAUGAAGGAUCCACACGUUCAGAAUAUACAAAUGCAAUAUUUAUACGAAUCUUAUAACUCGAAUAGAUAUUCGACUGUUUUACAGUCACGUAUCAAUUUGGCGUGUAAUUGAUCAACACACAUACUAGCCCCCGGCCAAUAUAAUAUGUUCGUGUACUUAUAGCCCAUAGGUCGUUACCUCGAAUCGAAAAUUCCUUCUUGGUUUAUUCCGGUAGCCGCAGCUGAGUUCACACGUUAAAUCUUUGCAACUACAUAGUACAUAUAGUAUCGUCAAUUAUUUAAUUGCGUGUACCAAACCUCUAUUACGUCAUACUAUCAUUGUACGAAAACGUAUAUUGGGUUUGUUUUUGUGUUCGAAUAUAAAUUUGAAAAAUGUCGUACACUAACAUUAUCGUGAAUAUUUGACGCGAUGAUGUUUUAUCGUUUUUAAACAUUGGCGUAAGGAAUUAUUAUUUUCGUUAUACGUGACGAUAUAGAUAAUACUUAUCCGUAAAAUAUGUAAAAUAGACAUUUGAUCGGGAGGGAAGGGGGGUUCGAAACCAAUAUUAUUCAAACAAAUAAAGGGGCGUAAAGAAUUAUCACUAUUACAAUAUUAAACAAACAUUAGUCAAUAUUUAUAGGAAUAGUUUUACUGUGUACAAUAUAUAAUAUAAUAAUAAUACGUAUAUAAUAUAUUAUAAUAAUGCGUAUAGUAUAUUUUAAUGCUGUCAUUAUAGGAGGUCGGUCCUUGUUUUCGAAUAAUCGUUAUCAGUUAAUAUAUCUCAAACAGUGAAUGCGAUAUUGUAAAUGCUGCAGCUGUUUAAACGUCAUUAGAUGUAUGAGUUAUCUGUUAUUAAAAUAUGUGUUCAUCGAAUUACAGCUUUGCAGGAGUUCGCGAUUAGAAUCGUCGACCACACGAAAAAAAGAAAAAUAUAAAUUAAAAAAAAAAAAAAAAUGCAAACACAAACAAUAAAUUCGUUCUUUAAAAAUAUUUAUUGAUUAUAGAAUUUAUAACGAGUAGGUGUGUAGGUACACACCAGGUGGGUAUUUAGCUACCUAACAACUAUUUUUUUCCAAAACAAUUUUCGGAACGUAAACACGAUAAUGUUACGAGGAGUUGGGCAAAUAUUCGAAUACUGCCCACAUUUUAAAACGAGAAAAACCCUUAAUUUUCCUAACGGGUGGAGAUGAAAGCGAGUCGAAUUGCAUGUUUCUAUAUAGAGUGCAGUUCAAUAAUAAUAUAGACGUUUUCGCCGAUAUGAUCCGGCUUUAGAAGAGGAUUAAGUACUACACAUUCGCGUGUCAUUUCCAAUUAUCGGCCGAUUGUCAAAUACGUGUCGUCGCUUCGCAUUUCUGACGAUAGACGAUAUACGUGGAGAACGGUCUAUAAAUUUGUAGGGUGACUAAUAGAUAUAAUAGGGGAGAGAAUAUUGUUUCAUUAAUUGUUUCACGACUUAAUCAACUUAAUCGCGUGUUUGAUUCCCAUAAUAAUACAGACGAGUAUAAUAUAAUAAUAGAAGUAGUAUACGAGCUUCGUUUGCAGGACUAUUUCAGAAAAGCGAGGGUAGGUAAUUGUUUUCCAUAACUCAAACGAGCAAUCCCUUUCAAAUAAUAAUAAUUGCAUUUCCAAAUGGUUAAUUUUUUCGAUUUUAUGAUGACGUUAUUAUUUUCAACGACUCGAAAAACCGACAUUUAUUACAUUGUAAUAAAUAAUAAUUUUGGUUUUAAAAUAUCAUGUAAAAUACUGAACCAUAAAUAACUAUCCCUAAAGUUGAUGAUUGGUUCAUACAUAAUACCUAUAGUAUAACCAAUACGUUUCUCGUUACGCUUAAAAUAUUUAGAAAAAAUAAUAUAUAAAUCAUAGAAAAACGCUCAGAAUCUAAUAGAUGUAUAUUAUCAAUAUUUUAAUCUAUAUUAUAUAAGAAAUGACAUAGACAUCAUUUUCAGUAUUUGGGUAUAUAAAUACUUUUUUUUUUUAAAUAACUAGUAAUUUUACCCCGAGUAAUUUUCGCAAGACACUUAGGUAUUCGUAUACUAGGUCGAUAUACAAACAAAGUUUGUUAUUGUAUUCUUCUAAAAUGAUAACUAAUAAUUUAUUAUAUUGUACAUUAGUGAUUUUGUUAUCAUUAAUUUCGAUUACACAGUGAUAUUAUAUACAGAGACAUUAUAAAAUAGUAGGUUUCUAAUAUGUACGACUACAAUGUCCACAAUAAUUCUGUUGACGUUUGACAUGAAAUUUGUCAUACUGGGAAAACAAUUUUGGUAACCCAAACGAAAAACGUUCGAUAGGCGUGUGACGGUUGCGGCUCACUUUUCGUUGGCCCUACUAUUAUUAUAGAUACAAAUAUGGGUACAAUACAAAAUUAGGUGUUUUACUUUAAUAUUAUAAUACUACUUAUAUAUUAUACGAGUAUAUAUUUUUAUCAUAUUACACACAAUUAUUAAUACUUAAAACGUUUCGUAGUAUUCUAUUAAACGUCAAGAAUCACAAAAAAAAGAAUAUAUAGGCGGUAAAAAUAAUUGAGUUGAGUCAGUUGCUUUGUUUCUACAUAGAGUUCGAAGUACUUUCUUUUGUAGGUAUAUAUUAUUACAAUAUCUUUCACAAGUCGUUUUUGUUUAGCUAUAAAAGAUUAUAUUUCCAUUCAAAAAAAAACUGUCCGAAAUUAAUCUUGUGUAUAUAUACUUCGUAUAUAUGACGUUAAUACACGUGUUUACGUGUUUUUAAUUAUGUUCUCCUAUUAAUUUAGAGUUCUAUUCAUCGUGUGGUUCAUAAUUUAUGCGAUUGUAUUCUAAAUCCGAUUCUAAAAGAACUACCUACCUACUUAGUUUCUCUUUAUAAUACUCGCCCCAACAGCACAUUCAAAGUGAAUUUUAGUAUUCAAAAAUUGUCGACGGUAUACUCAGGAAAUCCUAAAAUACUAUUCUGUAAUACUUAAAUAUAACAAUCAAUUACUUGUUUUUUUCUUUCUCCGUGUACCCGCUAAUACACUUAUUACUGGUAUUAGAUAUUUUGUUCCAUUUUUUUUUUAGGUUAGACAAUUUAUUUACUUAUUUUACAUUACCUAAUCGAUAUAUUAUAUAAAAAAAUAAUUUGAUAUACUAUUAGGUAAUCUUGCUUCAAUACCAAAUUAUGAUUAAUAUUAUAAAUCUAAAAUCGGUACUCCAAUUUGCUGCUGCAGAAUGUGUGGUUGCAUGUACGAGUAGAGUGUAUUUCUCGUGAUAUCAAGAUUUUAGGCAGACCUUACAAAACGCUUCUUUGACACGUACAAUUUGUAUUUAUUUAUUAGGUACGUAAAAAUAUAUUAUAGUAUAUAGCCUAAAUGUGUUUACCAAAUAAAAUAUCAAACUGGACCGCGUGCUUUAUAUAUAUGUUAUUCGAACACGUGCUACAUUCGAGAAUAUUAUUAUAAGUCAUGUUACGCUAUAAAUUCGUUUAGACAUAUUUUUUUUUUCUAAUGAGUCAAUCACGACUGGCGAGAAAAAAAGCGUUUGCUUGCUGGAAAUUCAGUGGGUUCAAGAAGCUCGUGCAUAUAGCGCGUAUUCAUUUCAUUAUAUUUGCUCACAGCUUGUCGUGUUUGAUUUCCUUUCAGACUUCUGAUGAUCCUAAUAUUAUGUCCUCGAUAUAGUGACGUUGAAUCCACGGUGGGGCUUAGGAGGGGAAGGUACGCAUAUCAUACACCUAGACACAGAAUAUAAUUUAUAAUAAUAUCUAAACAGUUUUUUUUUUUUCAUAAAAGCCACAUACAAUCAAUCAACGUGAAACUCUUCUCUAUAGGUGUGCAACUCGACCGUCGCCUUAUAUGACAGCUCCAUUCCUUUCCUGCGUGUAAAUAACGUGUUUGUUCUCGCCACCGGAUCGCUAAUUAACUGUUUGGUAUCUAUAUAUGUUUGUAUAUUGCUAUAAAACCGAACAACUGAUAAAGUGAUAACUAUAAUGUGCGAUGGAACCGAAACCGGAUUACAAUCUAUUUUAUAUCAAAUAAUAGAAAUUAAAAAUGUGUACUAUUAUAUUUUCAAAAUCAACUCGGACUUUUUACAAGUUAAUUAUAGUUCAUAGAUUAGCCUAACUCUUAUUUUGUUUGUUUGUUUGUUUUUUGUUUUUUUUUUUACUCCUUAAUGACCAGUCUUGAAUGACACUUUUAAAUAUAGAUAUUAUUAUUCACUGCUGCCUAAAGAAUGUUUUAAAGGAAAAAUUUAUAUACCUGUAGAAUUUUUUAAUUUUAGAUUUUUACUUGAGUCUGCAGUUAAUCUAUAUGAAUAUAUUUAUAUUUUUUUUCUAGGUGUUCAUUCGAUUUUUGACAACUAAUCGAUUUGUUUGAUCAUUUCUUACAUCCCUCUAAACUCAGUCUGGGAUUUGAAAAUAGCUAUUACACCGAACUAUCGAAGAACAAAAUGUUAGCUUUUGUAGUUGUUAUUUUUUAUUGGUAUUAUGAUAGAAUCCAGCCAUCUCUUUCUUAAUAUCAACUAAAAAAUGGUGUAAGUGGUAUUAUUUGGUUUUGUCUAUUAUAAUGACAAUAAUUGACUUUUAUCAAUAAAUUCUUAAAAUAUUUUUCUUACUUAUACUACAAUGUUAAGUAUUAUAUGCCACCUAUAUAAUAGUAAUGCAUAGUGAAUAUACAAAGUAUAUUUAUUUCAUCGACUACAUAUUAAAUACUAUUGAUACGAGCUAGGCUAUAUUUAGACUUUUCGGAUUUGUUUGUAAUAAAACUUGUAUUUACAAGAACGCACUUUGUUGACGCGGUAGAAAAAAUUUCGACUGUAGUAAAACCGAAAUUGGAGAAAACGGACAAUUCAUGCGUAUAAACAUUAUAUUCAUAUAUUAUUAGAUAGGUGUAUAGAAUAAGUGACAAUGGACGAGAUAUGAUAAUAGUAGUGAUGCGAUUCACGCUAAUGAGACGUUUUUCGACGGUAUCCCUCCUGCAACGUGUAGGUAUUGUUGUCAUUUUUAUACACCAAUAAUUUGUUUUAUUAUUAUUAUUUUUAUUAUUUAAACGCGUUCAAUGAUUAUCGGGAUAAGGCUCAGCGAGGGGCCAAAAACACGUCCUACCCUGUCAUCACACUAAUCUACACCUAUUCGACGAGAGUCCUUUUAUUCGUGUUCACGAGACCAUCAUCUUUAAAACCCUGUUCGCCCGGUGUUUGUGCAACUCAAUGAGCACCAGAAAAAAAAUACACAGAUGUGUGUGCGGUUAACCAAAUGUUGACACCUAUGUGUUGAAAAUACUUUUUUUUCUUCGUCAUUACACGGCGAUGGUCUAUCGUCGAGGGAUUCGAGCUCUCGACCUCAACGACAAUAAUAAUGAUAAGGAUACAAUAAUUAUUAUUUUAAUAAUAUUGUGUUAUCUUUCGAAUCUUUACGAUCCGCGUGUAUUAACAUGAUAUCGCCGUUUCGUCAAUUUGUAUAGCAUUUAACGCAAUAAUGGUACCCUACCUACCUAUUAAUUGUCGCGACUUGUUAAUCGUUCCUAACUUAUAAACAAUUAUUAAAUAUUUUAACACUAAUAUAUAAUAGGUAGGUACAUUAUAUUAUAUUAUUUUAGUCUCGACAUUUUAUUAUUUUAGGUUAUUUAUACAGGUGAAAAUAUGUACUCAUCAUAUAGUGUUUUAUAACGAUUCUAUAUAAAUUAUAUUUAUUUUACACACUUUCUUUAUCUAUAUAUUAUAGGUGCUUGCCGAUAAACAAAUAAAACAAACAUAUAUUAUAAUAUUAUAAUAAUUAUUGCCCAUAACAUGAAAUUAUUUAUGUCUAUAGUAAUGCGUUUUUUUUCAUAAUUUGAUUUAAUUUUGUUUUUAUAUUAUAAUGGUUAGAUUUCUAGAUUCUGAGUGAAGAGACAAAUGUAUUAGUUUUUUCUGAGAUAUUUGUGAGUAUGUGAAUGUAUGUACACCUGUAAACUGAUUUCUACCAGGAAUCUUGCUUUUAUCAAAAACUUUAUAGGAACUUUUUUGUAACAUUUUUGAUCUUGUCUGUGCGUUAAGAAAGUCAUUUUUUUGAUUUGCCCAGUUGAUUUCUGGUUAAUUAGGUUCUUUGGAAACAAGGGGAAGGGUAAAAAUACGACUAAUAAUAUUCUGCUCAAUAUCGUUUUUAAUUAGCAAUGGUUUAUCGUUGCGUACAGAUAUAACAAUUGGGACACCUAUCAACAAUAUCAGCCUUUCAGUUUUAUCUGUGUUAUUUAUAUUUUAUUAAACGAAAAUAUUUCGAAGUUAUAUAAAUAUAAUAUCAUCUAUAUAAUCACAUCUGCAGUUGAUCUUAAACUAUAAUGACGUGUAAACAGUUUACUGUAACACUUUAAUUUAUUUUUUUAUUUUUAUAACUUAUUCCGCAUAAUUGUUUAUCAUAUAUCACGGAAACCAUUUCGAUUUUUAAACAAUAUUUCGAUUGGUCUAUUUUAUUGGGGAGGUCGUCUUUUGAUUUCUGUUAAUUUUGAUUUUUUUUUUUUUUAUUUGUAGUUCGUUGAAAAAUAAUAAAUUGUUGAAACGUGAACAUUUAAAAGAAUACUUUUAUUUUCAGCACUUAUAGACAAGGUAACAUUUUAAAAAUAUUUUGGCAUUGUUUGAAUUCUCGAUACGACACUUAUUAUCGAAAGACGUAUUAACUUUUUUUGGAUUUUUUCACACAAUUUACGAAACAAAUAGUUCUAAAAUAUUACAUUGCCGUUAUUUUAUUCACUUUUCAAACAAUAAACUAAAUUGACAUUCGAUAGAUAUAAGAAGGUUUAGUUUGAAUAUAUUUUGAUGUUAAAAUAUUCAAUUUCUGUUUAUUCGUUAACGAAAAAUUUCACUUUGAAGUUUAGGUAGGGGGAUGGUAGAGGAACGAUAUUUAUACUCUGGCCGCUAAGCUACCACACAAAUGAUGAUCCACAUUCCCCCCCCCCCUAUUUAAAUUUGUAAAGUAUUCGAAUACAAAUUCUGAAUGUUUUUAUUAAAUAUUUUAUCAAAAUCUGUAUAGAAUAAUAGUCGAUAAUCUUGUAUAUCUUGUGGUCCAGGGUAGUCGAUUCGUUGCUGUUUUAUUCGUCCCGACACUAGAUAAAUUCUAAUCCUUAUAGUUGGAAAUUAGUUUUUGUUUUGGGGAGAGGGGUUAUGUUUUUUUAUUACCCAGGGAGAAGCGGUAUUCACCGAUCAUUUUGUUCGCAUCACAUAUAAAAUAAUACAUAAUAUUAAUACUAUAUUUGUAUCGUGUUUAAUGAAUUUCGAGUCUCGAGAUGAUGUCUGUAUAUAAGAGUAUAAUUCUCAUAUUUUUCAUAUAGAGCUUGCGAGGACCACGACGUUCACGUGGCAUUUUAUUACAAUAUUAUAAUAUUAUAUACACCUGUAAUAAUUUUAUAUAUUAAUUUAUAUCAUCGGCGCGUGUAUUAGAUCGGCGCGUCAAACAAUAUCCGUAGGCUAUAUUAUUUAUGUAUACGGUUUUUCGAUCUCGUGCCGGUAAAAAAUGAUAAACGAUCGCACGAGAUUAUAAAAUUAUUAUAUUAUUAUAUUAUAUCCGAACACCCGACUUGUAAUAUUUUUAUACUCAUAUCGAAUUACGUUCGGAGACUUGCUGUGGUUGUUCGUGACUGCGUCGUCGUCGUCGGCUUCGUCGCCGCCGCGGUGUGUACCUUUAUAUUAUAUUAAUACGGUGCGUGGGUCGAGAAUCGCGUCUCUGUAAUAUUAUAAUGUACAGAAAUCAAACACAUAAUAAUAUUAUCGCGCGUUCGGGCUAAUAGGUUUCGAUAGGUUACUAUGAUAAUAGUAAUAAUAAUAAUAAUAAUAAUAAAAAACUAAAUUAAAUAAAUAAAAAAAAUAAAUAAUGUAUACAUAACGAUAUUAUAUAGAGAUAUGUAUAUAUAUACAAAAACAAUGAUGCUCAAAUGGUCGCGUUCCUCUUCUCUCCCCUUCCCCUCCUCUCGUAAAUAUUACUCCGCACUCCUCCUAUAAAUAAUAGAGUAUUGCCGCCGUCUAUGUACUUGUCUAUAUAGGUAUCCGAAAUCCGAAUGUCCCGGCAGCGUAUUAACGUACUCUAUAUUCGAAACGAGUCGUGUACGAUAAUGCCAAUCUUCUAAUCGGCUCUUUAACUAUCGUCAAUCACACAUUUAUAAUACCGAUAACAUACGACGUACUCGGUUGUAUAGACGUGUUUUUCACCGUAGAUCCAAACCUGAUACUGCUCCGAGAAAGAUACAUAGUAUAAACCGUAAGACUUGGUCUUUGACAAUUCACGACAGGUUUAGAUUAAGCGGGGUAAAAACAACAUCCGUUAGCUGCGUAACUAGAGUCAACCUUUAUACCCCAGUUGACUUGUCUGUCGCCGUUGUAUUAUUCUAUUUUUUAAAACAUAUUUUUAUAAUAUUGAUCUAAAGUAGUUUUAGUCACCCGAGUUUUAUUACACUUUAGUCUGUAAAGGUAUUUAAAACCCAGUAUUUCCACAACGAAAACACGAUAUAUUUCAGCAUAAAAAUGGAUGGGUUAAAAGGCGAAUUUUCAAAAGACAUAUAGUUGACACUUACACUAUGCAUAUAUAACUUUGUAUCCUCAUGGCUAUACUUGGGAGUCUGUAGGAGUAGGGGUGUACAAGGCUAAAAAAAAAAACACCCUACACCUAAAAUAAUAUAUAGUUAAAUAUUCAUAUUGAUAUCCAAUCCAACUUUUAUUACUUUAUUCCGUCUAAAAAACGACUUUGAUUCUCAAGUUUGAGCUCAUUUGGUUCAGAGAGAGUUACCAGAAAUGUUCACAACUAGCGGGAAAAAAAUAUAUACGUAAUAUAAUAAUAGAAACGAUAUAGUUGCAAUAGCUUCUAUUUCGACAAAUUCAAAAUUCGAUAAAAACCCUGACUUUAAGUCGAAUUUAGUCUAUGAUCGUAGGAUUUGAACUUAAAAACCGAUAAAUACGCUAUCAAAUCAGAUUUUGAGUUAUAUAGCACCUAAAAACUUAACACGAAUAACGCCACGUCUGGAUGAUCAGAGUAUUCCAUAUUCGUCUUUGGCUUAUUUCAUGUAGGGAAUGUUAAUACGCGCCCAGCCAAGAUUUAAGGUCGUCUAGAUCACAGUGGGAUCACGGUACAUAUAAUAAUAAUAAUAAUAAUGCUCUGCCACAUUAAACAAUAAUCACAGUAUACGCGUAUAAAUACAAAUAAUAACAAUAGCAUUAUAUUAUUAUGAUAGCGAGGCGAAUAGCCGCGGAUACGAUAAACGGCCGGUAAUUAAUAUUAUUAUUACCAAAGGUAACCGUAGAGGUAACUACCGCGCCGCCGCCACCGCCGUCGUCAUCGUCGUGAAAAGCCAAUUAAUUAAAUAGAUCCGAGACCCCUUGAACCACCGCGGGACCAGCGCCACCACCACCGCCGUUCGAACCGCGGCACGUUCACGUGGGUAUGUAGAGGUAAAAAAAAAAAACUCGACGUCUAAGGAUUUUUAUUUUUUAUUAAUUUAACAAUGACACGGAAACCAUUAAUAUUUCGUUCGGUGUGCUCUACGCGGUAAAAAAAAAAAAAAACGCACAAAAUAUAAUAUUAUAUUAUAGUAGUGCGUUUAGCGUUAGGUACCUAUAUUUCGAUACGAACCAAAAAAAAAUUCCAUCGUAUACCUAAUAAUAAUAAUAAUAAUAUUAUUAUUAUUAUUAGGUGUAUAUAUAUAUAUUUUUUUUUUUAUCUGAAGAAGAAUAUUAUAGAAACUAUGUAUACAGUCGUCGUCGUCAUCGCGUGGUAUUUACACGCGGAUGAAUACCUUAACGCGUUUUAAUAAUAAUUGCCGUGGGAACACCUAGUAAUUUUGUCUAUGCGCCGAGCAUAAAACGCCGUUUUGUGUUAUUAUUAUCAUAUGGGUACGCAUUAUAAGGUGACAGGAAAACAAUAUAAUAAACUCGCUAGUUUUUGGAAUUUGUUAUAUUUUUUAGAUUCUGAGCGAAGCGAGAAAUGUGUAAUUGGUUUUACUACAAUAUUUUUUUGUGUUUCUGAAAACAACCAAUCAAAAUUGUACAGGAACUUUUAUGUAGACGUUUUGAUCUAGUUGAUACAUUGCAAGUGAUGUCGUGUUUGAUUUUCCUGGAAGUAAACCGGAAGUACUAGCAAUUGUAUUUGUACAAUUUAUUUUAUCGAAUUUUGAGUUAUUUGGAAACCCGUGAGAAAAAAUCCGACCACUAAUACUCUGCUCGUUUUUCGUUAACAAUGGUUUGUCAUUGCAUACGCAAUUGAAUGACUCAAUAUAUCUUCCAUUUCAAUUUCUUUACUAAAACAGUGGCAUCCCCUUCAGCUGUAUCAGCCUUUUGUUUUUAAAAAUAAUAUUUUUUCUUCUUCAAAAGGAACCUUGACGAGAAAAAGUACUCUCUAUACGAGUUUUAGCGGCCACUAAUACAAUAAUAUCACGCCACAAAUUGUAUACACUCGGCAUUCUCGGUGGAAGAGGACUCGCUUCAUUAUUCAUUGACCUUUUCCUCGGCUUGUAGCGCGGCAUUUUGUCUCGGGAUAUCCGAUAUCCGAUAAAAUGCUGUAGUUUUUAUUUUUUUUAUUAUUCAUUUUAUUUUCAAUAAUGUAUUAAUUUUUUUUACAGUAUAUUAAGUAAUACGCAAUAUUUUUUAUAUAGUUUACGAAAUCAUUAAAUGAAUUAUAAUACUAUUAUAAUAAACUCGAUAAACUGCUAUAACGUACUAUUCGUUAACAUUAACGUUAAUACGUUAACAUCGUAACAUUUUCUUAACGUAAAUUUACGUUCUUAUUAUUGCUUUUGUAUUUGUUUUCAGUUGUACACGGCGGGCAACGAAACCGACAGGCGUAGUUUUUUGGAUUCGCUGUUUAGUUACAUGCAAGAACAAGGUAAGUGAAACAAAAUACAUAUUAAAUCGCUAUUAAGUUUUUUUUAUUAAUAUUAUAAUUAUUUUAUUUUUGAAUUGGCAUGGGAAUAAUAUGAAUUUACUAUCAUAAGCGUUAAUAGCCCAAAUUUUUUUUUGUUUUUCGGGGGGAGGGAACUUAAGUUCCCAUAAUUUUGAUUACUAUUAUGCAUACUUAGUAUUUACUUGAUAACGACUUGAUUUUAGAGGGCUUGACAUGUGUACAAGAAUAGCGAUAACUUAAACGAAAUUGUUUAUUUCUGGCGGUCACCUAAUUAUUGGUUACAAAAAGGGGGAAAAAAUACGACUAAAUUCAAAUAAUCCGUAUGCCGAUUUACCAGUUAGCCCCAUUAAAAAUCGUUUUUGAUUGCAAUGAUUUAUCGUCAGCUUUAGUAUAUUAACUAUAAGUUAUCUACCUCUUACAUCUUUUAUCUUUCAGACUUUUCACACUGUAAAAGUAACCUACCCAUGAUGUAAAGUAUUUACGGUUUAUUUUCACUUUUCCAGUAUAGGUAACAGCUAAAGUAGGCAUUAUCAGUUAAUUUUCUUCAUAAGAUAAAUAAAUUUACACUAUGAGCUCGUAAUAAAUUGUAAGGAUUUUUAAAAUGUAAUGAUUUUUUACUGAUUAUGUGUUCUCAUAAAGUAUAGGUACACGCAGAAAAUACAAAUAUAGACAAGGAUACAAAUUCUAAGUGUGCAUAGAAAAAUAUGAACAUAAUAUUAUUAUUGUUAUAAUUGUUUUUUUUAUAACCCCACGAUUCUUUGUUAAUAGUUAUGCUUAUGAUGUUUCAAAGCAAAUUUUCAUAAGUCCCGAUGCCGAAAUCGUAAACGUGACAUUUAAAUCAGAUAUAAAAAAUAAAAAAAAUUCGACUAAAACGUAUAUUAUAGAUUUACGGCCUGCACUCGGCGGUUAUAAUAAAAAUAAUAUGCAUCGCCUCCUGCACGUCUGUUCCCAAUAAAACACGUCACAUAUUAUAAUAUAUUUUUCCGUUUUUGUUUUAUUUGGCUAUAAAAAGUAUCGGGUUUUUUUUUUGUAAAAAUAUUUUUUUAUUGUUAUUUCAUUUAAUAAUAAUGGACUCUGAGCCGCCCUAUAUGUGGUUUGUGUGCGCGUAACUAACCGAGUUAUAAUAUGCAAAAAAUAAAAUAUACUUAUAUUAAACGUUGCAACAUAAUAAUAUACCAUGAUUUCUAACAAGAAUAAUAGGUAAUAAUAAUUUAAACAGUAAUCAAUAGCUGCUGCAGUGUAUGAGUAUAUUAUGCUAUAUGUAUUUUAAGUGAAGCGAGAAGUAGGUUAUAUUGGGUAUAAGUACCUAUAUUGGUUUUAUUAUAAUGAUGCGUGUGUGUGUAUUUUUUGUGUCUAUAAACAACCCGCAGAAUUUUCGUCCGAUCAAAAAUUUUAUAGGAACUUUCCUUUCUUGUUGCAUUUUUGAUUUUGUAAGUGUAUAAUAUUGUCAAUAUUUUUUAUUAUCCUUGUAGCAUUCUUAAUAAAUGGGAAAAAAAUGUUGAUUUUUUUCUGGUUAUAUUGGAAAUAAUAAAUACUCUGUUCAGAAUUGUUUUUCGCUAGCAACGGUUUAUUGUUGCGUGCAAAUAUAAACUAUAGAUAUUCAAAAAUUCACGCUCUAGGUUCUUUUUUUUUCGGUUUUGAUUUUUGUUGAUUUCUACAGAGUUACCUUGACAACGAGGGGAAAAUAACACGACUAACAAUACUAUUCCAUUCAGAACCGUUUUGAUUCAAUGAUUUAUUAAAUUACACUACAGUUUUAUAUGUAUCCUUCCCUCCCAACUAACCACCUACAACAGUGGUUUGUCCGCGAACAGUGUCGACUUUUUAUUGAAAAUAAUAUUGGGUUUUUUUUCUUCGUAUUGCGUAUAAAACGCGAUAAUAUUUUGUUGAAGGUUGACGUUGUUAUACAAGUGUAUACCUUAUUAUAAUAUAUAUUGAACACGUCGUCGUCGUCGUGUACAUUUUUUAAACGGCCUAAAACUACCCAUAGCGCAAACACAUUAUUACAAAUAAAAAAAUAAAACAUAAAAAAGUAGGUGGAGUAUCGCGCGACGUGUCCGUAACGAUAAUUAUAAAAAAAAAAAAAAAAAUCAUAAUUACCGAAUAUAUUAAACGCGCGCGCGCACUCGUUAAUUUAUUAUUCCGAUCACCGCACGGGUGGUGGUGCGCAGUGCAAGAGCGCAGGGGAAACAAAACUCGAAUUCCCUAAUAAUAUAUAUAUACAUAAUAUAAACGACAAAUGCCAUCUAAUGAUGUUUUACAAAUUUGGUAAACUAUACAUAUGUAAAUAUUAAUUUUCGGUUCAUUACAAUAUUAAUAGUAGUAAUAUUAUGUAUAGUGUUGGUUUUAUGAUCGGGGGGAAAGCGAUAUUCCGAAGAAAAAAAUUAUAAUACGUACAAUGAUUUUCAUUUAAAAAAAAAAAAAUUAAAAAAAUAAAAAUAUGUGUGCCUGUACACAAUGCGUCGCGGCAACAAUCCUGCGUACAAGUAUAUUAUAGGUGUGUAUGAUAAUAAUAAUAAUAAACGGCAAUUGUAUAAAUGGGUAAUUAGCACAAAUACAAUAAAUUAAUUUACACACUAUUCACCUGUUGCGCGUUAUUUUCUAAACAAAAUGUACCUAUACUGUAUGUAAUACUAUAAUAAUAAUAUGUAUUUCUCGAAUAUAUAGUUGUAUAUACAAUACGCACACACACAUGCAUACAAUAAUAAUUUGUGAACGCAAAAUGUUAAUUUUUUAUUUCGAAAUUAUAUCAUUUUUUUUUUUUUUUUCGUUACCUACGCAACAUUUAAAAUGCUAUAAUAAUUAUUAUUACGCUCUUUAUUAUACGUACACGUAGUAGGCGUGUAUAGUGAAAAAAAUGUUUAUAUUUUUCUGAUCGCGAGAAUCCACGCGUCAACAUCAAUAUUCUGCCGAAACACAGUGACAUUGAGCAACAAAAUGUGAAAAAUGUUUUUUUUUUAUUUCGAAAUAUUUGUUGUUUUUUUCCUUUUCUAUAUUUUGGAUUCUUAGCAGAGAUACCAUAAAUACCAUAAACAUAUUUGAUAAUGAACUCGGUCAAAUGUAAAUGAGAAAGGCACUAGGAAAAAAGCCAAAAAAUCGUUUUUUUUUUGAAUCUGAGAAAAAACAUGUUUUUAGUUUUAAAACGAAACUAUUUUUUUUUUACAAUAGUUUAGAUUAAGUUCAAUGUUAAAUGUUAAACUUUGAAAUGUGACAUUAAGAAUUAAAUUACAUUUGAAACGUUGGGAACAAUCACAUUAAAAUAUAACAGAUUUUUUCUACAUUAUAUUCUAAAGUGUCUUUUCUGGUUUUUCAGUGUACGUAUUUUCAAAAUAAUAUACGAAAAAUAGUUGCUAAACAAAAAAUUCGUAUCUAACCAUAAUACGAUAAUUUGUGUUUGUACUGGCUUACAUACAAUAUAUAUGCAUAUAUAUAUUUUUAAACAGCCUGAAAGCUUUUAUUACAACGAUCAAAGAUAUUUAGUAUUACAUUACAAAGGUAUACAAGAAUACUAAUGUAUUAAUGCAUCAAAAAAAAAAAUAUAUAUAUAUAUUUGGUGGAGUCCUACUCCCAAUGGAGUAUCCCCCGCCUUAGUUUAAGAAUCUUAUACUUAAUCGAAUGGCCUUCAGCGUUUGAAACGCCUAGUGCUUUGAGAAUUGUCAAGUAUUUAAAUUGCUACUGGAUUGGUUUGUUGAAUGCUUUAGGUAUCUCAUAUUUCACAUCAUGGUGGAUAAAUUUAUUGAUUAUUGAAAAAAUAAUAAUAAGAAAACAGGGCGAUUUCAGAAGAAGUAGUUUUUCUCAAAACCAUUUUUUAUGUCACUUAGGUACUUUGACUUUUGACUUAGGAACAUAGUAUUAUAUUUUGAGGGGUAAAUUUGUUUUUAGUCAAGUAUUUUUUAUGAAAAACAAAAAUAUACAUAAUUUUUCGGUACUUUUUUUUUCAAAAACAACCUUCUUCUUCUUCAUGGCAUCACAAUUCUCCGAUAGUUCUUUUUAAUACGGACGUCGCAGCCUUUUCUUCAUUCUUGCAAAUUUACAACACCUAAUUUCUCUAAUUCUCAUUUCCACCCCUUGGCUUUUUUAGAUAUUUUCUAUAAGUUUCUUUCCUGGUGAUAGUCUCCGCUCGACUUCCAAACAUGGAUUUUUAUGUAUCCUAUAAAUAAUAUUUAAGCAAAACCUUGUUUAGUUAAAUUGACUACAUAAUAUUAUAGACUAUUAUAUUCGUAGAAUAUCAUAGAAUCAUAUAAUAUACAAAACUAAGAGCAUUUCUGAUUUCUGAACUACUAUUUCAUCUUAAUCAAUACGUUCAACAUGUUUGAUCAUUCACCCGCUCACCCAUUUUGAACAUAAGGCAAUGGUCUUAAAAAUAACCUGCUUCAGCACACCACUGCUAGACGGAAUUCGGGUGAAGACAACCAAAAUAUUAUAAACUAAUAAGUUUUAUCUUGAUAAUCGCUUUAUAUUUCAAUGCAUUUCCCCAGGGUUGAAUUUAUUGGGUAGUUACCAACUGCAUGUAUAUAGUGGAUACACAAUAAUAUAAUAUCGCCGUAGUGUUUUAUAACUCGUAGUGUGCAGCAAUGGUAAUAUGCAUCGUAUUAUAUUAGUGUUCAAUAAUAAUAUAAUAAUACCUAUGUUAAAAUUCAAAAGUAAUGAUAAAAAAAUAAAAUAUUAACACGUUGUAAUUUUUAGUUCCGAGAAAAAAGGAAUAUAAUAUAAUAUUUUAUGUUUGGUUUGAAAACGUGAAGUGGUAGUUGAAUAUAUUAUUAUUAUUAUUAUACGUAUACAAUAUAUAUAUACAGUUAAACAAUGACUAAUAUUUAUCAGAUUUUUUUAUGAACUAGUGUAAAAGUUUAUGGCUUUCAGACCGCAACAAUGUAGGUAGGUACCUGCAUGUACUGCACACGCGGCACACUGCGGCCAAUAUUAUUCUAGUAUUAUAUUAUUACUAUUAUUAUUAUUAUUAUUAUUUUUUUUUUUUUUAAUACUUGUACAUAAUAUCGCCAUUAAAUAUAAUAUCUAAUAAAAAAUAUUCAGUUGCAAUCGUUGCAAUGUUUAAUAAUAAUAACUGCGCGCGGGCAGUCGCGUACGGUGGUCGGCGCAGAAAUUUAUCGAGAAAUAAUGCAUUCCGGACGACAUGUAAACGCUGAUAACAUAAUAUAAUAUAAUAAUAUAAUAUUAUUUACCGAGCGUAUAUAAUAAGCUACGCAUACUUAAUAUCAUGUACGCGGGUAUUUUUUACUGUUUUUUGAUAACAAAAAAAAAAAAAAAAACAUUAUUUUGCGGUCGUUAAUUUGUAUAGGUGAUUUCCGUUAAUGAACAACAUUAUUCCGCGCGUACCUGUCGCGCGUAAAAACAAAUAUAAACAAAUAUUUUGAAUACGCACUGUUUCGAUCUGGUAUUUACUAUAAACGUUUUAUUAAUACAAAUAAUAUACGUAUUAUAUUAAAUUGAGCCGUAGAUUCUAAUGAUCUUUAGUUGAAUUUCAGUAAAUAAUAUCAUUAUCAUUUUACAUAGAUGUCCCACGUCUUGAAAAUCACCGGAUUUCAUAUGUCUUCAUGAAAAUUUCAAAUAUUUAAUAUUAAAAUAUUAUUAGUCUUCUCCUUCCUCCUCUAUUCUUCUUUUUAUUGAAGGCGUUUCCAGACGCUGCAAAUCUGGAUCUCCGUUCGUCUCUAUCCAUGUAGCCAAUCUCUUUACACCGGCAUACCGGAUGUAAUUAGACUGUCUAAUAAUUUCUUCGAUGUAUUCCUUCCUCGGUAAUAUUCUCCUUUUAUAACUGUUCAUUUGUCCGUCAAAUAUGUUUGUCAAAAACGGAUUAUUGUGCACAAGAAGGUUCUUUUUUCAUCUAUUUUAUGGUACUGAACAAAGUAAUUUGCUUUUCACUCCGCACAUUCCUAUGUUGUUUUUCAUUUCUGUUUAACUAACCUAUAUUAUUCUUCUUCAAAUUUCCAUUGUCUUUAACUUUUUAUUGUCUAGUUAAAUCUGUGCUCAUAUGUUUUUUUUCAUAUUUACAGUAUGUUUUUCAUUUGUAAGUAUUCGCAUAAGUAAUAACUAACGUUUUCGAAACAUUUUAAUAAAAAACAUAAAUUGCAUAAUUUUUGAUUAUAUCUAUACUAUUUUCUAAAUGAAACCAAUGCUAUACCAUUAUUUGUGUAAAACUCCAAGCUGCUGCAGCGUUUACCUACAUAUUUUAAAAUUUUCAAAAAACAACUAACCAUAAAAGAAUUUGAAUUAUGUUCUGCGUAAACUCUUACGAAAAAAAAAAACAAAAUUUUUAGGCCUGUUUGUUAUUAGAUAUAGGUAAUAUAAAUUAUUAUUAGGUACGUACUAUUUUAGUUCAUUAUUACUGUUGAAAUAUUAUUAUUAUUUUGUUCGCUUUUUUUACUUACCGUGCACCUGACCAUAUCUGUCAUUUUAUCCUAUAUUGUAUUAUAGCAAGCCUAUUCAAUUUUAAGUUUUUUUUAAAUUAUAAAGGUUUGCCCGUCAUGUUCAGAGUUUUAGUAUCAAUUAUACUCAGUUAUACAAUAACCAUCAUGCAGUAUAAUAACUGAUAAUAAUAAUUAUUACAACCGUUGAUAAAAUGCGCAAUAAUUAUUAUAGGCGUGUCGCUGAUGCUGAACGUCCAUUGUUUAAAAUAUUAUAAUGUGUAUAUUUAUAUAUAAUAUUAUUUAAGUGAGCCUUAAUACAAUAGUAAUGAAGUGCGUCAAGUAAACAUAACUUCUCGUUUACGAUUAUUGUUGUAAUUAGUUCAAAACAGCUAUGGUCCAAAAUAAAGCAGUAGUGAUGUACGCACACGACGUGUUCGGGACUUCGAUGAGUAUUUUUUUUUUUUUGUACACCUAUUUUCUACUCAAGUGGCAGCUACCGAUAAUAACCCACCAUCCCUUAUGAUCAUUGAAUAAUUUCUCACCUUUGUACUCUAUUUGUAUAAUCGUAAUAUCCAACUCAGAUAUUUUUUUUGUUUUUAUUUUAUGUUAUUAUGGUCUUGUUGCGUCGGUCGUAUAAAGCCAUGGCGUUAGACCAUUUUUUUCCCGUUGUUUAAACAAUCAAACGGAUUAUAGGAAGUGAUGUAUGUUAAUCUAAGAUUGUGUAGCAUUGAUGAUUUUCGUAAGGUGUAAGAUAAUUUUUUUGGGAGGAGAUACCAUUUUUGAGAUUGUUUUUUUUAAAUACAUUUUGUAAACUGCUUAUAACGAAUACGAUUUUAAGCGUUUUUUUUUUUUUUUUAUUUUGAUUUUAAGUGUUUUAAAUUCCAAAUCCUGUUCAUAAUAUUAUGCGUGUAUAUAAUAAUAAUAUCUUUGUAAUUAUUAUAAAUUCUCGUUUCAAAAAUCGAUCGUCGUCAUCGUACACUGCAACUGCAAUAAUAAUAAUAAUAAUAUUGAUGGACACAUUAACUAUCGUGGCCCGCUCCACCAUUAUCGUUAUUAAUAAUACUGCACGUCUAUGCAUAAAAUUAUUCUGAACCGUAUAACCGAAUAUAAUUACGUCUAUAUAAUUUUUAAUUUCCAAAUGCAAAUGGACGUUAUUUUCUUAUUAUUAUAUUCCUUAAGGUUUAAUUUUUGUUCUUUCGUCCUUAUAAUAUACGUACUAUACGUAGGCAUACGUUCUUAUCCACUACACAGGUACCUAUAAUACGAUAUAGUAGGUUCCAUUUUUUUUUUUACAUUGUAAAAUCCGAUAUGGGCAUCCCACCUCCUCCCCCUUCUCCGUAAUUACAUCAUCAUCAGAGUAAUAUUAGUAAUCGUAUUAUUAUUAUAUACGUCAUGUGUGCAAUGACGACUCCGUUUAUACCUAUACAAUAAUAAUAUAAUAAUAUUUCUCCAUCACGGCCGCGAUUUUUUAUUGCGUUUAUUUCCAGUCGAUAUCAAAAGACACCGCGAUUAUACAUAUAUAUAUAUAUAUAUUUAUAAAAAAAAAUCAUAUCAUAUAAUAUAUACGAAUAUUAUUAUAACGUUUAAUUUAUCUAUAUAUAUAUAUAUAGGUAUAUUACAUGCGUCUUGUAAAUCGGCCUUCGGCUGGUGUAUAUAAUAUUUAUCUAUAUAUGUAUAGCGUUGGAUUUUUCGGUUUUUUUUCUCCUCUUCUUCUCCUCCUUCAGCAGUAUACGCUAUACAGGGUGUUCCCGUGUUCACUAUCUAUCUAUGUAUAUAUAAUACGUUUGAUAUAAAAUAAUUAAAUUAAAUUAAAUUAUCGUAUAGGUGUUGCGGCGAGGUCUAUCCGUGAUAAUAUAAUAAUAAUAUUAUAAUAGUACAUUGUAUUCCGAAGAUUACGACGGCGGCGGCGAUAUUAAAAAAUGAAAACCGAUACUUUUAUUAUGUGUAUGUAUAGGUGCCUACGUUCAACGUCAAAAACACAAAUAUAUUAUUAAUCAUUGUUCGAAAUUAAACGAUCCGAACACGUUUUUUUUAUUAUUAUUAUUGUUAUUGACGUCAUGCUGCCAUAUCUCGUCGGCGUUCUAUAAUUUAGGUAUAUAGAAUCUAUAACAAUAUCGUGAAUUUAUAUACGAUUUUUUUCACGGUUAUUCCAAAGCGAAUUGACUUCGUCUAUACUUCUAUAAAAGUUUUUUAAAUGAUAAAAGUAUAGGUUUUUAUACAUAUCAUAAAAAAAAUCGUCCAAAAAGACACACCGUAUACUUAUAGACGGAUUCUGAGGUCACCCUAAUGAAUACUUUUAAGUUAUCGCGGAUGAUUUUAGUCCCUAUGCGACACUUCAUAAUUCAUUUGCCAAACGCGUUUUAUUCGUAUAUUAUAAUUUAUUUUAUAUAUUUCACAGAAUGUAUUGGAGGAGGGGUAGAUUAGUCAACCGUCAAUAGUUAUAAACGAUAACAAAUAAAGAUGGUUUAAUUGUUGGUUUUAAUAACUGAACAUAGAUAAUAUGUACCAAAAAUACAUAUUUAACAGCUAUAGAAAAAGUUAAGCAGUGGGUCGAAGCGUAAAGCGUAUAAAUAAUUACAUUAAUACAGCGCAUGGUAAAAUAAAAUUGAUAGAAAUGCCAAGUUCCCUUCCUCAUAGAUAUGACCGAUCAUCAGUCUAUGUGUAUAAUAUACGCGAAUGGUGGAAGAACAAUAUAAGUGCCUGCCAAAUUACUAUUAAAUGUCAAUGCGAUUUCUUAAUCCGGUUUUAUCGGUCGCUGACCGAUGAAAAAACAAUUGCUUAAAAUUCAAUAUCAAACGUGGAAUAGUGAAAUACUAUAUAUAAAAAAAAAACAUCAUUAUUUACACACUUUGUGCACACCCUGUGUCUGCAGUACGGUCUGAUGGCUUGAAUUAUCGUCGGUCUUUAGUGUGAUCCGAUUGUGGAGCCGGAGGCGCAUAUAUAUUUUUUAUAUGAACGUUUUCGAAUAAUUAAUUAUACAAUAGUCGUAGAAUUUUUAUUUUCAUUUUUUAUUUUCCAAAAAUAAUUAUCGCCGCUCUCGGAUAUUAUUCCCAUCAAUCAGCGGGGUCGUGAUUUCGGAUCAUUCGAUCACUUUCAUCUCUACCCUGACGUCGUCAUCAAUCCUCCGUGCGUACAUUUGGCGUCCGACCUAUAAUAUUAUCGUAUACAUUUAUACAUGGUGUGCGUAUAGACAGUAUAUAAUAUUAUAAUCGUGUGACCUCACGUGUCCGUCCGGAUAGUUAUAAACGCCGAAUAUAAAUAAAAAUCGAAAAAAAAAAAAGACCUAUAAACGUAAAACCCACAACGCUCACCUACGUGUCUAUAAUAUUAUUGUGUUGUAUUAUAUCAGUGUAUAUGUGCAGUAUAGGUACACAAAGACAAAACAAACGUAUAUUUGCGCACGGUUUAUUUUUUUUUUAUAUUCCGAUCGCGACGCGGAACGCAUUGGUUUUACUAUGAUCUACGCUUUUUUUCUGUCUGUGAACACCUUUUUUAUUAGUUAUCUUGCUCAGAUCAAAAAAAAAAAAAAGGAUUUUUUUGUAGCAGAUCGGCACACUGACGAGGUUGCCAAACAUCGUUUGAUUUUCUUUGCGGUUCACCUUAAGAAUAAGGAAAAAAACGUGGGGAAGACCGCACGAAUUUACGGCAAUGACGAUUUUAUUAUUGUAUAGUAUUUCAAUUAUGUAUUAUUUUCGAUCUUGUUUUUUUACCAAAAGUGUUAAAUUAGAUUUCCAGAACAGCUUUUUUUCUGAAAAACUACUCUGAAAAUUUGUAUAGGUCAUUUUUUGAUUUUCCUUGGAGUUUCCUUAAUAAUUGGGAUAUUGGGAAAACCCUUAGGAAAAACGGAAAAUAGCCAGUUUCAUUAAUUUUAGUUUUGUUCUUUCUGUCAUUAAUAAUCGUAGAGAUCUGUGUAAAUAAUGUUCAUAUAAGUAUUGUAUAGGCGUGAUAACAUUUUAAAUACAUUUUGAUUUUUGAGUUAUUAUUUGAAACUUUCGAAAUUUUUUUAGUUUUUCUAUCUAUCAGAAACAAUAUUUAAAAUAGUGUGGUGUGUAGCCAAUCAUUAAAUCUCAUGUGGUCUCGAAUGUUAACGCGGUAGCACAGUAAAGGACUUGUUUAGCCAAUAGUAGCCAGGAAGUCCAAAAACGAUUGACUGUCGGGUUGGUGUACUGUUCGGUUUUGCGCAUCUACGCAUAAUUGAUUAGGAAACGAUUUAAUUUAAUGUAUGAUGUACCACGUUAUAUCCAUGGUAUAUUUACAUCGCAGACUUAGGUAUAGAAUUAAUGGGACCUAUUUUGAUCUUAAUCUUAUCCGUGGUUUACAUAUUGUAUGCGAUUUUGAUUCUUCCAUUCAACUGCAGACGGCGACAAUGACUCGCGACGCUUAAAAUAUCAAUUGAUAUAGGGAAAUUUUAUCGUCUCGUCUCGGGACGUUUAAACCGUUUAAUAUGAUAUUAUGUGAAAAUUACGAUAUCAUAACAGCCACGAUUUUGUAUUGUGUGGUGUGUGUGUGUGUGUGUGUGUGUGUGUGUGUGUGUGUGUGUAUGUGUAUGUUUAAGUAUACUAAUAUUAUGUGUGCGCACGUAUGUCAUAAAUAUUAUCUUUUCUCGACUAAGACUCACAAACACCACAAACACCUAUUAUGACACCUCUCUCCCAUUCACGUCGCGAUCGGGACCGGUUAUGCACAUUCAAUGUAUAAUGUAUUAUAUAUACAUAAACCUAACGUAGCGUUCACGAUGAGUUAUGGAUCGAAAAGGCUAGGAGCCGAUGUGUUUAUUUUCGAGGCCAAUUAUAAUAUCGUAUAAUAUAGUGUACCGCACAUUUUCAACAAUGCAAUAUGCAAAUCGACCGACACGAUAAUAUUUAUAUUAAUUUUGGUUUUUUUUUUUUUUUUAUCAACCAAUAAUCCCGAAAUAUCGUCAGUUAUUUAAUAGUAAUUGAUUGCUUGCCUUUUUUUUACGUUCUUGGUUUGCAACUAAUGCUCAGAGAAAAAAAUACAAUUUGUUUAACGAUUCAAUACAUUUGUUUUAUACAUGGUUAUUAUUUGUAUGUAAUAUUAUUUGCAGAAAGUCUUUUAUGAUACUCAAUUACACUUGUGCGGUUUCUUUUAUUAUGAAUAUAAUAUAAUAUAUUACUGAAUGCUUUAGAGUGGUCCUCGUCGGGGAACCGCUUUUCACAAACUCUACAGCAAAAUGUUACGGAACUUGUCUGGUCUUUUUGUAUAGCCCCAUUGCGUUUCUUCGAAUAUAAGGGUAGUAAUUUGAAAUAAAAAAUAUCAAUGAUGUAUUUACGAUGGAGGGGGGGGGGAGAUUAGGGAGAUAUAUCUCUUGAACUUUUUUUUGUACCAAUUAUAUUUUAUAUAACUAGGUAGGUGCCUAUUUUUAAAUUCAAAUAUUUCAGUCAGAUAUCCAUCAGUCGAUUUCCAUAAUAUUUAAUACCUGGUCUUCCUAGAUAAACUACAAAAUACGCCACUUAAUAUUAUUAUUACAAAGGAAAAUGUAUAAUAUUUACCAGGUAUUUACGCCAUAUUUUUAAUCUUGGUUUUCAGUCUUGUGUCUUUUAACCUCAAAAAAUAAGUAAAACAAAAAAAAAAAAAAACUCAUAGGAAUCGUAAAAUAAUGUAUACUUUAGAAAUAUUUUAUUAUAUACAAAUAGAUCUACUAUUAUGUUGAAUAAUAUUAGUAUUAGAUGUGAAGACGAAGAAUAAACGAAAAUUGACGGUUUAGAAAACAGCAAAGUCGAGUUUAUUGAAUUUUCAUCGGUCGGGUUGCGGUUCGUCUGAAAUUACGUAAUGUGUAGUAACCAAGUUACGUAUUUAGCUAAUUUAUGAAUAAUAAUUGUUAUUUUUAAAUAAUAUUACGUUUUCUGGCCGCAAAUAGCCCGAGCAUUUUUAAAGAAAUUUUCUUUGUUCGAAUGUGCAUACAGUAAAGUACAUUGGACACGCCGCAGUAGAGUAAGAAUAUGCCUACCGUUUGAUCCACUAGUAAAUUAUUAAAUUGAUAGGUUUUGUAACGAAAUAUUUAAUUUUAUAUAAGAAAUAAACUCAAUGGCAACUGGGAAAAGUUUUUAAAUUAAAGAAGAAAGAACUUUCUUUUCGACUUUUCGACUUAUCUGCUAGUGGAGCUUUUUUUUAAUAAAAAGAAAUAAACAUGCAGCGGAUAUUAACUAGAAAUUUCUCGUGUGCCCGUGUGAAUGAAUUUAACAAUUAUACAAUUUUUUUUUUUGUAGUGAAAAAUCAAAUAUAAUUAACAUUUUUAAAUUACGGUGGUAUUGUGAUAAUAUUACCCUGGCACCUCUCGGAAAAAUCGUUGAAAAAUUUUUCAACGAGAAAUAUAUAAGUACGAAUUCUGAACCCAGUGGUAUAAAUUAUUAACCUAACAUUAUUAAUUUUGCUCCAAUUUUCAAAUGUAACAUUUUUUACGAAAGGAAAUUUGAUUGGGGAUGGUACUUUAAGGACGUUACUUUUUUAAUUUCCCCAGGGUUUCAUAAUAAACGGAAAAAACGUAGGAAAAACGGGAAAUCUACGAAGUAAUGUAUUUUUUUCAAUUCGUAAAUAUUACGGUCUUUUAAAACAUAUACAACACCAAACUCCGCUCAGAACCGUUUUUCGUUUGCAAAAUUCAAUCGUUGUGUACAGAUAUAUACAUUGAAUUCCCCUCUACAUCCUCUACCAGUUUGUCUCCGUAUCUUUUUAUCAUAUUAUCGUGCCGAAACGCUAAACAAAACGCAACGCGAAAAUCAACGGACGGAAUGAGUUCACGAGAAUUACGAAUCGUUUAACGUAGCCGCGCCGUCCAUCUAGUUGCAAAUAUGUUGCGCGUAUUUUGUAUAAAUUGUAAUCGUAAUGAUUUUUUUUUUUUUCAUACUGGAUACACGCCGAUAAAAACAGUAAGCGUAUACAUAAUAUUUUACUCGGGCGGUCACAAUGUCGCCAGUGGCCGGUCACGUCCUGAUAAUAAUAAUAAUAUUAUUGUUAUUAUUAUAGUCGUGCGUCGGAAAAUAUUGUCGAGAUGUAAUAGUUUUUUAUUGCGCGUAUAGGUAAUAAUAAUAAUAAUAUUUUGCGUACGUUAUUGGAAAACACGUACCCGUGUAUAAACCAAUCGAAAGAUAUGCCGAAAAAAAAUAAAAUAAAAUGUCCAGCACAUAUAUGUUUUAGUAUAAGAUUUAUCGCACCGCCUGCAGCGUAUAACUAUACGUUACAUGCUGCAGAGGCCACAACACAAACAAUCGCAAUUGUUCGGGAAAUCAAUUUUAAAGUUUAACAAUAAACCGAUGGUUUUUUUUUUUUGUUUUGUUUUAUCGCUCAGAAAAUAAUGUCGACGGCGGCGAUACGCGUAUAUUUAAAAUAAACAAUCGCAAUUGUUCGGGAAAUCAAUUUUAAAGUUUAACAAUAAACCGAUGGUUUUUUUUUUUUUUUUUUUUUUGUAAUUUUGCGUAACUAUAAUAAUAUACAAAUUGAACGAACAAAAGUCACGGUUUUUUUGGCUUUAUUGCGAUACCCGCAACUGUUACUAUCGAUUUUUCCGGCACUAUGAAUUAGUUUUAGAGAAUUAAUCGUAUUUCGAUUUAGACCAAACUACACUCGGGAAUCUAACAUGUAGGUACAGCUUUAAUAAUAAUUCACGUUCAACGGUUUUUGACGAAUAUUGUUUUUAUAUUAAUAUAUACAUAGAUGGCGAAACUGUAGGAAAAAGGGAAUACAAUAAAUAUUACAGAUUAUUUAUGACGUAUGUAUAAUGAUAGUCAUAAUAUCUCUCGAAUAUCGAUUCGAGAUAAAUGGUUCGUUGUUAUAAUAUUCUGAUAACGGAAAUUGAAGUACUGCAAUAAUCUAUUUUUGAUGGCAAUUUUGUUUUCUGUUUAAACAUUCGGGGAUUCUGUAGUAAUUAAAUAAUAAAUAUUCGUAAAGACUAGAUGUAUUGUUAUAACUAUAUGUAGGUAAUUGAAAUUAUCGAGUUUAUUUGGUAUUUUUUUUUUUUACAAUAUUACGUGAAUAAAACUGCGAGUUUGACUUCGUAUACACAUUUAAAAAUCCAAUAAAAUAUAAUUUCUUAAAUUCCGUGUAAAGUACUGUUAUAUAAUAAUAUCGAAUAUCUCUAUUGUUUUAAUUUGAUUAGCUUAAAAAGUUUAGAUUUUAACAAAAAUCGUGAAAAUCGCCAAAAUUUUAGAUGGUAUUUUUUCUUUUUCGAUUCAUAUAAACCGGAGUGCUGUAGCUUCAUAAUAAUGUUCAAAAUAUUGAUAAAAGGUUCAAAAUCAUAUAUUACGUUGUAUAGACUUAUUACAACAGUAAAUGAAAACAUUUGAGCUUACAUCAUUUUUAUUUAAGCCUUUAGAGUGCAGUCGUUUAUGAUCGAAUUCGUUAAAUAUUCAACGUCAUCAAUAUAGUUUAAUUUAUUUUGUUAUUACUAUAAUCGUCGGUACAAUAUUAUUAUUAAUUUAAGUUUAUCAAACUACGUGUUUAAUCGAACAAUGUUCCGAAUUGUUUCUCGUCUACAACGAUUUAUCGUUGCACAGAUAUAAAUCGAAUAAUAUUUAUCCUGUGUGUCCCGCCUUUGGAACUUCUCGCAUAUACAAAAAUAUGACCCACACGAGCAGUGCAGUCUUGCCUAUUUCGUAGAUUGUUUGCAGACUUUUAUAUACAAUAAGAAUUACACGUUUAUUCACGUUCACGCGUAUAUUUGUUUUGUUCAAAGUUUGCCGUUUUUUUUUGAAGAAUCGUUUCUAAAAUUGCCCGCUAGUGACCGUUUCUAUUACGUAUUAUUUAUAUUUGUGUAUUUAUUGUUAUUUUUUUUUUAAAUACGACAUAGUAUGUGGACCGUAACACAUCCCCGUACACUGUAUAUAUUAUUAUAUCAUAUAUAUGUAAGUAUAUAGGAAUUGCGUUUAGUGGUUUUAGCGAAAAUACAAUAAAUAAAUUUAAAAAAUAAAAAUAAACCCGUCACGUGUCCUUCGCGUACGUCGUAUCGGAAUAUUCGGAAAUUCGCCGACAAAAGCGGCGGCGGCGGCCCCGCACCCCAGAACUCGUUCGCAGAACAUAAAACGACAUAUCCGCUGCAACGAUAUUAUUCUCGAGGAGAGUAAAUAUCGAUUUUUAUACAUUUUUUUUUUUUUUUGUUCUGCGCCCGUAAACCACAACGGUCGGGCGCGUUAAUAAUACUUGUAUUACAAUUUGUGUUUUUCAUUUUUUUUUUCGUACCCCCGCAGCACCAAGAGAGAGGCAAUAAAACCGUUUUUAAUAGCUUGUCGGCAGGCUUAUACUCUCGCUCGCUCGCUCGCUGGCUCGUUCGCCGCCGCCUAUACCGGCCCGGGUCAGACUCAUUUUUUUAUGUUUGCUAUUAAACGUGUAUCGCGUAGAUUAAUAAUAUUUUUAGAUUAUACGAUUAUCAGAAACAUGUCGUUUAAAUCACCGGAGAAUGCUCCGCGGCCUGCACGGUGGCCCUCUCAACGCGACGCAAUACAGCUGCUAUAUAAUAUUAUAGCGACUUCACGAUGAUAUUUUCAAAGUCGUAAAAUAAUUCGUUCGAGCUACGCGCACCACCGCGACCGUAUACGUAUGCGUGUAUACACGGAUGUCGGUGAUGCGUGUAUAUAUACAACUUUUUAACCCGGCGGCCGGCAUUACGAUUUUUAUUAUUGUUAUUAUUAUUGUAUUUUUUUUUUUUUUUGCACAAUUGUUUGAAUUUUUCGACUCCAAGAUAUAGGCGCUAUAAAACGCGCGCGCAUAAUAAUAUAUGAUAUAAUAUUAUAUAGGUAUACCCGCAACUACAUACGAGCAGCGUUGCAGUGUACGCCGCGCUAAAUCGACGAAAAAUAAAUUGGUUUUCGAAUCAUAAAAUCGGAAUGUAAAAAAAAAAAAAAAUUGCCGCGAAGACGAAUGUAAUAAUAACAACAAAAAUAAAAUAAACGCGGUAAAUUAUUAAUGAACUGCGAUUUGUAAUAUUAUACUCUAUAUUACAAUAUAAUAUUAUAUUUUUUUUACAGCGAUCGAUAACUAUUAUUAUAUUGUUCCGCAUAUUUUACGAAAGAUUUACGGUUGUUGUCCUCCUCUAACGCAUUUUCGCCAAGUGAAAUGCUCCGAAUUUUCUCGGACUUCAAAAAUUCGCGAAGUUCUCGAUCGACGGUACUAUAACACAUUAUUUAAAACCUACAACUGUAUACCCCUUACAGUUCACCCUCGUAACGUUGUUAUAGUAUACGAGCGUGUUAUUUUUUUUUCUCGGAAAACGCUCCGAACUGUUCGUGGCGUCAUUCGUAUCUAUUAAUAAUAACAAAAAAAAAAAAUUGCUGAAUUCUCGUCUGUAUACUCGUUAUUUGAAACGAAUAUUCCUUGAUGCUCAAUAGUUUUUCCAAAUGAUUUAAAAAACCGACGACAAACUGUGUAUACGUAGGUUUUUAUUUUUGUUGAUUUCUGCAGCAGCUCCGCUUGACUAUUAUGCAAUAAGGGAUACACUAUAUACGCGGUAAUACUGUUUCGUUCAGAAUCUGUUGUUGAUUACGAAUACUAUACACAGUUGUUUAACGUGCGCGGUCAGGAGAAAAAACGUCCGGUUUGUUGUUUUUUUUUUUUCAAACAUAUAAUUUAUAUUUUAAAAACGCAUUAGUUUUCCAUCUGAGCAACAUUUACCGUAUACAUUAUAUUAAAGUCAUAUAGCACAUAAUAUAAUAACACGUAGCUAACCCGUAUAAUUUUCUGACAGUGUUUUAUUCGAUGUGUAAAUGAUUAAUAUUGUGAUUAUUGUAGGUAUUAUGGUUUUAUAUAUAUAUAUAUAUAUAUAAUAUUUUUUGUUUCGGGUACCUGUGUAUAAUAAUAAUAAUAAUAAUAAUAAUAAUAAUAUGAUUGUUGAUUUCAUGCGGUCGAUUCUUUACAGCAAAUCAAAUAAUAAUAAUAAUAAAAAAAAAAAAACAGAAAUUUAUAUAGAAACGUGUAUACCUAUACAGCUGCGACGCAUAAGCAUCAUCAUAAUAUUAUUAUUAUUAUCGAGAAUCCCACGUCGUCGUCGGCGUAUAUAAUAAUAUUAAUUUUUUUUCUCGAUUUGAUUAAAAACAUAAUACUAAUAAUAAAAUCGAGAACGAUCCGUUUUUACACACAUAAUAUAUACGCGCGCGCGCGUGUGUGUGUGUGUGCAUUCGUGUAUAGGUAAUAAUAUUAUGCGCGCGAGUCGUGUAAUAAAAAAAAAAAAAAAAAUUACGGUUUGGCCAAUAAAUCAAAAACCUUUUAUCUUUCUCGAUAUGCGGGCAAUUACGAUCUCUCCAGGGUUCCUUAUAUAUACUAUAUACGAAUACGAUGUGAUACCCGCGUCAACGUUUCUGUUUUAUAAUAAUAAUAAUAUUAAAACAGAAUUAUAUACAUUUAAUACGAUUGUAAUUUAUAGUGAUAUGAUAUAAAAUGAAAAAAAAAAACAGAAAAAAUACGCUAGAAAAUAUUAUUGAGUUUUUAAAGAAACGCGUACAACGUCGAAAAAAAAUGUAUUAUAAUAUUGAACGCGGUUUUAUUUAUAAAUUAAAAAAAAAAUAAAUACACACACACACACACACAUAUAUAUAUGUUCGAAUUUUUAUCAUAAUUAGAUGUGUAAAAAAAAAAAAAAACGAUACCAUAUAUAGGUAAUAAUAUUUCACGUUGCUGACUAUGUAUACAAUAAUAAUAUUUAAUUGAAAAAUCGUUCAAAGUUUACUGUACGCAUAACUUGAAAUAUUGCAGUGUUUUAUACAUUUUUUAUAAUCGCUUGUUUUAUUGAAUAUUUAUAAACCAAAAAUAAAAAUAAAAUAAAAGCUUAUUGUGCCUUUAAUUGGUGUGCCAAUGAUUUAGGAGGGAAGUGUGUAGAGUGAUUAUUCGAUUAGAAUCUGUAUGUUACGAUAAAUCAUAUCACCAACGACAAACGAUUCUGAGCAAAGUAUUAUUGAUUUUAGUUUUCACACGGUCGUUAUACCGUGCAUAAAUAUAUUUUGCGCCGUAUGCGCCGACUAGAUUAAAAAUUCUACAAGAAAGUUCCGAUAAAGUUUUCGAUUGAAACGAGAUUUCCGGUAGAAAAAUAGUUCGCGGACAGGAUAAAAAUAAAAUAAAAACACGCAUCGUAUUAUAUAGUAUAUACAAAACCUAAACGUUCCUGGCUUCGUUUAGAACCUAAAAUAGAAAAUUAUCUAAUUAUCAUAAUCUCGUAUAACUAUAAUGUAUUUUACAAUAUUAUCAGGCGCGUUAUGAAAUAGGUAAUUUUUUUUUAAUGUUUCUAAAGUAAAACAAUGGGGGCCUCAUACGUUCUGAGGAAUCGUCCGCUUAUUAUUUGUCUUGUAGCGGUCCUCUUAACAUGAUGCGGCGGCGGCGGCGUCGUCGUCGUUGUAUAUAGAAACGUAAACCGAAAGAACAAAAAGUAUAAUUUGUUCAUAUUAUGUACAUUUAAAAAAUAUUACCAUUUCGAAAAGUAUUGUACCGUUAGUAGUACCCAGUAUAAUAUUAUUUAUGAUUUUCUCAAAGAAUAAUCAUAUGUUGGUAUAUGUAUAUAAUAGGUAUUAAUUUUUUGUCAGUUUUUUUUUUUAAAGCGAUUUGAAAAAAAACCGUGUUCCACACACAAUUCAUUGCAAUUAUUAUUGGUAUCGAAUGUUUAGAAUGACGGAAAUAGGUUUGGAAACUUUGGAAUUAUACGCUUUUAUAAUAUAGUAGGCACGUUUCGUUGUGUUCAUUUGCAGGGUACAUCUAUGCGGAAUAUAAUCCAAACACGUUUAAAUUCUAUAGGUAACAAUACACGACAGUUGUACGAUUGAUGUCUUAUCAUAUCGACUCGGAUACUUUAAAUACAAAAAUAAUAUUUAGGGUUUUAAUUAAUACACCGUUUUAUAUUACAUAUAGGUAAAUAAUAUACACUAAAAGAUAUGAAAACUGUAAGAUUACAAUUUAUUAUUGUAUAUCUACAUGUAUAGAAUAAUUCAAUUUCGAUCAGGAUCUGGAAGUUGACGGCGUUAAAAAGUUAAGUUGACUUUUGAAUUUGAAUUUGAAUUUUUUUUUUUUAACCGUUUAUUUUUACUAACUCACAUUUAUACUCAAUACAAAUAUAUCGAGCUAAUUUUAUAAUUACUAAACUCGGUGUUAUGAUUUUUAAUACUUGAUAUUUCAUUUACAAUCAUUUAUGCACUAUAUUUAAGUGUAUACGAUAUUGUGUGUAAACAUUAUUUUGAUUUUAAUGCGCGCGGAGUUUCGAGUUUUAAACAUAUAAUUAUUAUAUCCCUCGAAUUGAUCGUUAACUCGGUUCGGUUAUCGUCUAACUUUUAACGCAACUCGUUAGCGCUUUAUUCUCCAAUUAACUUAGUUUACGGAAUUGAUAUUGUAUUAAUCCGAACGGUUUACAGGUGGUCCCUUCAACAUUUUUGAUUUUUUUUUAUGAAUUUUAUACGUAAAUCGUAUCGUUUCAUUAUUAUUAUUAUUAUUUUUUUUUGGAAUUCUAACAGACAUUUUCUUGAAGUUUUUUGAAAUAAAAUAAAGGGACCCGCGGAAAUAUGAUAUUAUACUAUAUCGUAUUCAGUAUAAUAAUAUAAUUAUUCUUCUGAAUGUCUGUCCGGAAAUUUUCUCGAAAUCCGUAUGGACGCCCCGAAAUAUGUGAACGCGGGUUUCGCCGUCGAUACACGCGUCUAUACGUAUAAUUUUACGAAAUCGAGUUUAAAACAAUACGAUAUUUUAUCGCGAGACGUUCUUAUAAUAAUAAUAAUAUUAUAAUAUUACUAUCGUUGACCCGGAACCCGCAGACUUUACGAUAAUAAUGCGUAUUAGAAUCGAAAAAAAAAAAAAUAAUAUUAUGUAAGUAUCCGUCUCGUGCGACUGCAAAACACGUGGCCGACACAUUUGUGUCCCCCCGUGAGUGUAUAAUGUGUGUAUGUACGCGACAAAAGACCGGUGUGCGGAUGCCAAAACCCAGACGGCCCGUGUUUUUUUUUUCCCCUGUAAAAUCGUUUGCGCUUAGUGGUUUUACAUGGUUUUCUUUCUAUUAUAUUAUGUAUAUAUGUUAUUCGAUAAUCUUAUAAACGAACACAUGGCGGCGGCGGUGCUCAGCCUCAUAUCAUUAUAAUAGGACGAAUGUCGCGCGCGCCCGCGCGAUCGCGCAGUGAACGCGACGGCGAAACGCAUUAAUUAAUCGUUAACGAAUGAAAAUUUCGACACGGCCAUUUAAUGUAACAAUAAUAAUAAUAAUAAUAAUACGUUACGUAACAAAAUAAUUUUAUAGUUUACCGAAUAAUUUGAAACGCGAUUCGCGUUUUAAACAUUAUUGUUUGGUAUUUCGGUCAACACAUUUGUCUUUUAUGCGGUGAAAUUGACAAAAUAGAAAAAAAAAUCCUGUAAUCCACCAUGCAUGCUGCAAAUGUGUAGUAUUUAGUAUAUUAUUUAAAUAUUAAAUAAUCGUGAACCUUUUAGUGAUUAUUGAGAAAUCUGUUUAGUUUUAUUAACAUCCCGCUACUGGCUUUUUACGAAAUGACAAAAUAUUAUUAUAAUAUGUACCUACAAUUAUACAACAAGUUUUAACAAUUCUUUUUUAUGAAUAAUAUUACUCAAACUGAUUUGAUUUUUGUAUCGAGGGGUUGAUAAUUUUAUUUUUCUAUCGGAAAGGGCGAAACUUUCUCGAAUGGUUUUAUUCAAAAAAAAAAAAAAAUAAAUAAAUAAUGAAAAUCGAUCAUAUUUACUGUGAUAAAUCUUCCUCUCAUAAGACAAAUAAAUAAAUAUUUCAAAUAAAAUAUACAACGCGUCAUGAUCGAAAUCGGUUCACUCUACGCGAGACGCGAGUUUUUCCAUUAAUGCGCGUGUUUACGAGCUAAAAAACUGGUCGCACGCCGGCCCCUUAAUUCAGUUUUACGUAAUCCGCGGUCAUCGUAAAAUAUGCCUUUGCGUAUAAUGUAUUACCUAUAAAUAUUGUGUAAUCAAGGUAGCAGUAUCGAAUAAAAACGUAUAUAAUAUUUUUAUUUCGUCGGGUUUAUACCGCGUCGUUUCCGAGAGCUAUAUCGUGUCGUAUUAAAUACCUUAUUGUUUAUCGCAGACAGUUAAAAGAUUUUUAUGUUUAAAAAAUGACUAUUCGUACAUUUUCAUUAAAGUCUAAGGCAAUUUAGGUGUUUUUUUUUUUUUUUUAGUACAUUUGUACAUAGAAGUGUUGUAGGUACAGUAUAAUUUGUGUUUAUGUAUUUGUAUUAUAUAGGCAGGUAUAUUGUACGAUAGUGAGUAAUAUUUUUAACUGCUGUAGGUAUACUCGUUUAUUACUUGCUAAAGGCAUUCCGCGUUAUUGAUGCGCAUUAGUAUAAAAUAAUAAUAAUAAUAUUAAAUAUACACACAAUAUAGUAAAUCUGUAUAUAAUCCGAUAGUCGGGUGGGCUGUGUACGAUACCCGCCGUAUAGGUGUUAUCGCGGUAUAUAUACAUAUUAUAAUAGUAUUAUUUCGUAUCUCGUUAAUUAUUUAUUUAGCCUCGAAAAUGGAUUUCGUUUUCGGUAGGUACCAACAAUAAUAAUACUAAAAUAUUGACGUUAGAAUUAUACGAAUACCUACGUGAACGUUUACAGAAAAAAAAAAAGUCAUAGGCAUUCUCUUAUUCGAUUUAUUUGAUUAACGCGCCCGCCGCCGUGUUGUACCUACAUAAUUUUACCUACCUAUACACACAUAAUAUUAUACAUACCUACACACACAUAUUGCUUUGCGCCGCGCGAUAGGGGAAAACAAGGGCGGACGGGCGAAGUUCUAAUAUUUCUGAUAAGAAUAAUAUAAACAAUAAUACAUAUAAUAAUAAUGAAAAAAAAAAUAAUAGUAAUAGUAACGCAUAAAAUACGACGUAUCUACCUGUGUAUACGAGUAUACGUACCUAUAUAGGAAAUCAAAAGGAUCGCAUCCAGACGGCCGUGUAAACACCGUAUUAAAAUAUUACGAUGUAUAACCGCUUGGAAGAAAAAAAAUCGAUCGCGUCGCUUUGAAUAUCCGUACGUUCAUUAUAAAAAUACAUACACACACACACACACAACACACACAUACACCCCGUUCACAGUAUGUAUAAUACACGAUAGUGGCGUGUAUUAUUGGUGUACCCGCCUGUAUAUUAUAAUAUUGUUUGCCCCGGCCGGCAAUAUAAAAUAUCGUGUUGUACUUGCCGCCUGUAUACGAUAUUAUUAUUAUUAUAGGUACCUAUAAUAUUUGCUCCGGUCCUUUUGAUUGGACAUUUCGCCGCUAAAAGCCAUUCGGAUAAAAAAAAAAAAAAAUAUCGGUUGUGUAUACAAUAAAUAUAAUAAUAAUAUAUACCGUGUGUAUAUAAUAUUAUUAUAACGCGACGACGACGAACGUACACACACACACACACAUUAUACAUAUAAAUAUUAUAGGUUAGGUUAAUAUUAUAUAUAUAUAUGUAUAUUUAGGCAAACAUUCGGGUCCACCACACCCAUCACCAUAAUAAUAAUAAUAAUAAUAUUAUAGCUAUAGCCGGCCGGCAUCCAUACAGGCAUCGUAUAGGUAAAUAUUUGUCUUAAUACCGCCUCGGCUGUGUGCGUGAUGGGCCCCGGGAUAACAGGAACCGAACGAUCCGUAGUCGUAUACGCGUAUAAUGUUUUUACUAUAUUAUUUUAAUAAUUAAACGACAUCACAAUAAUCGUAGAUUUUGUAGAGAGAGCCAUUGCCAGCAGCCGCACGCACGAGAGCAUCUCCCAUCAUGUCAAUGGUGACACGGCAAAAAGGUCUAAGCGACACAAUUCGUAGUUUUCUGGAGAGUCGAAAAACAUUUAUUUGUGAUUUUAACAUUUUUUUCUUAUUUUUUUCUUAGAUUGAUAAUAACUUUUUUUUGGUUGGAAUAUGAAAUUAUCUCAUUGAAUACAUUUUUUUUGUUCAUACGUCCUUAAUACGCAUUGUUGAUUAGCUUUUAAUGUCGUUUAGACCCUACAUAAUUGAGAAGACAAAAUAAAAAGUAUACAAAUUAUCGUGUAUAUCCCGAAUUUAAAAUUUAAAUUGUUCGUUAAAUAAUGUCCAUAACUGUUUUUGCGCACGCGCAAUGGACGAAUAAAUAAAAUAAAUAAAGGCCUAUGCGUUUGGUGAAUUGGGGCGUUAAACUCCCCACAUUACUCAGCUAAGCUUCCCUCUAGAUUUAGUCCUUAUCAAGUAAAUACUAAGUGUACGUAAUCGACAUAAAUCAAUAACCAGGUGGCUUAACCCUCCAAAAUAUUUUGGGUUAUUUGUGCGUGUGAUAUAUUAUAUAUAUAUAUAGCCCCCUCAGACUACGAUCGGCUUACUCCGAUUCUGACUAUGGGUAACAAAAAGAAUAUGUCUGCCAAUAUACGAGUACCUAUAUAGUUAUUACUUACAUAUAUUAUUCAUGCGCGAUGUAUACCUAAUUGGAAUAAAACAGUUUUAAAAAUCUCGGCAACACUUCAAAUAUACCGCGGAUACGCCUAAAUAGUUUGAGCACGUGUACCUGCAGUAUACAUACUUGUAAACUCUACGUGCUCGUUCCCCCGAUCGUUGCCAUCUGAACUUUGUAGGCGGUGACGGCGGUCAACUAUAUUACAGUUGUAUACGAGAGGUGACACAACAACAAUACGUACCUUAAUGAAAGCGUAUUAUUAUAGUAUUCAAAACAAUCAAAGCGUUUCUUAUAUAUUAUUUUGUUUUUUUUAUACAUCUCUAUAUAUAUUCUCUACUACUACUACUACUACUAAUAUUACUAUACUACUGCAUUCUCCUAUGCGUAAGGUUCAUCUUAAAAUAAUAAUAUAUUAUAAUACGCUCUGGACAAAAUAACAUAGGUGUAGAGAAUAUUUACAACUACGACGAACGCGACUAUAAAAAUAAUAUGUCCUAUCAACGCGCUAUAUAAUACUAUACUAUUAUAAUAUUAUUAUAAUAACACGUAUAGGUAUAUAUUAAGCGAUAAUAAUUUAUACGGUUUUCUCCACCUCCUCCGAACACAUCAUUCAACUUACACUCGUGUAAUAAUUGUUAUCCGAAAUACCGUUUACGGGUUAGACGUUAUCGAUUUUUUUUUUUCAAAAUACAUGACUGUGCAGUACAACUAUUGUGUACUAAGCUGAACAAGUACUACAAAUAUGCAAUGGUUAUUAUUAUAUUAGUGUCAAUUUUUCAACGCUGAAUAGUCUGUUUUUAUUUGAUAUGGCUCCUAUGGGGGAUCCAUACCCUCCUUUGUCCUCCUCCUAUGUUUGCCACUGAUCUAUAUCCAGUAACUAUAUAAUGUACAAGACGAUACUAAUCGCACAUAGGUAUAAUAUUAUUAUUAUUUGUUAUACAAAUGACUCUGCAUAAUAUUAAUUUAUUAUCUUCGAGUAAUGCAUGGCAUAAAAAAUUCGCAUUCAGCAGAACCAAUUUUGCGCUAUAUUGUAUACAUAGGAAAGACUAAAAUGGGCGAUCCAAAAAAAAAAGUGUUAAAGAGAUCAAUGCGCAAAUAAAACACUACCCCGAGGAGCGUUGGAUUGACGUUAACUCUAUAGUAAAUAGAUAUAGGUAAUCUAUAUGCUAUAGUCUACGCUCUAAAGAUUUAUAAAAUUAUAGUCUAAUCGAGUUGAAAAAAUAACAAGGAAAUUAACGUAUAGUGGCAAUGAGUUUGGGUGAAAUGGAUAAUCGAGAUGAAUGUAAGGAUUUGGAUGAAACAAUAUAUAAAGUGUACACGGCUUUUAUGAAACCAAGAAAAAUGGACAUAUAAUGUUGUUUCAUUAUUUAUUUUUAAACGAUAAAAUAUUACAUAAUUUAAAUGUUGGUAUAGGUAUAAUAAUUUGUACAAUAGUUUUUAAUAUGGCCACUGCUGCAUUAGAACUAUUACGAGUCGUACUGUAUGAAGGUGUUUUAUUUAUUAUAUAUGUGCCUUAUAAAUCUUCCACUAACGAUAUUUUGCGAAAAAUUAAACAGAUUUUCAAAACAUUUAAUAUGUAUAAUAUGUAUGCAGUACGCUGUACAAUACAUCAAUUAUUUUAAAGUAGCAGUGCAUUUUUGGAUUCCCUAGAGCAAUGCAUUCUAUUUACACGUAUAACAUUAUAAUGUAUAAUUCGAUUCACAUAGCAGAUACUUAAAAGAGUAAUAUUUCCAUAUUUUUUCGAGGAUUUUUAUAAACAACUUUAUUACCGAAUCGCCUGGGCCGGCAUCGGAUUUUUCGCCCGUAAGCCACGCCGCCGCCGCGCCGGCGCAUAUAACAUAUAUUCCGUCUUUAUACCGUUCGCCGUGGGUUUCCCCCCUCGUGCGGCGAAGGCCGGAUGAGUAGGUUGAUAUAAAACGGGCGUGUUUUAAUUCGAUCGGACGCGGGCCAAUGGGAACGGUCCAAUGGAGAAAAUAAUAAAAUAAUGCGGUUCGGUAUAAUAACAGUGGUAUAAUACAUACAUCUAAUAAUGUACUAUAAAUCGGCGCAUAUGCGCAUAUCUAUUAGUUUUUGUAGUUUAUAGAAUGUUCAAAGAACAUUUUUAGAUAAACGACACUUAACGCGACUGUGUAUUGUCGUAUUUUAUUGGACGAGGUACCGGGUUUUGAUAUGAGUAUAUUACUAGCAGUAUGAAGCGUUAUAAUUUUCGUGUUUGACGGUGUAACCGUGAGUCUGCGUCAGUGGCGGUUUUUAUAAAACAUCAAGGGGGAGGGGGGCGAUUUAAAAUUUAUUGAGGUUCAUAUUAUAUAAAGUAAAGGAUACAAUUUGCUUAUGGUCCUAUCAUAAAUAACACAUAACUUUUAUUUUAGAUUCUGAGUGGAGCGAAGAAACUUAUUGUUUUACAAAUGUGAAAAACCUGGAAAAACAUAGGAAAACGGGAAAAUCGGUACAAUAUUAAACAAAUAUUAUUAAAUGAAAUAUAUAAUGUUUAUUUAAUUAUUUUAACGUAAUUUGACAUAUAUAUAUUGUUGAUAAAGCAUCACUAUCAACUGAACUCCGCUCAGAAUCGUUUUUUCGUUAGCAAUGAUUUAUCAUUGCUUACUUACAACACAUACCUAACAGUUGACAAAAAAAAAAAAAUAAAAAUAGGAUCGCCCCCCCCCCUAAAAAUCAUCACUGGUCUUCGUUCAGAAUACAAAACACUUGUUUCGCUAUUAUGCUAUGAUAAUAAUUAGAGGUGGGCCAAUACGUAAAACGGUACACAGACAGAACUGGCUUUUAUAUACAAGUAAAAGAUUAUUUAUAUACGUUUUAAAUAAUGGCUAAUGUAUACUACAGUGACGUGGCGAACUAUUUUAAUUGAUUGGGCCGUUUAUUUUUCUGCAAACGUACCCUGCUUAUUUUAUAAUAUCACUCGGAAGACAAUUUUUUUUUUGCUCACAGCAACACCUGACUGAAUGUAUACUGCAGUAUACUCAGUAUAUUAUAAUAUCUGAUUGUAUUUUAACACGGUAAAUUCGAAGGGGGGAAACUUAUAAUAAGUCCCCUUAUCUAUCUCCCUCCUCUGGUACGCCAACCACUAUAGAGGUCGGGAUUUUAAUGCUCUCUAAAAUGUGCUGUUAAUAUUCUUUUCAUAUAUAUAUAUAUAUAUAUAUAUAUAUAUAGUUUGAUAAUUUUAGAAAUAAUUAAUUAAUGGAAAAAAAUCCUCUUUUCGUAUACUUAUAUUCAUCGGUUUUUCUAGCGUUACGCAGAAUAUUUAUUUUGACGAAAACGGGAAUCGUGCCAUUUGCUUUUUUUGGCGGAAAAGGGCUGUAUCCAUUCUUUUUAAAACUCAAAAUAAUGCGUUUUAUGUAUUGUAAAAUAGAGAGGGAUGGAGGAAAUCAUGUAUUAUCACGUUUCACGAAUUGUAAAGAUAAUUAUAUUUUCUAUUAGUAUCUAUUACUGCCGUUCAAUAAAAAAACGCACUGAUGUCAGAACUGCAAAUAUAAUAUUAUGCAAAAUCGUAAACCUCCGAGUAUUGAAGUAUUGAAAACAAAAAAAUUAUUUAUUUCGUAUUAUAUACAUAUAUGUAUUAUAACAAGUACUUAUAUUAUAGAUACAUGUUUUUUUUUUUUUAUAGAUAUUUUCAACAAUAAACGUAAGUAUAUUAUUUUUAAGAUGUUUACCGCGCAAUAUUAUUAUAUACGCUGCCGCAUAGUGCACGGCCGGGUGUACUCGCUGUACACACGAAAAGUAAUGAUAAUAAAAUAUUGAUUACGUAAAAAAUAUACCUACCCAUGUUUACUGUCAUUAUUAUACCUAUAUUUGUAAUAAUAUAUAAUACCGGGAAAUGUGAAAUUUCAAACGCUAUAAAAAAUAUAUUGCGGACGCCGUUAUACACGGAAUCGUAAAAAAAUAACAAAAAAAAAAACAACGAAAUUCUUAGAAAUCGAGCGAAAACAUUUUAAUAUAUUUUGUAAGCCCAUUGAUUGGAAUUAAAAUUGUUUCAAAAUUAUUUCGCUAUAAUAAUAUGUGUAUAGGUACACGUUAUAAAAUAUUUAUUGGGUUCAAUCGGAAUUUCCUAUGUAUACCGCCUACGUAUACAAAUAAUAAUGAUCAUAUAACAUUAUAAUAUCUAAUAUUAUUGUAAAUAAUAUGAUAGAAUUUAUUUUCUAGUUUCGAUAAUGUUUAUACCUAUUCGUCGUAAAAACGAUAAUCGUUCGUAUUUACGUGAAAGUUUAUAUUACAUAACGUACAUAUUGUGAUAUACUCAUCACUUGAAUAUUUUUUUUUUGUCAAUACUUAUUUUUUAGGCAUUUUAGUAUAUCGUCCUUACCUUGAAGCCGCGUAUAGCAUUCACCUCUCUCAUUUUUUUUUUUUUUUUUUAACAAGAAUGUUUUCAUGCUUGUUCAGUAUAUAAUAAUAUAGUAACUGCAUAGUAAUUGAUAAUAUUAUAUUAUAAUUUGUAAAUCGUAUAUUAUUAAUUCGAUCUGUGUAAUACUCGUAUACUAUAGAUAAUACGCAUCCUGUAUAUAAGUAUUUAAAACGCGGGUCUUCCCUCUGACAUUUCCUUCUAUAAUUAAUUGUUCAACAGAACUCACUGUGUCUGAUUAAGAACAUGAUCGAUCUGCAGUAUCUUAAAUACCUAUUAUCUAAGACUCAAAUGUCUCUUGUAUCGCGAUAUAAUUAUUCUGAAAAGUAUCGAAUAACUCGUAUCGCGAUCCUGAAAUAAAUAUAUUUACUAUCGAGUAUCUUCAUAUGCUCUUUUUGAAGUAGCUUGCUUGCGCAUUCUCGACCAAGAGUAUAUAAUCCGCUCGUUUCGUCUUCUAAUCUAACUUUUCCAUGCAACGUUUUCCGAUACUCUCCAAUAUUUAGAACUUGAGUAUAACUUGUUAUUUUCCCGCCUUCACAUUUUUACCGUUCCCUUUUAACAUUUCAAAUGUCUCUAAUCUUUCUUUUUGUUCUUCUAUAUUUAGUGUAGAUAUCGUCCAGGUUUAAACUCGCAUUAUACUAUAUGUAUAAGUAAUAUUGGUUAAUAAUUGUUAGGAAUACUUUUUCGCGUUUCUAUUCGGACACAGUUUAUUGUUAUUCGCCGCUCGUGCAGUGUGUAUUUAUAUUAUAUUAUUUUCCAUUUUUUUCUCCCCAUUUUUAUUACCACGUGGGGCAGUUUUAUAUUAUACGCAUGCACUAUAACCUAUAGCUAUUGUUGCACGCGGAGAGCUCUAAUUUCAUUUUAUAAAUGAUUCCGACAUCGUAUACAUACGUACGCGAGUAUAGUAUUGCGUCGCGCAGCCCGUAAUUAUAAGUCGUAAAAAAAAAAGCUGGUAAACGCGCGUAUAGAACUGUUGGCUAUUAUAGGCUAUAAUAUUAUUAUGUUGGAGUCAAUGAGCUGCCCGUCGACACACGCCACACAAAUAACAUUAUUAUAUUUUUUAAUAAUAUACCUAUAUUAUAUGCUAUACGCGAGUAAGCAUAUAUACCUAAUAUAUAAUAUUGCAUUAGCAGUACUCGAUUUUAUAUUAGUUUAUUUGCCAUUAUUAUAAUAAAACACAAUGCGCAUUUACCAUACAAACGGUAAUAUAAUAAUGUACAGGGUGUUUCUCGAAUGAUAAUGUACAAGUAUGACUUGUUACGCGGUGUAUAAGGUGAAACAUUUUUUCCGUUUUUUUAAUUAUUAUAAUUUUUUUUUUUUUAAAUCUAUCUACAAUUUCGUAAUUGAAUCGUUUACUCGUUAAAUAUAUUACUUAAAACUGAAAAUAACCUGUGGCACGUGAUUCAUUGUUAAAUUCUACCCUAUAAAAUAAUGGGUAUAUAGCGUUAUUUUUCAUGAAAAUGGCGUAGACACCAAGAUAGUGAUUAAUGAUUACAGCGGGCCGUGGCAUUUUAAUUUUGAUACAGGGAAGAUUUUAAAUGGAAUCCAAUGAUGUGACCCAUUAUUUAAGGUAAAGUUUUGCUGUAAACCGUGUAGUGUACGUUACAAUUUAAUAUUGUGUCAUAAUUAAUGAUUAUACCUAUACAAACGAAUCAAUAUAAAUAAAUAAAUCGAUAAAUCGAAGAUAACAAAAACGGUGAUACUGCUGAUGGCUGUCAUAUGCCGGUUUUAGGAGGGUGGUUGGGAUGAAGGAUAUAUAUAGAGUAACUUAAUGUGUAUUUGUGCGCAAAAGAGAAACCAUUGAGGACAAAUAGUUAUCGUCAUUUUUUCGCACUACUAGUUCUUUGGAGUUAAUUUCGUGGCCAAUUCUGAAAUAAAUAAUAAUUCAAUAAUAUUAUUACCUUUACUUACCAUAUAUUACUUAAAGUAUUUAAAGUGUUGUCUGUGUUUAAUAACUUGGACAUUUAUCAUUUUCGAUUCACAGGAACUCCGAUAAGCCGACUACCGAUUAUGGCCAAACGCGUAUUGGAUUUGUACACGUUGUACAAACUGGUCGUACAAAGAGGCGGAAUCGUGGCGGUCAUAACCAAAAAACUUUGGCAAGAGAUAAUUCGAGGACUCGGUCUGCCGCCGUCCAUCACGAGCGCGGCUUUUACGUUGCGCACACAGUAAGUACCUAUACAAUUGUAUGUAAUAAUAAUUUACAACAUAUAGUAUUAAAACUAUAUUAUGUUUUUAUAUGUAAUUGACAAUAUAAAAAAAAAAAACUGGCGUUUUCUUCCUGUAUGUCCUUCUUAAACUCCUGUCGGAAGUCGGAUCACUGAUCUUUUCCCUCUACACAUCUAUCUCAUAUUUAUCCGCUCAAUAAAAAUGUCUCAUUUAGUAUAAAAGUUUAGGUAUCUUGAUGUUAUAUCCAGAAUAAAGUGUAUAGUUACAAGAUAAAAUUUACCGGCAUUUCGAGUUGCAAACUUUGUAUUAUUUUUGCUUUGAGAUGAAGUUAAUUAUAACAAAAAAAAAAAACCUACUAUUUAAUCGCGUCGUAAAAGAUUAAGGGUUUGCUCGAAAUUUGGUGCCCUGGUCUGUGCCCUAUUUUCCCCUCUUAAAUAUGUCUCUAUACAUCUGCCUGCAGUACAUAUCGCCUCUCUUUUUAUUAGGCUCUUCUCUUUCCUGGCGUCUAUAUAAGUUAUACCUCAUCAGUCUUAUCGACCAUGAUCCCAUGUCUUUGAUUAUCUCUAAGCUCCAUCAUGUGCAUCACCGCUGGCCACACAAGAGUAUUACGAAAAAACUUCCGCCAUUUUAUCUAUAUGCUUAUAAUGAGGGCACAUAUUUUUAUUUGUUUGCUUAGGUAUUCUAUAUUCUUAGUUAAUCGAGUUAAAAAUCGGUGCUCUAUGGUUUUAUUUUUUUAUUUUUUGGAUAUUAUAUUGAGUGUUCGAUUUAGCACCUACGACUGCGCAUCACUACUAUAUAGUUGUAGUCCUUAUCACGCAACACUCCUGUCAUUUUUCUCCACAUCGUCCGGCCACACUUGAUUCGUAUUGCUCUAUGCAAUUCAAAAUCCGUUUUAUCCGUUCUAUGGCACCGUCGAAGCCCAAAUACUUUUGUGAAUUUCUCGGUUCGAUUCGUUCUCCACGUAGUACACCUAUGCACACCGUGAUAUUGUAAUAUUAUAAUAUCGUACGAUUUGCUCGCGUUUUCACAGAUACGUCAAGUACUUGUACGCGUACGAGUCGAAAAUGAACCAGUUCAGUUCCGUGGACGAACUGAACAUGGCCAUCGCGGGAAAUCGGCGCGAGGGCCGGCGCAACAAAUCGCUGCUGUCAGAGUAUUUGCCGUCGCUCCCGGUGUCCGUGGCCGCCGGACAUCACAUGUCCGCGUCGUUGCAAGUAUCGCCGGGUUCGUCGGCAGCCGCGGCGCACCAUCACCACCAACAGCAGCAACAGCAACAGCAUCAGCAGCAGCAGCAGCAGCAACAGCAACAGCAUUAUGCCAACGUGCUGGCCGCCGACGAUCGGUUCCGUCACCUGGCCGCCGCCAUCAUAGACAACAGACACCGUGUCGCGGAACAAGCGGCCAGACAAUUGCCGCCGCGGCCGUCGUCGUCGUCGUCGUCGCCCCGGCCGGGAAGUCCGCAGCGGCUGGUACAACAGCUGCCGCCUACGGUUUCCGCGGUCGUCGAAUCGUCGCCGUUCAACGGCCACCUCCAACCGCCGCCGUAUCAAUCGGCCUCAAUGAUCGCCGCUCACCAAGCUACGGCCACUGAACACAACAAUAAACAGAGAGGUAAUUGAAAUUGAAUGCGCUAAAAAAACUUUUUUUUUUUAAGAAAAAACCACUCGAGAAAAAUGGCUCGAAACGCUUUUAAAGUUCCGAUUGAUUAUUCGUUAAUGAAAACGCGACAACACAUUUACUGUUUCGAAAAUAAUUACCGAGACGCGGUAAAAUUCAAUAUUUUUUUAAUAUCGCGAAAAACCAUGUAAAUAGACCGUCUCUCUUUUUCUCUUUUACCGUCACGAAAACGUCCGAUCGCUGAUGUAUAACUAUAAUUCGACUAAUUUAUAAGUUGAUUUUGUAUCUCUUGAUUCACCGUGAUCAAUUUUAUGGGGUGAUAUUAAUAGCAUAUUUUACGUCGAGUGUGUUUAUGAUUAUUUUUAUACUUUUUCUAUAAAAAAUACGCAAGUUAAUUUUGUCUCCAAGUCCAAGUUUUAAUUUUUUGAGAUUUAGUUAAUCAGUGAUAAUAGAUCCUACGGAUCUAAAAUUGAUUCUUUAAAUGUCCAAAACUUACCAAAAGUACUUGGCUAUUCAUUACUCGAAAUCCUUACAGAUACUUGUAUUGCUUUAGCUCAAUGACAUUAUACUUAGGGGAGGGGGACAUUUUUUCUUAUAAUUUAGACAUAUGGAUAUUUUAUAAGCGAAUCGAUUUUUUCUUCAGAAACUCCCAAAGUAUAGAUAUAUGACAAUUGAGAAAAUUAAUAAAAAAAAAAAUGUAUGCGACGGCACUCAUUGGAUCUCUGCGGCAAAUGAACAUGUGAACACCAUAGAAAAGUUAGGGAUCCGAUUCUCGAUGGGAUUUCCGUUGUAAACUGUGUGUUUAUUUUCCCAAACUAUCAGUUAAACGCGAAAUAAUCCAUUUUGUCUGCAUAGGGUUUCUGAACUAAGCCAUUCAAUUAUUAUGAAUAAAAAUACAUUCCUAUCGCUUCGCUCAGAAUCUAAAAAAUCUAUAGCUAUAGUAGGAAAUUUAACAAAAAGCGAUAAAUUAUUCGUUUUUAAAACAUUUUUUUAUGCUAUAUUAUAAUACAUUUCACAGACAUGUUGCAUAUUAUUGCGUUGAAGUUUCAUUAGUCGUUUUUAUAAUAUAUUGUAUAUCGAAAACAAGUCAUUUGAUUGGCUGUAUUAUUCAUGUUUGGUAAAUGUUUUGUUGAUUGGCGUUUUUUUUUUUACUUUUUAUUUUAAUUUGUCGUUGCUAUACGUAAGUUUUUACUUACGUGGAUAUAUAUAAGAGAUCGUUCAUUAAAAUUAGGAUUAUUGUCAAUUUAAAAUAUAUUUGAAUGAACAUAAAUCACACGUUUCAAAAAUGAAACAAUCACUGUAAACUUUCUCUUUGGACAUUACCUAUAUUAUAUAGCCAGAUAGACUAUUAUAGGUAGUAUAUUUUUAAUAAAAUUAAAAUAAUAUUUUUAAGCGUUGCGGUUUAUAUAAAAAAAAAAAAAAAUGUCCGACCGUCUAUAACUAUAGUUUAGCUCCGUUACCAUUUCUAUAAUUAUGUAAUUAAAUCUGAAGUUUAUUUAAGAGGGGGUGAACUAGUAGUAUAUAGAAUCUAUAUACUACUAGUUCACCCCCCUAUAUUAUAGAUACUCAAAACGAAUUUUAGGAGGCAAGGUGUAUGUGCUUAUAUUUUUCACGUUCAAAACCGGAAACUCCCUCCCUUGAGUUAAAAUCUCGCCGGUUAUAAUUUAUAUAAAGAUGACGUAACGGCUAACCACUGAUUUUAAAGUUUGUAAUACUAUAGUUUGAACGGAAUCUAUUUGUUUACGAGUAGUAUCCCAGUUGAGCAAAAAAUGACUAAAUUUUUUAAAAAUUUAAAACAUUUUUUAUUAAAAAAAUUUAAAAUUUAAAUAUACAUUUUGUUCAAUUUUGGUUUUAAUCAAGAAAUAACGUAUUAAUCGGUUCAUGAACAAUUUAUAACAUCACUUUGAAAUGUUUUUCGUACGCAAAUAGGGAUGAAAUAUAAAAACGGUUUUCACUAAUUUACAUUUUGCACGUUUUUUUUACUAAAACCACUGUCUAAAUAUAAAAUAUAACGGCGGCGGAGUGAUAGUUUUAGAACAUUUAUUUAUAUAUAUAUAACGAUAUUAACACAAUAUAAUGACUUUUCGAGGAAAUCGUCAAUAGAAACAUCUAUGCAACACCGAAGAUGAUACGCACAUCUUAAUGUUUUAUAACAUGGUUCUUAUUGCCCACAGCGGCGAUGUAGCGGUGAUAUAAACAUUUUUGAAGUGAAUUUUUUUUUUAGUGUUUUUGUAGUUUUCCCUUUAGUAAUGAGCAAAAGUGAUAAAUUGUUGCAUAAUUAUUAUCGUUGUUAUCUCGGGUUACUGCGGAAAAAUAUUCAACUAAUAAUACUCCGCUCAGAGUCGUUUUUCGUUAUGCAAUAGCAAUAGUUUAUCGUUCCGUACGUACAUAAAUUAAAUAUUUACUGUAUAUCGUCCGAUCCGACUCGUCUCCUCUAAAACAGCGGCACAGCGAAUGUCUCGGCCUUCUUUCGGUUUUUUAUUUUUAUUUCACGCGCUGGUAUUUUUGUAAUAUCAUACAGACGUGCACGUUUAAAAACCGUUAUAUACGCGAUGAUUGUGUGCAGCGUAUUCUAUAUACAAAUAAUAUCACGUGAUAAUAACGUUUUACUAUACUUACCUGGUCUAAAUUUAGCGUGAACCACGCGCUAUACUAAACGUUGCAAUGUCAAUCAGAGCGCGGCUCUUUUAUAUAUUUUUCGAACAAUGCGUAUGAUAUACUCGGAGAAAUCAACAAUAAUAGUCACGCGCGCAAAGCAUUUGUUUUUUCUCGCCGGGGUUUUUUUUUUUUUUUUAUAUUUAUUUAUUUUGUUUCUUUUCUGUUGUAUAGCAGUAGGUAUACAAACUUUGUGACAUUUUUUUUCGAUUUUCUGUUUAUAUAAUAAUACGACGGGGACGGUCCGGUGCCAAGAAAAUGUAUAAAAAAGGAUAAGAGCCGCGGGGGGAAAUCGCGCGGCGCGCACUAUACGGUAAACACACUGACAACUAACAAUCCCCUUGACAGGUGUGUCCGUCCGCCGCCGCCGCAACACCAGACGCGGUACCCCAAAAAUAAAAAUGUUCAAUUUCAUUUCUCUAGUAUUUUUAAUAAUAAUUUCACCUUUACGCGCUACUUUUAAAUGCGUGUGCGAGUGUAUACAUCGACGACGACGACGUCGUCUUUUUGUAUCUAUUCAUUCUGUUUUAAUGUAUUUUUGAAACGUUACCAACGAACGAGUGAAAAAAAAAAACUAUCACGACGACUACGACGUGUUCUAAUUUCAUUAGGAAUAAUAUUCUCUCUGUCUCUCGCACACACACACACACAACACGUCUAUCUCUCUCUUUGUAUAAUAUAAAGAUCUGCUUUGCUCAUUCAUCAAGUGCCCUUCAUUAGUGAGAACAAAAAAAAAAAAAAAAACAAGCGUAGCGAAAAUCAAAAUAAUAUACGACUUAUAAAUGUUUUGAAAAAAAAUAAAACUGAUACUGCUUUUAGGUGUGCUACUGUUUCAGGAGGGAAGUUGGAAUAGACGGUGUUAUAUAAUAGAAUGGUUAAAUUUAUAUUUCUUUUAUUCGACCGUAAGCACCGAUAUAAUAAACCAUUGCUUUUCUCAGUCGUUGUCAAUGUAUAACCUAAAUAUCGAUAAAAAUUAUGUUUGAAAAUUGCUGCUUUUUCCGUCUGUUAAAAAAAAAUGAAAAAAAAAAUGAUCUCCUAAUGCAUCGUCUAUAGAUUAAAAAUUCUCCAAGAAUGUUCCUACGUGGAGUUUCUGAUUGAAACACAAUUUCUGGUGGAAAAAUACAACACGAAAAAAAAAAAGGAAACGCACAAAAUAUAGUAAAUUUAAUACGUUACAUGAAUUCUAAAAAACAAAAACAUCACAUUGAAAUGCUAUUAUAAAAAUCGUAAAAAAAAAAAAAUUAUUUUCGUAUUUUCAAUUAUAUAUAGACAAAUAUUAGACCCGAGUUUGUUUCAUUAUGGUACUUGUUAAUAUAACGCUGAACAGUUAACUAUGUAAUCGCGAGAUACGUCGUGUAGUGAUAAAUGAAUUUACCGUCCAAUUAAAAUUGGAAUUUUUUGUAACUAUAUUUAACGCUACAAAAUGAUUCAUAAUUUAUAAAAAUCGCACGCCGUAUCUUGUUUUAAAAGGUGCAAAUUUAUACAGGAUGGGUACAUUAUUUGAAAUUAAAUUUCUAGACGAUUUUUCUAUAAAAAAAAAAAAUUACAAUUAAUAUCGAUACAUCGGCUUUAAACUUGUUGUUCAUGUAAAUAUUCACUUACAAGAUCGGAUUUCAUUUGGGUUAAAAAAAAAAAAGAUUAUGAUCGAAGUGUAUUUGAACCAAAAGGGUAUUUCAAGAAAUCGUUUUCAAAAAAAAAAAAAAAAAAAAACAACUUAAUUUAAAAGUUUUAAAAAUACCGAUUUCCCUUCGCGUUUACAAAUGUAAUAAUCAUAAGUGUGAAUUGAAUAUUGCAAUUAUUCGACCAACCCUAUACAUCCACUAGUGAAAUUCGAUCGAUCGGGGGAGGGGAGGGACGGUAAAAUGUCACUAUAGUGAUUAACGACGAUCGGCCCUCUAGUGAAAUGUACCCUCCGGGUCAAUUAUCGCGGGGGUAAAGAAUCACCGGCACUCUACUGGUCCGGCCCGGUACUAUUGUUCAUUUCAUCGGCCCGGUUCGGUCUCAGGUUUUUAAUUUCUCUUCAUCGGUUACUGUCCGGUCGUGAAACUCUAGAGCUCUAGCGUAUGUGUGUUUGCGUGUGUAUAUUGUGUGUACUGUUUAUGUGUGACGUGCAGUACGCCGAUUAGCUACGGUUGUCCGACCGUGCUAGUUCUGUAGUUAUAUUCGGCCGCGCGGUCCUAUAAUAUUAUUGUAACAAUAUGACUUUCUUAUUUUCGCUACGUUACAAAUAAUGAACUAUUGAUAUAAAUAUUACACGCGCGAUGUUUGUGUUGUGCCGACCGUGCGUUGGGAAUUUUUCGACACGGCAAAACCGCGAUCGGCGAUGGUAUUAUUACGAACUUCUUAAAACCGCGUUUAUUCGUGUUAUUUUAUUAUAAUAUAUCGCAUUAACAUAAUAAUGUCCGAUGAUUAUUGUACCGUACACACGAAAACGUAUCACAAUAUCAUCGAUAAUUUCAACGUUAUACGCCUAUAGACACCAGCAAUUAUGCGAUUUCGGCUGUAGUUUUCAACAACAGAAGAACGCGCCGAAAUCGGCAACGCGUAUAAUAGCUGAUAUCGUUAAACACGCGUUGUUCUAGAACGCCCGCGGUGUUUACGUUUUUCGUUUUGGACAUUUUUCUGUCCGUCCGCUGGGGACGAAUUCGCGACGAACCACCCCUCGCGUUAGACUUUCGACCGUGUUACUGCGGGACGAUAGUAAUUUUAUCCGCAUAAUACCCGAAUAAUGUACGCGGUUCACACGUACGAUACCCCGGAAAACUCGUUCCUUUCGAACAUGUUAUAGCGACUUUGUUCCGUCGACUUGGGUGUGCCCGAUCGAACUGCCGGAUCGAGCUAUUAUUGUUCCAAGUAAUCAUCGCGUGUAGAGUUUUUCAUGCGUACGUUUUUCGACAACUACAUCGAUUCAUUAUCACAGCGCGAAAUUUGGACGUUCGUCAAGUAUGUACUGCAGUAAUUAAAAACGCGAUAAUUUUAUUUAAUAAGAUUCAAUUAGUUUCAACGAGUAUCGCGUGUACGGUAGGUAAACGAGUGUACAAUAUUCACGUUUACUUCUUCCUGAAUGUACCUACCAUUUUGUAUAAACAAUAUUAUAUUUCCUAAUCGUUUAUAGUAAAUUCAUUUCAAAGCAUAUACGAUUUCAAUUUAUUCAUAGCUGCAGCAUACACACGCGUAGAUGGUUGUAUAUUAUAUAGGUACAAUAAUAAAAUUAACUCAUUGUUGAAACCACGUACGUUAGUUAAUAAUACAGAGGGUUUUUAUAAUAUUAUGCUUAUGCAUUCUAAAUUAAAUAAUAUAUUGUACUACAGUCAUUAUUUUAGAUUCUGAGCGGAACGAACAGAGUAUUAGUUUUACUAAAAAAAUUUUUUUUAAAAAUAUCUGUUCUGUCUGUUAACAACUUUACUGCCAAAUAUAUUGCUCGGAUUAUCGAGUGUAGCAUUUUUUUUUUCUUUAAAUUUUUUAUAAUUUUUUGUUUUUCCUAAUAAUUGUGAAAAACUGAGAAUAAACGUAGGUGAAACGGCAAAGUUCAAGCAAUAACGUUUCUUUUUUUUUUAUUACUGUGAUUCGGUUUAAAAUAACCGUAGAUUUUACCAAUAUAAUUAUACCAAUUUUUAAGCUAUUUAUAGGCAUUUAACAUUUUCUUGUAUUUUUAGUUUUGUGUGGAUCAAAUAAAAUUUUCAAGAUGAGUUGUAUUGUAAUAGUUUUUAUAGGCUUUUUUAAGUUCAAUUUCUUUACAAAACUCGUAAAAAUCACGGCGUUAUAAAAUAUGUUUAAUAUCUAACUUCGCUCAGGGUCGUAUUUCUUGCAGUUUAGCAAUGAUUAAAUAAUGAUAUAAAUUAAAUAACUCUAUAUGUAUAUACUAGCUACCCAACUUCUCAACUACAACAGUGGCACACUCACCAGUAUAGUGUCAGUUUAUUGUUAAUUUUUUUUUUAAAUCAAAAAUGUAUAUAAUAUUACAUGGUUUCACAGACUGCUCGCGUCGUAGUUUCCCAGUAGUUUUCAAUGUAGAAAUAAUAGUUGUUAGUAUAGCGUUUAUGCUUUGUCUAGGGGGGGGGAGAGUUGAUGAAUGGGAUCGUUUUCGAUUAUGUUUUAUAAAAAGAAUAUUUUAAUUAUAUUGUUACACAGAGCAUGGAAAGCAUCUUAUUCUUAGCGUUUUAAACGCAUAAUAAUUCGGUCUCUAUGUAGAUUAUGUUAUAAUAACAAUGGUAUAAUCUUCGAUCGAUUGUUUACGUCCGGUGUGUGAGGUCAGGUUAUAAUAUUAUAGUGAUGUUCAUAUCAUUUUUUAUCGUUUAUCCGCAGCAUCGCGGUAUCGAUUUUAUUUAUAUACCUACCACCUAUUAUAUACAUAUACACCACAUGUGGAGAUCUUACGAUAUCAAAGGGCUUUAUAAGGUCAUAAUAUUAUUGUUAUUAUAAUUGUAAUAAUUUAUACGAUUAUCAUCAUUAUUAUUACCGGGUUUUGUGUACGGUUCCCGACACUUUGUCCCCGCGGUCCGACACUCCGCACGUAUCCGAUAACCUCUUCGGUCGUCCGGGGCAGACCGGCAGUGUUCUCGUCAAUGUUCUCAAAUUUACGUACUUACCUAAACACAUUGUCAUAAUACUCUCGUCCCCGUUAGCGUAUAAACGUUUCCUAACUCGAAACGAGCCACAGACGCAAAUAGAAUCUUACAAUUGGCCUUGUAUUUUAUCAUACAACUCAACAUUAUAAAAACGUUCUGACGGUGUUCAAGCACGAUGUUUUCGGAUUCGAAUCUGACCAAAUUAUUUGGGGUUUUUUCACCUCUUCCCUUCACUUUAUUAAAACCCUUCAUGGUUUUUCAUUAAACAAACGGUAAAAAACAGGCAAUAGUAGGUUAUAAUAUAGGUUUAUAUUCGGGAAAGUAUAUUAAUUAUAAUAACUCCCCGUGGAGCCUUAUCUGCAGUUAUCAGAUUCGAACUAACGCUGUUAGUAUAUCAGUAAUUUAAAUCGUGUUAUCAAUACGAUAUAAACUUGUGACGAGCAAUCAUAUAGGCUCGGAAAAUAAAAUCAAAAGGAUUCCGUUUGUGUCUGAUACUCGUUUCUAUAGUGUCGGUAUAGGGAACGUUAAUAUGCUUCCCGUUACGUACCUAUAGAUACGCAGCGCGUGCGCGUCUGUAACACUUGUUUUUUUUUUUUUUUUCUGAUACGACGACGAGACGAUGUGUGACGACGAAUCUCCCGCGCGCGCUCGUUUUUGAAUAAAUCAAUUUACACCGUGACACCGUAGUGUUAUUCGUUUCAUAAAUCCAUAAUAAUAGUAUAAUAAUGUGUUAUUAUAAUAUUAUACGUGUGCCCCUUUUGAUAUUCAAAUAUAUUCGAAUGCCGAUAGAGCGCACAAUAUUACACCUAUCUACCAUAUAGUGUUGUUGGUUUUUCUUUCUUUUAAUGUAUACGCAAGUAUACACUCGGCCUCAUACAUUAAUUUAUAGUCGCGUAUAGCGCGAACGCUUGUUAUCCUUAUGAUUAAGACGAGGAGGAGUAGGAGUAAAAGGAAGAGGAGGAGAAAAAACGAAAUAAUAAUACAAAAAAAAAAAAAAAUCAUGUAACAUAAAUUACAGACACUUGUUCGUUUGCUGCUGCACGACUCAACUCGCGCGCGCCGCAUUGUUAUAUAUAGUUUUACACGCGUCUUAGAUUGUACAUAUUAACAAAUUAAUAUUCACAUUUCAUACACGGUGACUAAUUGAAAAAAAAAGAGAGAAUUAUAAAAUUACUGGUUAAUCCGACGAAUAAUAUAAUACAUAAUAUCAGACGACCGUUGUCUGGCCCAGACGACAUUUCGUCACGUCCAUUAUACAGCAGGUCCCAUCAACGUAGACGUUUACGUCAGACAUCAUAUUAUUAUAAUUUUACACGCGCGCAUUCAGAUUAAAAUUAUAAUAUACAUACCUAAUCAUUAUUAUAUUAUUGUUGUAUUGUAUAAAUCGGGUUACGGCCGGCCGUCGUUUAGUAUUAUUACCGGGUUUUUGUUACCACCGUGACUCGCUUGAUAAUACUUACUCGUAUUGUAAUUCUGUUCAGUAAGGUUAAUUUAUUAAUAACGUGUCGAUUGAUUUUACCAUUUAACAGGGAAAUAUAGAGAAGAUUUCUUGUGAUAGCUAAGGUCUUACUGGGAGUUUUAAACUGAGAAAUAAGAACAAGAUAAUCAAACAAAUGGAUCAAUAAUGUAUUUGUAUUUUUCACCGUAUUCAGCCUGCUUCUUUUUCCUGGCAUCACAACGCAUUGAAAAUUUUUGCCGUUCCUGAUACUGUCUUCCAUUAUUCACUUGUCUAUCCUCUAUUGCUAGUUCAUAAGUAUCAGGUAUACAACUAAUUCAUUCAUCCGUUGAUUUUUGGACGUCCUUUAGGUUUCUCUAUCUAUUUUCCACUCGGUUACCUCCUUUAAAUUCGCUGAUUCCGGUGUCCUAGUCACAAUAUGUUCAAACUAUUGGAAUCUCUAUGCCUUCACAUAAUUCGUUAUUUUCAUUCUUCAGUAUUCUUGUUCAGUCUAUCGGAUUUCCUUGUUUUUCUUCUCACGCGCUCAUUGUCAUUAGACGUGUACAGAUAAUUCUCAGACAUUUGUUCUCAAACGACGUUCGUUUUUUAUUUCGCCAUUCGCCAUAUACAAUCCAUAUCACGCAACCGCAUAUGUUAGAGUUCAUCUAACAAUUGCCAUGUAAAUGCGCGCUUUGAUUAUUUUUUACCGUAUAUUAUCUAUAAAAAUAAUUCUAUUUUGUUGUUUUUAAAUAAAAAAGAUAACUUAAAUUUGCGUGCAGUUUUUUUUUUUAAUUACUUUACAAAAUAAAACAUACAUCUCAAAUACAUUUUCAGAGCGUAUCUAUCUAUCUAUAUAUAUAUAUAUAUAUAUUCUAUAUACUUUAUACUUAAACUACUAUAAAUUGUAAUUUUAUUUGUAUAUUUUUAUUUUUCAGAAAUUCUUAGCAUGCUAAUGUGGAUGGAUUUGAUGCGAGCCAAUCAAACAGCGAUUCCGAGACUUCCAAUACCAAGUGCGUUUAAAUACUUAUGCUAUUUACCUACACAUACAUAUAUCUUACACUCGAACUAUACAAGAACAAUAUGUGUUUUUAUCAGGUUUUUUUUUUACAAUACGAGUAUAUAGUAUUAUUAUUAUUUGAUCACGUAUUGAGCAAAAUAUUUAUAGUUAUACAUAUCUGAAUGAAUUUCACCACGUGAUUUUUCUAAUUAAAUUUAAUAUUUUUUAAGACUGAAAUAUCGAUUAAUAUUUUCUGAGAUUUCACAUUUUCUAGUUUUUUAAAAUUUUUAUUUGGUUUUUUUUUUUUACGAAAAAAAACUUGGAAAAUAAAGUACCCACCGGGUGGAAAAUCCGCAUUUUUUUUUAUCAUUUAUACUACUUUCAAACCGAAAAAAUAUUUUUUAAGAAGGGUAAAAUAUGUAUAUUAAAAACACGUGUAUUUCUUCUAUAUUCGGUGUGCACCCGGAAUCUAAAAACAAAUUAAUACCCACUCUUGUUAUGAGAAAUGAUUUUCAUUUCGUUUAUUAAAUACCGUGUUUUUUUUCGCCUUCCCCUUUAUUCCCCCCGCAAUGUAGAUUUGCAGCAAUCCGCUCCGUCGCCGUACGCAGCCGCCGCGGCCGCCGCGCUGAAUCUGUCGCCGGCCGUCGUCAUGCAGAAAGUUCCUGUGCCGGAACAGUGCGAGGCGUUGAAUCUGGGGAAAAAAAAUCCCGCAGGAACGAAUAACAACAACGCCGGCGAAAACGACGAAGAAUCGCAACCACCGCCGUCGAAACGGAUCAAAACCGAAUGGUCGCCACCAUUGUCGCUGCACAAGGUCCAGGCAGUGGCCAGUCGUCCGGCCAGCCCCAAAAACGCCGCGGCGGUCAGUCCCAGACCGACCGGCAGUCCGGUGCGAGAGUCUAUUUCGUCGCCGGGACGGAGUGGCGGCGAGGAUGACGACGAUGACAACACUGACGCCAACAGCGACAACAACAUGAUCGAAAUGGACAUCGACGUUUCCGCCGGUAAGUUUUCUUAUAUCGUCGUAAGAGUCUACGAAAAAAAUCUAGAAGUAAAUGCUGAGGAGUUUCGAGGGUUAACCCCCGGUCCUGAAAUAUCAGGUAAGAUCGAACCUGUAACGCCGUGUGUUAAUUGCAUAUGACAAACACAAAUGCGUGCAAUUUUUUCAACCCCUUCGCUCCUCGAAACCCUUUCUUCUUGCGCUCCGAUCUGGAAUAUUUUAAUUUCAGCGCAGGACCGUAAAAAUAUUACCAAUCAAUUUUAAAAAAAAAAAUUGAAUAUAUUAUUAUAACAAAAAAUGUACUGGAUUCGUCAAAUUAUAUAUACCUAAUCCUGUGUAAUGGCGGAUCCAGGUGGAGGCUUUUUUCUUCGGUUGCUCCCUAAUGUACUCUUAAAAUUUAAUUUUAAUCAUAAACGUGUGCCUUAGAUGCGAUUAAAAAAUCGCUCCCCCGUUAUCUUAUCCUGGAUCCGCACUUGACCCCUAGGUAUACGAAAUGAGAAUUUAUUGCUGAACUACGAAUUGGUAAAGCACGAGCAGAUACAUUGAAAUGAACAUAUUUAUUUGAUUGAAAAAAAUAUAUUUAAUAUUUAUGUUUUCUAAGUCUAUACCUAAUCUAACCUAUGUACUAUAAAAAACAUUUUCAAUUGUUCGUAUUGUUUAUAAUAAUUUUUUCCGCGAAAAAACGUGAAAAAAAUCAUUAUAAAAAACACCGUCUGCGCAGAAAAUUUCAAUAACAUUUUUUUUUUUUUUAAAUAUAAAUAUUUUUAUGUCAUAUACGUAUAAUUUGAUGUUUACCGUGACACCGAAAAGAAACUUAACGACCCAGAAUAUUAAUAUAAUAUUAUGUAUAUUAUUACCAUUGCAUUUGCACGCGCAUAUUAUUAUUGAAUAUUUGAGAAGACGAUUUAAAUUUCUCGAGUUUUAUUCUCGCGUAUACUCAGCAAUAAUAAUCAUUUUUUUUUUCAAAUGUUUUUUUUUUUUUUUUAAUAUUUAAAUGUCGAACAGAUAAUACUUUACCGUUGAUUUCGGUUAAUGGGCAUGCAUAAAUCUUAAUGUAUAAUAAUCAAACUGCAUGCAGUGUCGGGCGUUCAUGAUACAUUCUACGCGUUUCCCAUCGCGUCGUAUUACUAUUCUAAAUUAUAAUAAUAUACUCAACGACCUAAAAACGAGUAAAUAUAUCAUGGCCUUUAAAAAUUAUUUUAUCUAAAUUGUUUUUAAAUCGAUAGUAAGUCUUGUAUUGAAAGUCCUGAUGCUUGUGGUUUUUAUUUUUUUUUUACGAAUUGUUAGAAGCGAAUUAUUAUUAUUACCUUUCGCGAUUAACAAGACUUAUUCGAUCAGUACAUUAAUAUUUUAUAUAAACCCACGAUCUGUUUUCUUUCGUUCAAAACAUGCUCUUUACAAUAAUAACUCGUAAAUGUCUCGUAGAUUGAUCGGAUGUAGAACAUUUUUUUUUUUUGUCAGGAAGACAAAAACAUCCUACAGGCCACAAUAGACUGAUUUUUUUGUUUACUACAAGUAUGUAAUCAGAACCGUGAAUAAAACUACUAUGCAUUUUAAAACAUUCCGGCGCGUUUUUUAAUUAUUUUAAGCCAUGUAUAUAGAAUGUUUAGCUUUUUUUUUUUUUAUAAAUACAUUAAAUAGAAAAUCAAUUUUGAAAUUUUGUAGGUAUGCCUAGUGGUCUGAAAAUAUGCGUUUGUAAAAGAACAAAACACGGAAUCUACAAAGGUCAACUCGUCAAAGUCGAGUCUACUAUAAACGGAGGUAAUAUAUGAUACGAAUACCGUAGUAUUAGUAUACCAAUAAAAAGCUUUUUUCUCUAAUCACGUACAAUAUACUAACGUAAUAUAUAGAUAAUAAUGUAUACUUGAAGUAUUUUUAGGAACUUUUAAAAAAAAAUGGGUAGGUUUAAAAUACAAAGGUGAGCACUCAUCAACAGUUAGAAUUUUAGUUUCAAAGUUAAUUUUAUUUAUAAAUUAUAAACUUACAACAGAUCGAUUUAAACAUUAAAUUAAUGAUAUAACUUAACGCGUUAUUGUCACUGCUGCUGCUACCAAAAUUUUUUUAGAAGAAAUCAGCUAGUAUUAUAUUUUUUUUGAAAUUUGAUUCAAUAAUUUCGACUUGAUUCCUAACUUUUUUUCUAAUUCGAGUUAUUAUUUUUACCGGAUAACUUCUAAUUUGAUUAUCGUAAGUUUGAAUGUGUGAAGAUUUAAAAAACCAACUUUAUUCUAAAUUGUUUUUUUUAUUUAAAUUAUUUCUUCUCCUUAUCAGUUUAACGGACCAUGUAAAGUUUGUCCCCACUGCAUCCUUCCAUCAGUUCCUAUAUCCUCCAUUCACACAUUUUUACGGAUUAUUUCUAAAUCUAUUUCGGUUAAUCUACUGAAUAAACUUUAACAAUUUAUUGGUCCAAUAGUAGAUCGCCCAGUUUUGAUAAGUUUUUUUUUUUAUAUGUUUUCCGAGUAAAAUAUUCUUAUAUUAUUAUAUUUUAGGGGCGAAAAACACGGCUACUAGUCCCUUUAUAUUACGCCUGAACGGUGAACUCUACAAGGGAUGUCUACAACUACAAAACAAUAAUAAUCUUCAAAAUCACAAUAAUGACGAGAAAAACUUUAGUUAAUGCGACAAAUAUUUUGGAACAACGUUUCGCCGUGUAUAUAGAAAAUAUUGAAUAAUACGAGUAGUAUAGCAUUUAAAAGAUUAAGUGAAUAGGUACGUGUAUAUAUAGUAUAUGUAUUACAUAAAAUAUCAAAUAAGUAUUAUUUUAGCAUUUUGUUAUUGAUAACAAUAAUAUUGUCGGUUAAGAUAUUAUUAAUUCAGAAAAUCAAUCAUUGUACAUUAUAAUAAGUUAUAAUUAAACGUUUGUGUGUUUUAAAAUCAUUGAUUUUUAAAAAUUUUUUUUUUUAAAUAUGAGUGAAGAAAAUAUUAGCGCAUGUACAAUAUUAUUAUUUUAUUGAAUAUCUUACGCAAUAUCUUACAAUAUUGUAUAAAAAAUUUAAUUAAUUAAUUAAUAUAAUAUUACUAUUACUAUACGAGUAAAAUAUAAUUAAUAUAAUAUUAAUAUUAUUUUAUAUAAUAUUUUACUACCUAUACGAAUACUAUAGGUAUAGGAGAGAUUUUUUUUUGUUUUUUACGUUUUAUUUUAACAUUUACAAUAUACUUAUAGUUAUAAUUAUUAUUAAUUUAAAAAUUAGGUACGUAUGUAAAUUAUUGCGAGUUUAUACAAUUAUUAUUAUUAUUAAUUUUAAGGCUGUGCGUUCUUUAGAUCUCGUCCUAAUGGGAAAAACUGCGAAUAAUUUAUCACUAUAAUAAUAAUAUUGUAAAAUACACCCGCAUUUCGGAUUUAAAUAUUAAUUAUAUAAUCAGUAUUAGCGUCGUAAAUGUUUUAUAAUAAUAUUAUAUAUGAAUAAAUUACGAUAUAUUUUUUUUUUUUUUUUACUAUAACUUUACUAUAUUACGCUUGUAUCAUAUUAUUUAUUGUAAUUAUUAUUUUCAGGAAUAAAAUUAGAAAAAG